AUGGCUGCUGCAGGAAGGAGUGAUGAAAGGUAUGCCUUAAUGUAAAGAAACCCCCAAUUUCCUUGGCCUAUUGUAAGUGGGCUUUUGACCCAGAAUUCUGGGUACAGGUUACAGUGAAGGGGAAAGUCCCAUUAACUGGUUUUAUCUUUCCACCUGGUAGUGUCUGAGGCAAAAUGGCAUCAUAGCCAUGAUGACUGUGCAUAAGUUAAAUGAAUGGCUACAUGGUCAACCAGCAUCGCUCUAGUGCUGUGAAGCAGGCCCCUAUGUCCUGUUUGUCUAAGCUAUGUCUGCCCUUCUGUAUCCAGGCCUUUUGGGGUAAAAAUGGUCCUUGUCUUUUGUCUGAUGGCCCCUACUUUGAUGGAGAUUGUGGAUGCAGUGUGCUGGUAUUAGUAGUAGUAGUAGUAGUAGUAAUUUAGAUACUGCUCUUUACCCAAAGAUCCCAGGGUGGUAUGCAAGACCAACAACAACAACAACAACAACAACAACAACAACAACAACAACAAACAUAAUUUGCAUAGCAUAAUAAUAAAAGACAAUAAAAGAAUCACGGGGGGGGGAUUAUAAUAGCAGGCUCCUCGCAUUUAAAAGGCCAUAGUUUGUUUAAUGGUUGAAGGCCAUUUUUGGAGUGAACAGUGAAUCAGUGUGUUAGUGUAUUAAUGGGGGAUGAAAUUAUUGGGGUCCAUGAGUCUAGUGGUGCAGCAAUAAAACUGCUAGCACCUUUGCAAAGGUAAGCAGAGUCUGGCAUGGUUUCAAAUUGGAUGGGAAACAGUGUAUUGUGAUUCCAGCAUUGGACUAGACACUCAGAGUAUCUUCCAACUCUACAAUUCUAUGAUUUUUUUAAUUAGGAGGAGGCAAGGUGUAGAAUGAUUUCCACAAAGAAAUGGUUCAUCAACCCCUUAGCAUUUUUCAGUGCCAUUAGGAUAUUGGGAGCAAAUGAGCUCCUGUCUUCCUUAACUCAUGAGUUUUGGUGAUGCCAUUUACUAUUUGGUUGGACAGGUGGUUUGUUGGCAAGAUUUCGACUCAAUUUUACAACCAUCUUUACAGUAUGCUCUACAAAAGAAAAUAACAGUGGAUUAAUUUUUUUACAUUUAUACUUCUUCUAUAAUGGAAUUCAAGGCAGCAUAUGCAGAGUUCCCAAACAGCCACCCUAAUGCUCUAAACCUGCUUAGCUUCAGCACUAUGGGGGCCUCAGACCAUACCCCAGGACCCCAUUUAUUCUAAUAUGCAAAUUACAAAGAGCUUCCAAAUGAAAACUGUCCAGGAGAAAGCUAUAAUACAGAUAAGUAAGGAAGCUCCUCUUUUGUUCUAGUGUGGAUUAUUAAUUUUCAGUAAGCUCUGAAUUAGGAGUCGUUCCCCAGUGCCUUCCCUGCUAUUUCUCAGAGUGAUACUUAAUUAGGAAAGGCAAUUUAUCAGAUGCUUUCAAAAUCUGCUGCUCUUGGAUUCUGUCUGAAGUAAGGAUAAUUUGUGAAAAGUACUGCAUGGCUCCAACUCUAGGUAUGCUGUGUGUAUGUGCACACUGAAUUGGUCCCACUGGUUGUAUUUGAAUUUAUUCAGAAUAGAACUCAUCAUUAUUUCCUUUCUCUACAACAUCGUUUCUGAGCCCAAAAAGUGUGACAAUUGUUUCUUAUGCUUAAGUGUGUGUGUGUGUGUGUGUGUGUGUGUGUGUGUGUGGAAUUCAGUUUUAUAAUUCUUAUUCAUGUAUUUCCAUUCCUGGAAAUGAACCUUCGCAGUGGAAGUGAGAACUACUGGUAAAUAUUAUGUGUAUAUUUAGUUCCAUCGGUAAAUCUUAUCUUGCAACAUGAAAUGAAAUGUCUGCAACUCUGCAAUAAGUAUCAUAUGCCUUCACUGGUGCUCCUCUAUCUAGCUCAGCAUCAUUUACAGUGUAGAUUCUACAUUAACUGGCAGCAGCUAUCCAGGGUUUCAAGCAGAAGUUUCUCCCAGCCCUAGGUGGAGAUGCUGGGGACUGAACAAGAGACCUUCUGCAUGCAAAGCAGAUGUUCUGCCACUGAGCUAUGGCCCUUCACUACAAAGGUACAAGGCAUGUUUUGUUGAUUUAUCAGUAUUUUUUCUAUUGUUAUUACUAUGUUGUUGCUGCUGCUGCUGCUGCCAUUGCCCUCCCUUCACAAUGAUGCCCCAGAGCAGGUUACAAUAAUUUAAAAAUAGAACAGUAAAACAGUAAAAGUGGGUUAUUAUCAAGAGAAUGAGGUGUUUCCUAAAACAUGUGUUUCCGAUGUCAAAGGGCAGGCAGGGUAAAGCCAUGUGUCUUCAGCAUACGGUGAAAAGUACAAACCCAGCGAGUAAGCUGAUUGCUGCACUUUGGGCUAGCUGAAGUUUCUGAGCCAUCUUCAAAGGCAGCUCUCUGUACAGUGGGUUGCAAUAAUCCAGUCUGGAAAUUAGCAGGUCUUGGAGUACAGUGGCCAAGUCUUCUAUGUUCAAAAAAGGCCAUAGCUGAUCAGUGCUGAGUUGAAGCCCUAUUGAGAUUGGCUGCAGUCUUCCUUUGCAGCACAGUUUGAGUUCAAGCCUUGCAAGAGGGUGAAAGGAGCCAAGGCCUUAAAAGCCCUCACUCUGGGGCCAUUUUGCCCCACUCGUCCAUCCUUGGGUUAGAGCUUCACUGAGCUGUUAGGGUUGCUGAGUGACAGGACCAAAAAUGUUUUCUUCUUCUUAUUAUCAGUCUUAAUUGGUACCUUGGUUGGUGAGUUUUUUUGCCUUUCCGUCUGUGAAGUUAUGUCAGGCAUUAACAAGCUUUCUAAACUGUGAGUGGAAAUGGCACAGGGCAGGAUCAGCAUGGCAAAGAAGGGCUCCCUAAAAGGGGCCUGGGAGGAGAAUUGGCCAUGGCAUGCCCAAAGUUCGGGUUGGGGACUCUGUCUAGCUGAAGUCUCUUAUUGUGGUUGCUCAGUUAAACCCUGGAUGCUUGGCUUGCAGCACACCAGGGUUCAAAGUUGAGCUACUCCCAGGAAAGGGCUUAGGCAGUUCCCAAUGAUGACAAAAUGUAAUUAUAUCAGCAGGUGCUGAAUGAAAUGAGAAAAAUGAUCCUUGCCUCUUUGCCAUGCCAACCCCACAUAUGCUGCUGGCCAAUAAAUAUAUGGCCUGAUUAUACCCAUCACCUGGUCUUGGUUAUUUCACCAUUCUCGGGGGACCGCAAAAUGGAUGUGCUUGGACAAUUAGCCAGCACCUAAUUCCCAUUGAAAGCAAUGGGACAUGUUAGCCAUGCCUAGUCUGACUAAUUUCAGUAGAAUGUAAGUACAGUGAUGUUUCUGUGGAUAUGGGUCAACGUAUUUGGUGUUCAACAACUAACACAAAACAUUUGUGAAGAUAAUGCUAAACUUCAGAUAUGAACAGAUGGCUUAAAGUGUGAUGAUUUGAUCCUUACAUCAAAUUUAGGAGGCAGAAAGACUGUCCUGGGUUCUCUCCAUAGAUUCAGAGUUCCUAUGCCAGAUGUUUUAAUAACAUCCUCUAAAUAAAGCCUUUUAAAUGGGUCUGGAUGAAAGAAAUUGAUUCACCAAGGUUUAAAAGGUUGAAGACACAAAAAAAGUUAAAGCCUUUUAAAGCAAGAGGAUUAAGAAGGCUGCUUGUUGACUCUUUGGAAGAUGAUGGGGAAAAUAAUUUUGCACCGUGCUUCAUCUGGAAUCGCAGAGAAAAUAUAAUGAAGCUUUAUCAAUGCAAUGCAGAUUCUAAGAAUGAAUUGAGAACUUUAAGAAGUAGCUUGUUGACAUUAGCAGGCAAAACUAAGAAAGAGCUUUUAGGUGAACAAAACACAUUUUCUAUGCUGAAGUCUAUAGCAGUCUUCACUAACCUAGUGUCCCUCAAAUGUUUUGGUCUACAACUCCCACCCAGCCAAAGCUACUGCCAGGAGUUUGACUCAAGGCCCCAAUGCUUUCAUUCUGCUCUUGGGUGAAUUAAUUAUUAAAGCAUGUCAUAAAGCAAUGACUUACAAACUGUGAUCUAAGAAACUCUUGUCGUUUGUUGGAGGCUUCUCAGGGGUUCCUCAGUGAGAACAUUUCCUGAAAGAUAGCCAGCCCACCACUAGUGAUUUUUCCCUACAAUGUAUAGCCACAAGAGAAGCCCUGCCCACCCAUUGACCAGUUUCUAAUGCUGUCUGCCUCCCAAACAGCUCUCUUGUUGCUUGACUCCUUUUUCUCUGGCCUUGUGUUGCUGGUCAGCUUCUUCACAGAACCUUCCCAGCUCUGAUGGACUACUCUAUUUCUCAGCCAGAAGACUGGGAAUGAGGCACCACAGAGCAUGGAGAACCAAUGUGGUAUCUACCAGAGGCCACUGAACUACACCUCCUAGCAUCCCUUAGCCAUGUCAUUAGUGGCUUAUGGGAGUUGUAUUCUCACAGUCUCUGGAGGGCACUAUGUUGGCUACUCCUGUCCUAUUAUCUUUAAGUUUCUGGUUGUAUGUGGGUUUCUGACAGACUUAGUUUGUCACUGAUAGGUGGAAAGAAUAGUAACUGACAAUGAUACUUAAUAUUUACAUAGCACUUUUCCUAUAAAUUAUUGAAUAAAUCCUUAACAACAAAAGUUUUCUGGGGGGUGACAGAGAACCAGAUGCAAGUCAGAUGUACAUGUGACUUGACAUGUGCAGUAGCAACAUCCAUAUUCAUGCCUAAGUGUUGUUGAUGUAUCAUCUAAAGAUCAUGGAACUCAAAAAUGUGUGUCACUAAAAUGCAGUGCUAGGAACAGCCCAGAGAGCAUAUCUGUGUGACAGUAAUUGUGUUCCUAUCUUGCUUCUUAUGCUGGAUUGUAUUAAAAUUCCCCACAGCUUCAAACAUGGUGUCUGUUCUCUUAUCAUAGUGUCAAGGGAGAAGGGACCCUGUUACUAUAUCUGGAGAAAAAUAGAAUAUUAGCAACCUUCCCAGCAAGGAGAGGAAAAAGAAGUGAAAUUAACAAGACUGAAGAGUGGUGCUAGCUGCUGGGUAUCAAUAUGGCUGCUUAAGCAUCCCUUUGAGGCUCUUGGCAAAGCAGAUCAUGAGGCAUGUGGGGUAUAGCUAUGUGGGUGCUCAGAAUAAGCAUCAUUCCAUAUAUAUUAAUAUAUUGAUUGUGUUGCAUAGCCCUGCUUCAAAGUGAUGCCUGUUAAUUUCUUAGUAGGUACUGUUCGCAAACUGGGUAGUCUUGAAUAUGCCCUGUUCAGGAAAAAUAUGCUUUUAAAAAUCUAAGCCAAGAGUGCUUUGAAUUUAGUCUCUGCUCCUAAAUAAGCUCAGGCCAUUCCAAAAUGUCCCUGCUACCUUUCUUCCCCCCCCCCCCGAAACUACUUUCAAGCAGCAGUGGUGAGUAGGUGGCAAGGAGGCAAGCUAUUUCUUUUGUCUUCACUGGGUCUGAAAACCAUACCAGCCAUAGGCCUUGAGCACAAAGAUUAAUGGGAAAUAUAAUUUGCUAGCAUUUAAGACUGGGGACGCAAACAUGACAGGCUACAGUGUGCAUGUAGAAGAUCCCAGCAUAUACCCCUUCAAAAAUCCAUAAUGAAUUGCUCUUCCUACCCAGUUCCUAUUCAAUUCCUGUUUGCACUGGCUUGACUGAACAUUACACUGAACAUGCCCCCUCAGGAAUGCCCCAGUUUCACUGGAUAGCAGGAUUUAAUGCCCAUGCUUCUUCACAUUUUGAACAGAGGAAAGGCACAAUGGUGACUCUGCUCUGGCCAAAUCCCAGGUGUACCCAAAUUGGCCUGAUUUGGUUUGGCGUUUGGGAUUUGGUGGGCCAGUCCUGGUUAGUAGACUCCUUCUCAGUCCUCAGAUGUUUCAACCACCAAUCAGCUAUAGAAUCUCUGGGAUACUACAUGUUUCCUCAGAAAUAAUUCCAGCCCUGACUUGGCUGCCCAAGCAGCUGUAUUAUUAAGGAUACUAUCAGUGUGAUUCAGAGUCCUUUUUGCUAGGCAGGCAUGACUUAAAUGGAUGCCCCUUUCAAACUGUAGGCAGUGCAUGGAGGGCAGCUAACUCACUGCCCAGCUGCUGCUCUUGCAUGUCAUUUGAGGUAGGAAGAACAGUCCUGCCCUUGCCAGAAGGGUUAUCACUUGGUGCCGGCAGGGGCACAGAUGGACUGGUGUUGCACCUUGCUGCAUACUACAGCCUCUGACACCAGGAUGUGCAUUCAGCCUCCAUGCACCCCCCUCCCCAAUAUGUGUUGAAUACCCUCCCUGGUGAAAUGUGUCCGUCUCAGCUUUUAAUUUCAAAACAUUCCUGCACACCCAGGCAUUUGCAGACUGAAAAGCUGUUGCUAGCAACCUUGAAAUUAUUAUAUUACUUUCUUGUUUGCUGCCCUGGGCUCCUUUGGGAUAAAAGGCAGGAUAGAAAUUUAAUUAAUAAUAGUUUUUAAUAAUGCUGUUAUUUCAAGCCACCUCAUUAUUUGGGUGCAGGGAUUCCCCCCCCCCCCAGUUUAAAGACAACACCUCCAAAUUAGGCAGUGGCAUUCAAACCAAUAUACAUUAUACAUACCAAGGUCUCACACCAUUAAUAGCUUCCAAAAGAUGAUAUUCAAAUACAUUGAUAGCUACUGUGUUGAUGAUGAGAGGCCUGCAGCCAAUGCUUAAGUUUCAUCCUGUCUCUCUAUGAGCAUAUACCAGAAGGCUAGCUUGAGGCUUGAUCCCGUGCAUAUUUGCAGUCAUUUUACUGAGACAAGUGGGGUUUACUUCCAUGUGCCCAGGAACACAGCAUUACUCAUUCAUCUCCACAACUCUCCUGGGAAGGGGAAAGGAAAAGUCACAGAAGAACCCUACCCCCACAUCCCAUCCUUGGCAUUGUGGCUAGCUUUGCAAAUAAGACCGUGUCUCAUUUCAUUUUCACUUACAUAUUGAUUUCACAACAGGGGGCAAGGCACUUUGGACCCCCCCCCCCAAGUUCUUAAAGGAGUGGUAACAUCAUAUGCAAUGUCACACAUGCCAUGCCAGCACAUCAUGUGGCUCCAGCCCCCUCAAAAGCAGGGGCUAGCCAGCGCCUCUGUUUCACAUCUAUAUACCGAUUAUUGCAAUCAAUAAAACUUCAAUGUGGUUUCCCCAAAAAAUUUAAACAAUAAAAAGUCUAAAAGCAAAUAUGUAAAACAUUCAAAAAUAAAUAAAACCAACAGCAAGCUAAUACCAGGUUAAAACACAUGACAGCUUCUGCAUGUCUCUAUAGGCUUGCCUAUGCAAAAGUAUUUUUAGUGGGUGCCAGAAAAUAUACCACUUUAACAGUGAUGGGAUCCCUCCAAAAAGAACCUUGAGAAUAGUAGUUUGUCCCAGAGCUACAAUUCCCUGCACCCUUAACAAGCUACAGUUUCCAGGAUUCAUUGUGUGUGGGGAACACAAGACUGUUUUUAGUGCUACAACAGUCCUUUAAGUAUAUGGCGAAGGUGUGACCUAAGUUGUUUGUUAUUUACUUUAGUAGCAGCUGCUCUCAAGUAAGAGCAAACCAUAAAGUCUUGAUGAAUAAGAGUGUGCAACAAAGCUUCUUCUCCCUUUGCUUUCUGGAGAGAGCAUGAGGUGCAAGCCUCAUCAUGGGUGCAGGCAGGCCUUGCUAAACUGAGUGAUUCCUGCUUCUCUGUAAAGGAUCAAGCUGAAAUCGAGACUUGUUCUUUUUGGCUCUUGCACAUAUGCACAUAUCACACCCCCAUUUCAAGUUGUCUCCUAGGGAAUGAGAUGUGCACUGUUCACAGCAAAGUUUCUCCACUACAAGCACAAUGCAAAAUAAGAGUGCUGUCUGCUCUUGGGCAUUUACUUUUGCUUGUGCAGCAGCAAACAAAUGGUUAACAAUCUGAGUGGAAAAACACUGAAGUUAUUAAAAGAUUUUCUUAUAAGAAUUAUUCAAAAAUGAGAUCUAUUGUAAAAUGUAAGGAUUAAUUUAUUAAUCAGAGCUUUCUGAACUCUCGCAUUAAGCAGCUUUGUUAUGCUAAUUCCCUUAUAAAUGAAUAAUGGACUUAUCCUCCCAUUAUUGCCUAUCAUUUAAAAAGACCCCAUUUAGAAAAUGAAGAUGUCCUUUUCGCUUGCAAAUUAUUAUACGUUUUAGGGCACAAGUUUGUUUUAAAAUGAAUACUAGAAAAUACUCCCUGCCUGCCUUCCCCAUCAUUCAUAUUCAUCAAUCAUUGUUCUAAUCAGAUUUGUCUGAUCUUGAGCAUUUAUCAGAGACAAACCUUCUAUGCUAAUUAAACACAAGAGAAGGAAGAACUGUGUCUUAGCCAAUUUCCUUCUGAUAAAUUCCCUUCAAGUAAAAGGUUGCCUAGGCAGACAUGCAACGGUGGGAAAAGAUUGACAGCCUGCUCUGUUCCAAAGACUAGCUGUAACGGCAUGCAAGAGUUUACGACGAUGCAUGCUGAAAGCUUCAUCACAUCCUGAUUUGACAUUUAUAUUAAUUAAUUAAUUUGGUGUUGUUGCUUUUUUGUUUUUUGUUUUUAAGCCAUGCUUCAUCCUGACAGAUUCAAGUGUGCUGUACAAUAAUGCAAUGCGAUGGCCUCAUCUGCACUAUACAUUUGAAGUAGUAUUAUAACACUUUAAAUAGUCAUGGCUUUCCUCAAAGGAUCCUGAGAAAGGUUUUUUGUUAAGGGUGCUGGGACUUUUCUAGGAACCCCUGUAUUUCCUAAAUUCCCAGCAUUCCCUGGCACUGAGGGAUUGAUCAUUAAACCAACCUGGAAAUUGUAGCUCUGUGAAGAGCUGUUAAGUACCCUUAACAGGCUGUGGUUGCCAGAAUUCUUUGAGGGAGCCAUGACUGGACUUCUUGUAAGUAGGAAGGCAUGUUAAGUAUAAUUUUUUAACUGACACUGAAAUGGAGACUGACAGUAUAUAUUGCUGAAAAGGUUUAACAAGGGAAAAUUCCACUGUAUACUACAUGGUCUUUGAGCUCCUUGAUGGGUUGAUAAUAAUUGUUAUUGUUCUCUGCUAGCUAACAUGUGAGUGUUUAACCUUAGAUCACAUGGGAGGCUAUUGAAGUACAAAUUUGCCAUCUUGGAAGUGUGGUGGCUUGGGUCCUUUGUUCCCAGGCUCUGUGGGAGUAAGGAUGUAAUGAAGCUCUCCAGGAGCACAUGGCUUCAGGCUGUAAGGAAAGAGAGAGAAAUAUCUUUUCUUAUAGGUCUGUUUGGAAUUAUAUUUUAUUUCUAAGAUGCUGAGCCUGUGCUGGACAGCACAAGAUCUUGUAUGGAAUUAUUUUGGAUGUAUCUUUAAUGUUUUUGUUCUGUUUUGAAGGAAGUUCUGCAAGUCAAGUUUUGAACAAUCUUAUGGGUCUAAUGGACAAUAUAGUGGACAAUGUUUCAUUUCAGAAAGGAGUCAGUUUUUCUGCAUCCAGUCACUUCAAGCUGCACGAUAUUAAUAUCUGCAGUAAGGCAGGCAGGUCGGGGCUGGCUGAGGAUACUGGAACAAGACUCCAUUUGUCCUAAUGAACCAGCUUCCACUACAGCGACACCUGUAAAAGUACCCCUGGGCUUGUAACUUGGCUGUUCUACCAGGCACAACAUUUUUGUCAGCCACCAGUUCAGUGGGGGAACAAUAUGUAUGGUUGGUGUGAUUUGUGCAAUUUUGACUGCUUCAAAAAGUGCUACCCCACUGUGGGGGAUUGCAGCAGCUAAGCAUACAACCCCUACAUGGCAGUUCCAGUUCACGCAGAUGACAUCUCUGCAAGGCUGUAGCUCAGUUGUCAUUAGCACCCUAUUUGUGGUCCUGAAAUACACCUAUGGGAGCCACUGGUAAGGAUGAACCACCACCCUGCAUAAUUGACAGUGGUUUUUCUUAAGCUGAGCAUUAAAUUCUGAUCCAUUCCCAGUGGAUAUUGUUCAACAUGUAAAAAUAACAAACAAAAACCCUGCAAGAAACAAUGUCCCAAAGCAUAUUGAUUCUCUUUCCUAUUCCCCCCCCCCAGUUCUGUAUAUCUAAAGAUACGUGUAGCUUUAUUUAUGCAUUUUCUGAGUGACAGUUUUGUUUGAUUUUGCUUUCCACCUAGCUGUAUUUUCACCUGCAGGAUGCAGAGCGUUGGCACUGUUUGAGUGUCUGACCUCUUUCUGGCUGAUGCAGCAGAAAACUGAUUUAAGCUGGCAAAGCAAUAAAGGCAAACAAAAUAAACUCGCAUUCUUGGCCUGUUUUGCAAGAAUUCAAACUUAACUAGUAUUUUAAACGGGCUGCUCUUUUUUAAAAAAAACCUCUGUCUUCUUCUGAAAAAUGAAGCAGUAGCAGUUGUCACUGCUUUUCAUGAUUUCUGUCUUGCAAUACUUUAAGCUUAACUGGUAUUUUACACUGACCCUUCUUUUAAAAAGCAAAGCAAAACUCUGGCUUCUUCUGAUAAAUGAAACAGCAGCAGUUGUCGCCACUUUUCAUGACUUUUGUCAGAAGAAGUAAAACUGCACUGUGCUUUAAUACUACCAAUAUUCUCUCCCCCUGCCCCACCAUUACAAACGAUGCCUGACCUGCAUUGUAUUUCAAGCCUUUCACUCACAUAGUUCAUCUCAUUUUUAUUUCUCUCAGUGGAGUGAAAUCACAGUAUUUUAGGGGAGACAAGACAGCAUAAUUAUCAUGCUAUGAAAACAGUUCAUUUGUCGAGACAGAGAUGAAAGAUGAGAUGGACAAACCCGAGGAAAGAUUCUUUGCACACAUUAGUGGUGUCAGCUGCUAACUGCUAUUCCACUCAUAAAUGAAUUUUCAAUGGCACUGAGGUUUUUUUUUAUUAAGUAAUGCUGUCAAAGGUUUUUUCAGAGUGUGAAAGGUGCUUUUUAAAUAAAUGUGUUCAUUUUGGCCUAUCUUUGGGUUGUAAAUCAAACACUCUAUUAAAUUUUACUCACUACCUGCUGAAGAGCACCAACGGAAGAUGAAUCUUCACUUCCAAUAUGUUUUGUCUACUAUCACACUCAACAUUUUUAAUAAGCAAAUCAUGCACUGCAACCUAUUGGGUAGGCUGCUGUCUGAAAAUACAUCCUAAUGCCAAGCAUUAGACUUAAACUCAAAAUGCUUGGGUUCUUAAUGCACUUUAAAAAAAAAGCUAUUAGCUUGAUUAUUCCAAGAGAAUAUAAGGAUUUAAAAAACAUAAGAAGAGCCCUAAUGGAUCAGACUAAACGUCCCCCUAGACUAGGGAGGAAGAACCUGUGGCCCUACAGAUGUCAUUGGAUUACAAUUCCCUAGGCCCCAGCCAUCAGGGGCAGUGUUCAGUGAUGAAGGGAGUUGUUGUCCAACAACAUCUAGAGGAUUACAGAUUGUCUUCCUUGUCCAAGAGGGCAGCCACAUACCUCUGGGAAACCUAGAAGCAGGACAUAAAGGCAAUAGAUAUAUCCAUCACUGUUUAUCUUAUACCAGCUUGGUAAACUUAUCCUCCAUGAAUUUGCCUAAUCCUCUUUUAAAGCCAUUGUGCCAUCACCGCAUCCUGACAGGAAAUUCCAUAUUUUAAGGCUGAAUGCACCUGACACACUUAAAAAGCAUGCCCACCAUUCUUUUACACAAUUUGGAUUGAAGAUUGGGGCGAAUGUAUCAAAACACAAUAUUUCAUAAUAAACUAUGGGAUAAAUAUGGACAGUGGCUAACGCUGUGUCUUCAACAGGCCAACUAAACCAGGUGAAAGUAACCGAUGGGCCUAGAACCCUCUGUGAGUUAGGGAUUUUCCCUGCAUGUGAAGACAGGUUCUGAGCGGAUUAGACUAAUAGUGGGUCCAACGGCGAAGAAGGUGUUUUCUGCACAUGGUGUAGAGGGAAGAGAAGGUAGCUCAUCCAGGAGAAGGAAAACUUUGAUCCUAAACCUCUUGUGCUUUGCAGGAUAUCUUCAGAAGAAGAAAAGACUAAGGAGUAAACCCUACACAAAUCUGGAGCGGAGUCACUAAGAUGGUUGGAUGGCAACUCCUGCAGCCAAGUAGGUGUCAAACAUAUUGCUCUGCUUUCCUUUGGGCCACAUCAGCAAGGCCGAGAGUGGGGUCUUGUCAUCUGGACCUUCACACAUACAGAGCUCAGGCUUGCGCCCCAUGGAGGUCACUUCAGUCCUACUAAUGCAGCAGUUUGACUUCAACCCUGGAGGCACAUUCCAUUGUUUUUCGAGAGAGCCAUAUGUCAGCAGCACGACUACCUCACUUGCAGUUGGAGUAGACUGGAUGCAGAGUAAACAAAAGUGUGUAUGCAGCUCUAGACUGUGUUCUGUGAAAGUGUUGGUCCAUUUUCCUGCCUUGAAUUUCAUUGGAAGAACCAAAAUGCACAGAAUAUGGGAGACAGGAAGAGAAAUUUGCCCCCUUUUCUGCCAUCACAUACUGAGAACAUGCACAGGAAACCAUUCAAUUCAUUCUGUUUCCUGGUACAGUGGUACCUCUCGUUAUGGAUUUAAUUCAUUUCGGGGUGCUGUGCGCACCCCAAAAAUCUGUAACUAGAGGUACCGCUUCUGCGCUCAAACGCGGCAUGAUAGAGUUCUUCAGCGCAUGCACACAGCACACAGAGCCCUUCUGCGCAUGUGUGAGCAGUAAAACCUGGAAGUAUACACUUCCGGGUUUGCUGUAGCUGUAACCCAAAGAUUCCGUAAUCCGAAGAUUAUGCAACACAAGAUACCACUGUACAUGAUCCUGGUGCUGCAUUUUAUUUUAUUUUACAGCAAGAGACUCUGCUCUUCCAAAUUCUUACAAACUGUCUCUGGCUGUUGUAGACUUGUUGUGUACCUUUCUCCCACUUGAUGGUUAGAAAGCUUGUCAAAAUCUUUCUGUUCUGCCAGGUUUUUAUCUGCUGCUGGUUUUUAAACUGAUGCCCUGAUGCUGUUUUUACAGCUAGUGUACUGUUAUGUUGUUUAGUUAACAAAAGCUGGGGAAUCUAGUAUGUGUUUUUUAUCUUGAUUCCUGACUGCUAGAUUGAGCCACUUUGAUUGUCUAGUUCUAUGCAUACUGUGUGUGUGUGUGUGUGUGUGUGAGAGAGAGAGAGAGAGAGAGAGAGAGAGAGAGAGAGAGAUUAUUUACUAUAUUGCUUGAUAUUCUUGAUGCCCUUCAAAGCUCUCAGAGCACACCUUGCAUAAAAGGUAAAGGGACCCCUGACCAUUAGGUCCAGUCGUGGCCAACUGGGGUUGAGCACUCAUCUCGCUUUAUUGGCUGAGAGAGCUGGCGUACAGCUUCCGGGUCAUGUGGGCAGCAUGACUAAGCCGCUUCUGGCGAACCAGCGCACGGAAACGCCGUUUACCUUCCCACCAGAGCGGUACCUAUUUAUCUACUUGCACUUUGACGUGCUUUCAAACUGCUAGGUUGGCAGGAGCAGGGACCGAGCAACAGGAGCUCACCCCGUCAUGGGGAUUCAAACCACCGACCUUCUGAUCGGCAAGUCCUAGGCUCUGUGGUUUAACCCACAGCGUCAUCCGCGUCCCACACCUUGCUUAGGGGGUUAGAAGACAUAAUACAGAGGCAGCCACUAUGGUGCCUACCUGUCAGGGGCAGGCUGGAUGAUGAAGAGUGGUGGGAGGCUCCUGCCCAAGAGAAGAAAAAGACACAGAAUAAGAAGACUUAGAUCCUAGGUCAUGCUGGUGGGAUACUGAAUAGCAGUCUGGGAUGAGCGGGGAGGUGCUAGAAGCAGGAUGUUUGAGCAAUCAAGUGGGGAUGGGGGGCAUUUGCAGAAGGAAGGCCUUCCAGGACAGGGUUAGAGGCUGAGAGUUACAGUGCGAGUGCAGAUGCGGACAGAGAGGAGUCAGCAGUUGCCUUUGCUACCCAGCAGCAGGACACCCUGCUCAAGGAGAGUCCUGCACAUUGCUUGGCUAGAAAGGCCCAGAGGAGGAUCCCAGCCCCUUAACACAGCCUUUGCCUGCUUGGGAGUGAUUCAGAGUGAGAGACUAGAGAGGAAAGGACAAACCAGAGGGCUCUACUAUGUCAUUAUUUUCUGUUAAUAAAAAGCUAAUUGCAUUCCAUGCCUCCUGUGCUUCCCUGUCCUGUUGUUGACCUGGACAUGCUUCACAGCUCCUUGACCCUUCCAGAGGUUUGUUGGACUACAACUCCCAUCACCUCCAACUAUGGACUAUACUGGCUAGGGCUGAUGGGAGUUGCAGUCCAGCAAUAUCUGCAGGUCAUUGCCUUGGUUACCCCUGAGUUCACACUUAUGGUAGACCCUUUCUGAGCAUCUCAGGAGUGAGCAUGGGCUGCUACUAUUCUUGCAAUGGGGUACUACUCUUCUGGAGAUACUGUUUUAGAAGAUGUUCUUCUGCAUGGGGCUUGUCUACAUGGUGCAAUCUGAAACCUUAUAAAUCAUGACUGCUGUGCAUAUACACCUCACAAGGAGGUACCACUAUCCACAUGGAACCUGCACAUGAGCACUGGCCAUAAAUAUGAACCUCUUCAUAGUAUUUGCAGGAUGUUACCAGUUAAGAAAAGCAGGAUGUUACUCACUCUCAGUUCCUUUAUUUUUGCGGGAUUCAUGUGACAGUGUUGAAAGUCCAGCCAAGAAAAAAAUGUCUUCAACUAGCCAAUAAAACUGAGAUGCUAGUUCCUUCUAUUCAUUCUGUUGAAUAGCAAGCUUUUGAUUUUCAGUUUCAAGCUGUUACUCCUUGCUGUUAAAAUGUUAGGUAUUUUGUCUUCACGAACACUAAAAUUAGGGUAUGCCGUGUAGAAUCUGCAGAGAAACCAUCAGAUAUAUUUGUAAAUACUUCAAAUGAAAUUCAGUGUUGCAAAUAUUUUGAAAUGGAUUCAAACAGAUCACCGCUAGGUUAUGUUACGGCAGAUGAAAUUCUUUUAAUUACAUGGUCUACUGUUGGGAUUUGAAAAGUAUUAGGAAUAUCAAGCUUGCCGUAAAUAAUCCAUUGCAUGUCUAUAGUGUCUCACACCUUUUAAGUGCUGAACAAAUUAGCUAAUUAAUACAACAGCCCCUCUAACUCUAGUUUGGUGUGAAAGGCCACAAUGAAAGACUCUGCCAACACAUAGGCUAAAUCCAUCAGGCAUAUGCUUUGUACUGGUGUUAACUAGAUGCUAGACAACAGAUACCAAGGAAAUGAGUGGGAAAUUUGCAAGUGAGUGUGGAUAACAGAAGCGGCUUAAGCAAUAAAUGGGUUAGAAAGCAAAAUUUCUGCAAAAUGUUCAUUAUUGCUCACUGUUCUAGUCUAAACACCCCACUAGCUGGUUAACCUUUAUGGGCACUCUCAGUGGUUAUUGUUUUAUCCACUACAACCAUUGGACUCACUAUUGGUCUCAUCCACUCAAUCUGCUGGAACCUGUUUUUGUACACAGAGGAAGACCCUAACUCACUCAGGCUUUGAGACCCUUGGCUUGCCAAUCAAAGUCAUUCCUGGAGUGUGGCUGCUGUCACAUACUGGCAGCUUCUAGGAGCCUUUGGUGAAGAAGAGGAGGAGGAGGAGGAGGAGUUUGGAUUUGAUAUCCCGCUUUAUCACUAACGCAGGUGGUGCUGUGGUCUAAACCACUGAACCUAGGGCUUGCCAAUUGGAAGGUCGGCAGUUCGAAUCCCCUCGAUGGAGUGAGCUCCCAUUGCUCGGUCCCAGCUCCUGCCAACAUAGCAAUUCGAAAGCAUGUCAAAGUGCAAGUAGAUAAAUAGGUACCGCUCCGGCAGGAAGGUAAACGGUGUUUCUGUGCACUGCUCUAGUUUUGCCAGAAGCACCUUAGUAAUGCUGGCCACAUGAGCUAGAAAAACUGUCUGUGGACAAACGUCAGCUCCCUCGGCGAGUAAAACAAGAUGAGCGCCGCAACCCUACAGUCGUUUGUGAUUGGACUUAACCGUCAGGGGUCCUUUACCUUUACCUUUUAUCACUACCCUAAGGAGUCUCAAAGCGGCUAACAAUCUCCUUUCCCUUCCUCCCCCACAACAAACACUCUGUGAGGUGAGUGAAGCUGAGAGAAAUGUGACUAGCCCAAGGUCACCCAGCAGCUGCAUGUGGAGGAGUGGGGCCACGAACCCGGUUCACCAGAUUAUGAGUCUACCACUCUUAAUCACCACACCACACUGGUUCUGAGCGCUGAGUGCAGGGUGUGGACCACAGGUGGACAAAAAGAAGGAGCACAACACGUCCCCCACCAAUUACUGCCCUUCCCCUAACGCCCCAUGCACCUCAUGCAUGUCUUUCAUUUCUACUUAAAAAUAGGAGGGUAGGUUGCAUAACGCUGACUAUAAAUAAGCGCUAUAUAUUUUGUUCACAAUCUACAGAAAAAGGUACUCUAUAACUAAAAUAAGAAAAAAGUUUAUUUUGUUUUAUUUUUAAAAGAACUAAAUGGAAUAGCAAACAUUUAUUUGACCUGCUGAAAUCACAUGCAACUGAAGACUGCAAGUUAUGCUAAUAGAAUAUUCCUUGUAGCUGGAAAGAAGAAAGUGCACUUACCUGACCCCUGGAUUUUUACAUUUUUCCAUUAUGUAGAUUGACUGUUUUGAUGGGCUCAGGUGAAUGUUGAUAUCUGGGUCUCAAGGUGGGAAUGAAUCUGAUUGUCUGUGAAUUGGUAGAGAAAUGAAUAUGAGCAAUUGCCGGUUACAGUAUUGGCACUACAUUAGCUGCAGAUCAAAUAAAGCUUUGAAGCAGCUAAUCAUUUUCGGAGUGGCCAUCGAAUGACAGUAUUGACAAAGCCGAAAUGCUCAAGAGCCAAAAGGAGAAAAAGUGAGAUAGAAAAGCAAUAAUAAAAAAGGCCUCUCUGAUCAGUAUCAUUUUUUAUUGUUCUGCUCAGAGAUGAAAUGAAAUAAACUGUGCAGCAGAACAGACAAAAGGAAGAGCCACUCGCACAUCAUCAGCAAACUCAGGUUCCUUGAAAGGUAAACUGUGUCCAAUUUUAUAAGAAGAUAUUCCACAUUCUUAUUAUUACCAGCACCAAUGAUAUAUAGGAGGCUUUGAUUUUAACAACCCAUGUUUCUAUGGUCUCUCACACAGCGCUGGAUCGGGCACAAGGGUCCUUCCUCAAGGGGCUGUUACUUCAGUGAACUGUAGAAAUGGGGCCACUUAAGCUUGGUUUGAGGAACUUAAAUGGAUGAAACUGCUAGUCUAUAAGUGUGCAGGAAAAUUACAGUGCAUGCACAAUUCUUCACUGUGGCAAAUUGCAGCUGCAUCUCUGGCUUCAUGUGUGUGCUUGACACAUGCCCACUUAAGGCAAAGCUGGAGAGCUCCAAACUGAGGUAAGAUUGAAGUGUGCAGGAGACUAAUAGACAGAAACAGUCUGCAGCUGGCUGCCCAACAGGUUCCAGUGACAAGAUAAGCUAUGGGGUGCCAAGAGGGCUCUUCACAGGAUUGUCUGGAGGAAUGGACUUUACAGGAUCCAUUCUAGAGGGCAACAGCUGUGUUUCAUCUGGGAUAUAAGGUUUCAGGCGGUCCUGAAGGUACCCUGAGCCUAAGUCAUUCAGGACUUAGUAAAUUAGGACAAGGACCUUCAGCCUGGCUCAGAAGUAGAUAGGCAACCAGUGCAAAUGUUUUAAACAGUGGUGCCACAUGCUGUUUAUAUUGUAAUUAUUUGUAUGGUUUAAAUAGAUUUUAUAUGUAUAGAGUUUUACUUCUAACAAUGUUUAACUGUUUUAAAAUUAUUGUUUUUUCUAUGUUUUUAGCAGUUCUGUGUAAGUCAACUUGAGUCUCAUCAGGGGAAAAUGUGGUGUGUGUGUGUGUGUGUGUGUGUGUGUGUGUGUGAUAAUAAUGUGCCCUCAUCAGCAAUAUGGCUGCACCAGUUGGAGUUUCUGAACCAGGCCCAAGGGCAACUCCACAUAGAACAGAUUGGUUUUUAAAUGUUUCCUCAUCCCCCUUACCUGUUUUAUGUAACAACUUGCCUGAUAAGCAGUUCUGGAAGGUCACAUCAUUGUGAGAUUUUGGUUGUUCCCAGUAAAGGUAUCACCAAGCUAUGGAUUUUUUUUAAUUUUUAUUUUUAAUGUGUCUCAGAUUUUAUCAAGGGGGGAAAGUGUGUCGACUACCCUAAGUCUGGGAAAUACUGACAUAUUUCCUGAAUAUGGAAUAAUGUAAUGUAAUGGUAAUGAAUUGCUGUGCGCUGGAGCACCUUCCAAGCUCUGUAUCUUUCAUCACAUCCCUUUCUGUGCUCAGUAAUCCCUAAACUUACAUAAUGCAGAGAAAAUGGCAUUCAAAGUGGUCUUUAUGAACGUUUUUUGUGUUUCAUGGCUUGAAGAUAAGAGUUUCUGUCUGCUGUAGAAAAUCUCUGUCAACAGAAUCUGCUUGAUCAAAGCAUCCGUUGUCAGUUAUUAGUAGAAGGAGUGAAAAUCCACGAUACUGUGAUGAUCUUCAGCAUUUUUCAGCUUGCCAUUUUAUUUUAUUCCCCCCACCCCAUUUUUAUGCUUUCCAAAUUGUAACAAUAGUUUAACAUUUCAGCUCAUGAUUUUGUCAUAUAUCUGGAGGAGAGCAGGGAAAGGAAAUGUUUUUCUUUCUCGCCUUUGGAGAAUAAUUUAGUCUUUUCUCCUGCAACACAUUUUGACUUGCUUGCACAGUUCUUCAUCAGUCCUGGUCUCCUAACUCCGAUUUGUAUGAAUCAUUAGCCAUUAUAGUUAAAUGGGCUUCCACUGAGCCUCUCUGGUGAGUAAAACCACUGUCGUGUGCAGGACAAUAGCUAAUACAUGAUAAGGAAAGCUUCCCAAUCUACUAAAAAGAGGAAACUAAUCCACACUUUAAUUGUAUAAGGAAAUAGCUCCUUGAAGGUAUAAUUGAAAGUAUGCAGUGGAAUAGCCUUGCAUUUUCCUUCCCAAAGGGUGCUCAUCAAUGGUUCCUCUUCAUCCUGGAGAAGAGUGACUAGUGGAGUGCCACAGGGUUCUGUCUUGGGCCCGGUCUUAUUCAACAUCUUUAUCAACGAGUUGGAUGAUGGACUCAAGGGCAUCCUGAUCAAAUUUGCAGAUGACACCAAACUGGGAGGGUGGCUAACACCCCAGAGGACAGGAUCACACUUCAAAACGACCUUGACAGAUUAGAGAACUGGGCCAAAACAAACAAGAUGAAUUUUAACAGGGAGAAAUGUUAAGUAUUGCACUUGGGCAAAAAAAUGAGAGGCACAAAUACAAGAUGGGUGACACCUGGCUUGAGAGCAGUACAUGUGAAAAGGAUCUAGGAGUCUUGGUUGACCACAAACUUGACAUGAGCCAACAGUGUGACGCGGCAGCUAAAAAGCCAAUGCAAUUCUGGGCUGCAUCAAUAGGAGUAUAGCAUCUAGAUCAAGGGAAGUAAUAGUGCCACUGUAUUCUGCUCUGGUCAGACCUCACCUGGAGUACUGUGUCCAGUUCUGGGCACCACAGUUCAAGAAGGACACUGACAAACUGGAACGUGUCCAGAGGAGAGCAACCAAAAUGGUCAAAGGCCUGGAAACGAUGCCUUAUGAGGAACGGCUAAGGGAGCUGGGCAUGUUUAGCCUGGAGAAGAGGAGGUUCAGGGGUGAUAUGAUAGCCAUGUUCAAAUAUAUAAAAGGAUGUCACAUAGAGGAGGGAGAAAGGUUGUUUUCUGCUGCUCCAGAGAAGCGGACACGGAGCAAUGGAUCCAAACUACAAGAAAGAAGAUUCUACCUAAACAUUAGGAAGAACUUCCUGACAGUAAGAGCUGUUCGACAGUGGAAUUUGCUGCCAAGGAGUGUGGUGGAGUCUACUUCUUUGGAGGUCUUUAAGCAGAGGCUUGACAAGCAUAUGUCAGGAGUGCUCUGAUGGUGUUUCCUGCUUGGCAGGGGGUUGGACUCAAUGGCCCUUGUGGUCUCUUCCAACUCUAUGAUUCUAUGAUUCCCUUCAGCUAAUCCCCAACAGUGUUUCUUAUAUCCGCCAUGAAUUCUCUCAUUUUAGAGUGAACUGUGUGGUGCUUCCCCUUUGGCAUGACCCACCUCCAGAGAUGCCCCAAAGGAUUGUUAACUUGGAGUGAGGUGCCAUGGCCAUAUCCAAAGAAUUGUGGGACAAGCACUCCGUUGAACUUCCAAUAUGUAGAAGCUCCUCCCUCCUGUGCCCAAAGCAGCAGGAGGAGGAGCUCAACGACAACAACAACAACUGACCUUUUCACUCCACUUUGCUCAUUUUCAGGUGCAGUUUCUGUUCUCACUGAUAAAUGGAGACUGGUCAUGAAAUUUUCAGCACAGCACUAGUCUGAUCUAUCAGCAAAGCCAUGUCUUGCUCAUGCAUUUCUUCUUUCCUUACCUUCUACAAUUUCGGGUGUUACAAUAAAAUGCUUGUGUACAACAAUCUUUCCUUCUCCCUCCCCUCCUCCAGAUUCCACAGCUGUAUAAGCUUUGCCAGAACCAACUAUUCCCUAGACACACUGAUGCAGGAUCCAAGGAUGUCUGUUUGUCCCUGUCGACAUGGCUCUUAUGGCUCCAAGAGAAAUGUGUGGCCAUCUUCAAGUGCUCUGGCUGGGCUGAAACAGGCACCCAUGCUCAGUUUGUGAUGCUGCUGGCAAGUAUCCAUGCCCUCAUGUCUGGCAGUGGCACUUUGAUGAGCGUCAAUGUUUUGAAGUUCUUCAUAUUAGAAUGGCUGCUGUUAUUGUUGCUCCUAGUCCUGUUCUCCACUCUAUGCAGAUGCUACAUUUGAACAGAACAGGCCUCAGAGGCCAGUUGCCUUUAGGAUAUGAUACACUGACUGUAACACAAGCAGGAGGAGAGAUGGGAAAUGUGAAACUAGUGGUGACAUAGUAAACUCCUGUCAGAUCAAAGUUGGCGGGUGGCUGCCCUUAGGAAAAGGAUGCAUGCUAGCAAAUGGUGCGUUUUGCAAAAGUGUUGGUUGAAAAAUAGUGUGAAGCAAGCAAGUGUAAAACAGUGUAUUUUGCAAAUGUGCUGAGUACAAAAAAUAGCAUGAAGCAAAGAAAUGGCAAAAUUAGGGAUGCUGGAUAAUUGAUACAAGAGCUCUGCUUAAAGAAGGGAAAUCAGCUAUCUUUGCAUUCAGCCUUUUCCUGGUGAAUGGAAACAAACAUUAACAACCUAAUUCACAGCCAUAAAUAUAGUGCACUUUACAUUAGUAUACAUUUCUUUUUUCCCCUUUCCCUUUUCCCCUUUUUGCAUAUUACCUGGUUGGAGAACUACAUUACAAAAUUCAGAUAAUGUGGUGUUUGAGGGAUAGCUGUGUUUCGGUUCAUAUUCAAGUGAAUUAGGUAAGUUCAUCUUUGGAUGUGAACUGACUCAAAUUUAUCCCCCAUUCCUAUUCUCGCUAUUUCCCCUCUUCCGGGGAAUAACAUUCAAGGAAGGUGUGAGCAUGCAAACCAUCUGGUAAACAUUAGGGGCACCUGUUCCACUCCUGACUUUCCAAAGUUGAGAGGGCAAGUGUGAAGGGGAUUUCUAACUGCAUUCAGCUGAAUGGGCUGAGAAGGUCCUGCAGUCCUUUACACUCAACCAGGAAAGUCAGGGGUGGCACAGACAGGCCAAUGGAUGCACACCCCUACACACUUUGUGCCAUUGUGCCUUUCUUUUAAAAAUGCCUGAACAGGGUUGUUGCCUUCCUUAAUGUUCUGACUAAAUAAUGAUUCUGACUAAACAUCAGGAAGAACUUUCUGACACUAAGAGCUGUUCGACAGUGGAACAGACUUCCAUGAGAAGUGGUGGCCUAUCCUUCCUUGGACGUUUUUAAGCAGACAGUGGAUGGCCAUCUGUCAUGAAUGCUUUAAUUGGGAUUCCAACAUUGCAUUGGGUUGGACUCGGGGUCACGUCCAACUGUACAAUUCUAUGAUUCUAGGAAUGGUUUGUGGGUUGUUGUUGUUUUUUGUGGUGACUUCCCAGUAGCUGAAAUGUCUUUGACUGUUAUCUCCAAUAAUAAAAUAAUAAAAUAAAAUAAAAUAAAAUAAAAUAAAAUGAAGUCUAGUCCUAGUCAUUGCCUGUGGGGGCUUUAUCAGCUGCUUGCAAACAUAAUCAAAAUUAGGCAGCAGGGAAGACUCCCACACCCUCCCCUCUAAUAUAAUCUAUGAGUUGAAUAAACAGCCAGUGUGCUGACAAAACCUGUUUCUUUCUAACCUUUAAAUGCUGAUAAGUAUUUUAUAUUCUGAAAAGUAUAGAACUACCAAAAGAGAUUAAAUCAGAAAGAAUAUAAAUAAAUGUUCUGUACAGUGUUUUCAGUGUGCUGGGAAAUUGGCAAAUAUACUCGGAGAAAUGGUUGCAUCAAAUGAAAAAUGGCAUUUGUUAAAAAGGUUCGUGCCACAAAAUAAAAGAGGGGAAAUGCUGACAACAUUAGUCUGAAGCUAAAUUUAUUAUUUCCACAGAUAUAAGAUAUACUUCUAGCCCCUUGAGUCUGACCAGUGCUGAACCUUAUCAGACAUACUAGAGAUAGAUGAAUUACCCCAUAAACACACCAGCAUUUGUAAUCGAAAUAAAAAUUCCAGACAUCUGAACUUUUCUGUAUUUACUGGAUAGACUUAACAAUAAUACAUUGCUUCUCACUUCUACCACAAAUCUCCAGAGCAAAUCAGCUUGAAAUUAAUGGAACUUGUACAAAUACCAAAGUUGCUUCAACCCCUUAGCACCCCAAUUAAUUCUGGCACAGUUUCACCUGCCUUCUACCACUGACCCUCUAGCUUCUUGGCUGGGCCAGCUGUUUUCUACCUCCCAGUCUUGUCCCACAGGUUCCUGUUUUGUUCUAUUAUGUGGAGCUAUUUGAUUUCACCUUUUCCACAGAGCAGCUUGGUUCCCAGUAGCCCAUCAACUUGAGGUGGUGGCUCACUUCAAAUAGUAGUUUCAGUAAUGAAGCAAUUUGCUGGUCCUUUACUAUCCAUUAUGUGCAGUUGCUGGUCCUUUAUUAACCAUCAUGUGCAAUUGGAUUAUUCUUCUUCCUGACAGAUCCCCCCCCAUCCCCCACAUAUGUCCACACCAUUUUGCACUUUCCCCCCUAGUAUUGCUUCUCUUGAAAAUUGAUAGCUAAUUUCUCUUAAGAGAUGGUGGAGUCUUGAAUUCACAUUUUACUAGUCACUGGUCAUUAUGGUCUUCUAUUUUGGGCAAUAUAAUUGCUGUGCCUCUGACUGUAAUCCUAUACCCAGUUACUGAGGAAUCACCCCCGUGGAAAUCAGUGGUGCUUCCCUCUGAAAGUGAAGGAAUGCACUGCACAUUUAUGUAUACAAACACCAUAAAAACAGGAACUGUGAGUAUACUAAACUUUAAGGAGAGGGGCUCUGAAAUGAACCCUCUGCUCAGGAGAAACGACUCAAGGCUUCUCAAGGAGGUGUGUGUGUGGCAAACUCAGCCCGCCCCCCAGAGGGACAGCAGCAAUUGGGAAGGGGGGGAUUGUAAACAGCGAAACAGAAGUAAAUGAAAUGCAGAAAAGCACAGGCAGAGAUAAAAAUGUGUUUAACAAUGACCAAUAAUUCAGAGCUCAAGCAACACAUAUAGCGUGAUAAAAAUCCAAUGUGCUAAUUCAGUCCACAAGUGAUAGAAUGGAACCUCUUGGUGUAAUGUAUCUGAUGAAGUAGACCACAUUUUGCAAAGACUUAAUAAAUUUGUCCGCCUUUAAGAUGUCAUAAGACUGUUGCUUUCGCUGCAGGAGACUAGCAUGACUACCCCUGUGGAAAUUAAUGAGAUAGUAGCAAUUAAUAUUCAUUUUAAAAUGAAACUGGGUUUUACAUCAUCCACCUCUAUAAAUAUAUGAUGGGAUGUCGGUAUGAGUUGCUAAUGCAGUCUGCUAUGUAUCUUAUAGACCUUUUCAAUAACAGCCUAUGGAUAUUAACCAAGUCCUCUACAUCUAUUGAUUGAGGUGUUUAUAAAAUGCUAAAUCAUUAUGUUACCUAACUAACAUCAGCAUAAAUUUAUUGGCCUGGCCAGACAAUGUUUCUUCAUUAAAUAAAUGUGCAUUUUAACUACCACUAGGACCAUAUUGACAUAUUUACUGGACCUGAAACACCUAUCUUAGAUCCAGCAUUCUCACUCUCUUUCCAUAGCACAAUGCUUUUGUUUUUGUGAGUAAGAAGGCUUUUGGGAGGAGAGUCACAAUUCCUUCCACUGCAUUAAAUUCACUCCUACUAUGUAAAGAUAUUCAUUCCCAAGACUGCCAGUGGCCAGGGGAUUUACUUAUGCAAUCAAAUGGCUAAUUUUUUUGGGGGGGGGAGGUUACAAUCAUAUUUCCAUGAACUACAGUAUUCAAAAUGUCUGAAAAGUUUCUAUCUCUCAGUAAAAUGUUGCCUUGAGAGAUGGUGAGCGCCAUUUGCCAGAUCUGAUUAUACUCAUUAGGCAUCUAGGGUGGUUGGGAAAAUAUAUUUGCAAAGAUGGUGCUUCCCAAGUUUAAACCUGCAAGGGAACAGCUGGUUUUUAUGUGAUGACUUCCUUUGCCCUGCUGUGCUGCAGAUUUUCCUGCUAUGACAGGGCUUGUUAUGGCCUGUAAAUGAGAUGCAACUUGCAGCAGGAUUCUGUUAAUAUGAUAUCUGCAGGAGCAGUGGGGAAGUCCUGGGAUUUUGAAUUUAGAGACCGUUAAGUGUUGCAAGGAUCUGGAAUGAGCCAUCCUAUUUUGAAUUACAACCUGAAAUUCAACAGUGGUAGGUUUUGAGUUGCUAGCACUGUGCCAUUUCCUCAACAGUAGCUGGCUUUGAAUUUAUUUAUUUUUGAAACAAAUGUUGCUCUAUUUUCCAGCCCUUGAAUCCCAUCUUCCAUGUGACUGGUGUCUAAUAAAUAUUUAUUUAUUUAUUUAUUUAUUUAUUUAUUUAUUUAUUUAAAAGAUUUCUCAGCUGCCCUUCAUCAGAGGAUUCCAAGGAGGUGUACAAAAGUGUCAAUUAAGCUAUUAACUCAAAGUAUACAUACUUACCACUCAGGCUCGCUUGCUUACCACCCCCACCUACUGCUGAAAAGACACCCUCUCCCUUUGCUUCUUGCCAAAACCACUCUACCCCUUCACUUCAUCCAAAGCUACACACACUUCCACACACAUUACGGCUCACAAACCCCCUUCCCCUUACAUCUCAACAAACCUCCUUGACCACCCUGAGGGAAGGCCAAGAAACAAUUCAGGUUUCUUCCUUGAAAAAUUCAGUAGCAGCAGUGGAUGUGUGUGAGAGAAAAGGAGAGGUUUUCUCCCAUUCGUUCUCUUUCCAUCAGCAGAAACAUUCUGACAGUAAGAGUUGUUUGACAGGGAGGUUUUUAAGCAGGAGUUGGGUGGCCGUCUGCCAUGGAUGCUUUAGCUGAGAUUCCUGCAUUGCAGGAGUUUGGACUAGAUGACCCUUGGGAUCCCUUCCAACUUACGAUUCUAUGAUUCCAUGAUUCUAUGUACUUGAUAGUCUUGUGGUUCACAAAGCAGGCAGGUCUUGGCGAUGUUAGAAGCAAAUCUCAGUCUGGUAAUGUUGACUGCUCUUUUCUUUGUGGUAACCAACAUUUCCCAAUGUUGUUGUUGCUGCUGCUGAUCGUAUCCAUUGCAUAAGCUUCCCCCCACCCCACCACUUUCAUUAUGGAUUUAUCUGUAUAAUAUGCAUUGCCAAAUGUAUCCCUUUCCAUUUGGACUGAGUGGUAGGUAUUUGGCUGCUGAAUAGAAAUGUUUCAUGUUAGAUAAAUGGUUUUCACAAAUUGAUAUUUUUAUUUGUGAUACAUAUCAUUUUCAAUGCUAUUGUUUCAGCCAGACAUUAUUUCUAUCAACCACUCAGGACUUUGAAAAAUGAAUCUGUCAGUGCUAGCAUCAAUGUCAACUGAUUCCUUACUAAGAUGCAUAAAUAUGCAGCAAUAAUCAAUGUGUGCUGCUGUGGCAGCAAACACUAACUGGAAAGAAGGUUGCUAAUUAUGGACAUUAACCUUUGGCACUAGUAAAGGUUAUAGCUGAGCUGAAUCACCAGGGAAGGUUUUCUCUGAUGCAGAGUAGAAUGCUCCUUGGAGCCUUGAAAGGAACAUUCACAAAACCACUAAAUUUAGAUUCGUUACCCUGUGACACAUUGUAACUAACCUUUUUUUGCAUAAGGUCCAAACAGCUGAAAUGUAAUCAAAAGAAUAGAUUUCCCACCACAUACACUUUAGGAAGAAAAUCAGGCUGCAAGCCUGCAUGUGCUCACUAGCGAAUAAGACCCUCUGAAUACUAUGGGAAUUCUUUCUGAGUAAGCAUGCACAGGAUUUCACCGUUAACCAGUAAAGUGUUCCUAAGAAAGGAAAGCAUUGUGGGUUGCGGGUGACGCUGUGGUCUAAACCACUGAGCCCAGGGCUUGCCGAUCAGGAGGUCGGCAGUUCGAAUCCCCGCGACGGGGUGAGCUCCUGUUGCUCGGUCCCUGCUCCUGCCAACAUAGCAGUUCAAAAGCAUGUCAAAAUGCAGGUAGAUAAAUAGGUACCACUCCGGCGGGAAGAUAAAUGGCAUUUACGUGCGCUGCUCUGGUUUCACCAGAAGCAGCUUAGUCAUGCUGACCACAUGACCUGGAAAAACUGUCUGCGGUCAAACAUUGGCUCCUUCAGCCAGUAAAGCGAGAUGAGCACCUCAACCCCAGAGUUGUUCACGACUGGACUUAACUGUCAGGGGUCCUUUACCAAACCUUUUCAAGAAAGGAAAGCAUUGUGGCCUCAAACAUGGAUCACUGUGGUUGACUUGCAUUUGAUAGUCCAAUGCUCUCACAUUGGCUAAGCAGAUAACUAUGGGAAGCCCAGAAGCAGAAGCUGGAUGCAAUAGUACUCUCCCUACUUUCAGUUCCCAGCAAUUCCAACAGUGGAGGUAGAGCAUAACUUUAGUCUCCAUCAAUUUGUCUGAUUACACUGGGCAAUUUUUUUUUACUUUUUGACUGUUGUCUAGAUUUCUACAACUGAUUUAGGGUAUUUUUGCACUGCUGAAUCAGGAAAUGACAUCCGUUUCUCUCCAUCAGGUCAGGUUUACUGUAAACUGAAUGGUGGGCAUUGAUAAAAGUAAGUACACGUAAAUUGCAUGUUGCUUCACCAUUUUUCAAACUUCAGGGCUUGAACUUCCAUUUCUUGGAACUCCUGGAACGCUCAGCGGCAUGGAGGUGUCUCUUCAGAGUCCAACAGUAGUCAGCCAUCAUGACUGCGUCCCAGCGACCCUUAUACCUGGUCUCCAUCUCUUUCAUGUCCUGAUGGAAUCUCUCCCCCUGCUCGUCACUCAUUGAACCCAGGUUCUCAGGAAACCGGUCCAUAUGUGAAAAUAGGUAGUGCAUCUUGACGCUUAUGUUGCAGCCCAGGUUUCUGAAAGCAGUCAGCAUGUUGUUGACAAGUUCUGCAUAGUUUCUGGCCUUAUUGUUGCCAAGAAAGUUCUUCACUACCAGAACAAAUGCCUUCCACGCUUCCAGUUCCACUUCGUUCAUUGAGUUUCCGAACUCUGGAUCUCUGAUGAGCUGACGGAUCUGAGGACCGUCAAAGAUGCCAGCUUUCAACUUCUCCAUGGUCAAUCCUGGAAAAGCCUGGCACAAGUAAGUGAAGCAAUCACCAUCCUUGUCCAGAGCCUUGGUGAACUGCUUGAUUAAGCUGAGCCUGAUGUGCAGCGGUGGGAAGAGUAUUCUGUCUCUGUCCACCAGAGGGUCGUUGAUGAUGUUCCUUUUUUUGCAAGGCACCAAUUCCUCCCGCACAGGCCAGUCCUUCUUCGUGUAAUGCUGAGCACGGUCCCUACUAUCCCACAUGCACAGAAAACAUGGGUACUUGGUGAAGCCAGACUGUUGUCCUAACAAAAAGUUCACCAUCUUCAGGUCAACACAAAUAAACCACUUAUGCUGAUCAUAACCAAUUUUUUCCAGCACAUACUUCACCGCUUCAUAGUUCUCUUUCAGUGUACUCGAGUGAGCCAGGGGUAUAGAGGCAAACUGGUUUCCGUUGUGUAGCAGAACACAUUUCAGUGAUCGCUUGCUGCUGUCAAUGAACAGUCUCCAAUCUUUGGGUUCGUACUGUGGCACUCCAAGCUUGAGCAGAAGCUGCGCAAUAUCUGCACAGUACACCAAGUCCUUCUCUUCCAAGAAAAAACGGAGGUUUUAUGACUUCAAACUGAUCCCUUUUUGACAUAAUCACCCAGAACUAUCGGACCUGAAUACUUCUUGUCAUUAAAAUAAUCAUUUCCAAUAAAAACAAUUAUUCGACAUGGCAUUUUACCCCCACCAACCUCUUCUAAAAUGCUCCACACAAGCGUACAUGUGAACAAAAACGUAAAAAAGACAUGUGGCCAUAGCUCAAAAACUUGACCUGAUUGAGCAAAACCAAUGUGAUUUUUGGAUUCAGCGCAUCAGAUUCGUCCUAAAUCAGCUGAAAAAAUGCAGACAACAAAUUUGUUGUUGACCAGUGUUAUUUUUUAAAGCCAAGUUGGUUGCCAUCACUAUCUCUUCUUGGAUUCAGAUUUCAUCAUGCUCAUGGGCUCAUUGAGUGACCUCUGUGGCAGGUCUCUGUCUCUCACCCUCCCAUCUAUAAUAUCAAACUAAUAGUGGCAUACUUCAUUUGGUGGUGAUAUGGAUCAAUUAGAUAAGAAAAUAUUCACCCUGAAGAGCAGAGACAGCAUGAGCUUUAAAUCUAAACAAGAAGUAAUUGGUUGUAAAACCAGAGUUAAUUCAUGCCUUAUUAUUAUUAUUAUUAUUAUUAUUAUUGAGCUUAAUAUUAAGUCUUAAUAACAUUUUUAGAAAAUAGGAUUUAGUAUUUAAAUAGGGUCUUAAUAUUCUCUUCACAAUCCUCAUAAAUGCUCUAGAAUUGACUAACCUUUAUAAAGUUUGAGCAAAUUACCAUGACCAAACAGCCAUUACAUUUGUGAACUGACUUGGGGCAUUUGGCAUGCUUGUAGGUGUCUUGAACCAUUGUUUUAGCAACAUGGCAAGACUUCAUCUGUUUUUGAAAGCUUGGCAGUGAUUGGACAACUGUGGGUUGAACUGCAAGGGAGAUGGGUGUCAACUAUUCCAAAGAAAGUGAUCCACUCAAGCAACAUUCUUAGUACAUCAGUCUGAUUGACCACCAGAAUAGUUAAAUGCACUUUAGUUUCAUAAAUUAGGCCUUAGGAAAUUUGUGGACUUGCUCUUUGGUUGAGAAAUGAGGUUUUGAGAUGACUUUUCAUGGUUCAGCUACCUACAGGCUCUUCUUAUGUACAAUAAAGGUAGAAAGGGAUAGCUUUGCUUGUAAACAACAUGUUAUUUUUCAAGUUCUCAGAUGAAAGCAUGUAACGAGUUCAGCCAAAUGAUUUAUAUCUCCAUAAUGAAGCCAAAACAAUUCUUUCAAAUUACCAACAGAAAAUAAUAUACUUGGUUACAUGAUAAGUGUUGCUUGAAGGUCCAUACACUGAAUUCUUAAAAUAGUUGAACUUUUUGCAGGAUCAGAAAGAAUGGGCCAGCAAGUGUACAUAAGAAACUGUCUGUGAUGCAGAAAUUAUAGCCGCAAUUCUUUGUUGUCUUGCAGAACAAAUGAAAUGCAUUAUCCUGCUGUCUGUUUUAGAUUAUACACACAUUUGUUUAUUUUGGAACAUUCAGAAUUUUUUCUCCAAGCAUUGACAAAUGACUGUUUUUAGGAGACACUCCAUUCUCCAUGCACAUGCAAUUCCUUGGUAUCUAUAAACUAGUUUUUGAGAAUGAGUGUGUACAUUAAAAUUUCACUUGCUUUUAGCUGGUAGCCAACCUAGGUCUUUGGGUUCAUUUCACCAGGACAUGUGAACUUAAGUGACAAUCUCACCAGGAAAUGAUGUGUAGACACAACUCUCAGCCGCAGUGCCUUAUCAAGUAUGUGUUUGCUGUUUAAUCUUUACAGAAAAUGUGUGUGAUAGGUUGGCUGUGGAAACAGGGAGUCAUCUUUCAUUAUAAGAUGUGAUAUGGCCCUAACUUCAUGAAGUUCUACUGUACAGCUAGCAAGUCCAGAUUGUGAGGUCCUAUCUGAAUUACUGAACUAAUAUUUUAGAUUCACAUAUUCGUUAUCUUGCACUGCAACGUGCCUGAAAGCUUGGUGUUGCCCUUUGUUCUUGUGGCACCUCUAUUGUUGUGAAGAAAAUCAUAGGGCCUGAGCUGUCCAGAAAUCCCAUGUUCCCCUAUGCUGAAUAGGAAAGAUUCAUUUUUUCGAUCCCCAUAACUGUGUUUGGCUUUAAAAUGGGAAUUUCUGACUUUGUUAAGGUUUGCCAAGAAGAGGCUGAACUGUCAUGAAUUGUGCUCUGGGUUUUUGGUAAUGAACUUUUCCUGCAGCUUUGCUAAAUAGCUCUGCUCCUGUCACAGUGGGCAAAACUCUGUGGGUGAGAACAUGGUUUUUGUGAUUCACAUGAAAGGUGGAUACUGUAGUGAGUAUGCUUUUGUCUCUGACAAAAAAAGUGAAAUGUCAGAUUCCUCUUGAUUUUUGCUCUUUCUCACAAAGAAAAUGAAUAUAAACAUGUUCCCCUGACUCACAGCGUAUGAAUCAAUGUCUUACAUGUUCUCUCCAUAAUUGACACCACUCUAGCUUUCCAGUGCCCAGAAAUUAGCAUAGGGACUUGGGAGGAAAAGGGAAGAGAAGUCUACAAUAAGCAAUGUUCUAUGGUAAAGGUCACUAGUGUUAAAAUGGCUCUGAGUAAUACAAAUUGACUUGAUAUUAGCAACCAAGGAAAUAAAGGUGGUCUAAUAAAUAAAUGUGCUAGAGUAGCCUGGUUUACAAACAUCGUUCUAGUGACAUGAUGAAGCAAGGCCUCCUUGGUUGUAUCCCCAAUAUAGAUCAUUCUUAAAUAAAAUGCAGCAGUCGGUUCUUGGAGCAUAUAUUUAGAUAUGUCAUCCCCAUCAAAAAUCACAGUAGCUCAGAGCAAGACUAUCCCAGUUUCAAUUUGAUAGCAAGAGUCCAUUAAUACAGUGUGUCACUCUAUUCAUUCCUAAUAGUUCCCCUGUGAACUACUUGCUCUGCCAGGCUACAAUACAGAACAUCUUGAUUCAGGCGAUUGCAGCUUUUGAAUGGACAUUUGACAGAUGCUUAUGAAAGCAUUUGUGACCAGAGUGUAUCUUUUAAAAGACUGGCAUCAGCAACAUCAACCUUCCCCAUCCAGGUGCCCUCCAGAUUCUUUUGAACUGCAACUCCCAACAGCUGGCUGGGGCUGAUUGGAGUUGUAGUCAUCAGAACAUAGGAAGUUGCCUUAUACUGAUUUAGACCCUGGGUCUGCCCAGCUCAGUGUUGUCUAAACCAUGGGUAGGCAAACUAAGGCCCAGGGGCCGGAUCCAGCCAAAUCGCCUUCUAAAUCCGGCCCAUGGAUGGUCCAGGAAUCAGCGUGUUUUUACAUGAGUAGAAUGUGUCCUUUUAUUUAAAAUGUAUCUCUGGGUUAUUUGUGAGGCACAGGAAUUCAUUCAUAUUUUUUUUCAAAAUACAGUCCAGCCCCCCACAAGGUCUGAGGAACAGUGGACUGGCCCCCUGUUGGAAAAAAUUGCUGACCCCUAGUAAACUGACCACUAGGGCCUCAUCCUAGCCUUACCUGGAAGUGUCAGGGAUUAAACCUGGGACCUGUAUCUAAUGCAGUUGCCCUGCCACUGUGACGGCCUCUCAUCAAAACAGCUGGAGGGAAGCAGGUUGAGAACAGCUGUCCAAGAGCUUGUGCACAGCAGACACCCUAAUUCCAUGUCACAGCAGAAUGCUUUAAAAUCUCAUUUGUGUCCAUGCAUGUGUGUGUAUAUACAUGCACCUGCUUUUCCCCCUGCAUAAAUGAGUUGUUUAAUUUGAUAAGUUCAAAAAACAAGUUGCCAGUAACACAUUUGUUACAUCUCAACAACAAAUUUACAAUAUGCCUUCACCUAGAAGCACUCAUUAUCCUCCUAAAAAGUGGUCAUCUGCAGCUGAGUGAGAAUUUGUACCCAUAGGUAAAGGUAAAGGUACCCCUGCCCGUACAGGCCAGUCGUGUCCGACUCUAGGGUUGUGCACUCAUCUCACUUAAGAGGCCGGGAGCCAACGCUGUCCGCAGACACUUCCGGGUCACGUGGCCAGCGUGACGAAGCUGCUCCACAUUUAAUCUACUGCGCCACAUUGGCUCUCCGGGAAACAAGGUUAGGUGAUCAGUGUUCUGCAGACCCACCCAGAAAUCAAGGUUAAAUCCAAACACUUUUAUUGCAAUAUAUCACCAUAGCAAAUAAUGGGACCUUUCCUAGAUGGCUGCACAAUGAAAUGCUACUAUAUAAACAAAGCACUCCCAAAGUGCCUAUAAUACCUGAGAAAUAUGUUGUUUCACUAUAAAUCCAGCCUGUUGCCUAGAGCAAAAGUUUAUGUGGAUGCACUCUCAGUUCCUCUGCAAAGGGCUUUGACUUUUGGAUCUGCAUUGUUCUCCUAACCAGGCUUGCAGUUUGGGGGAGCCCCUGGACCUGGCUUUGCUCCUGGAUUCUCAGACAGGACUGUAACCAGGUGCUCCCUUCCCUAGCCAAGCACACCCAUUUUCCAGAGGGCAGAUCCGGUCAUAUUAGUUGCCGUGAGAUUUGGCUGUUUGAUAAAGGAUAAACACAGCAGAAAGAGAGGGGUAGUAUUGUUGGCUAUUUGCAGUGUGGUAGCACUGCAGAGAGCUUGCUGGGGAGACCAUGCAUUAAAAAGGGACUCAAAAAUAACUUAAACAAGGUUUUAAUUACAAAAACAAAAACUCCAUUUACACUAAAUACAUCAACAACCAAACCAGACCCAACCACCAACCCAUCCCCCCAGGGUAAUGGGAGAGCUAGGUGCUGCUCCUUAUAUACUCUACCCAAUUGCUGACACAGCUUAAUCAAUACAACUCAGCAGCACCUGCUAUGUUUCACAGCUGUAAAGCUGGGUCUCGUUAUUUUGCUCUGGCCCCUUAAAGACAUACACAUCGGGUGGAACAAUGAUGAACCUUUACAUUUAAAGAAACCAUUCAACAAGUAUUACAUGUAAAGAAUGUGUACAUACCUGCACAGGAUCAGAAAAUAGAAGUUCUAUUGGAAGCACCUAGGUGAGGAUAGGAGACAAGAAAAAGUAAUGAUAUUGUGGCAGUAGGCUACAGAUCUGAAACUGCUGAGAAGUGGAAUCAGAGGGCACUGAUGUACAGUGGUACCUCAGGUUAAGAACUUAAUUCAUUCUGGAGGUCCAUUCUGAACCUGAAACUGUUCUUAACCAGAGGUACCACUUUAGCUAAUGGGGCCUCCCGCUGAAACCGCUGCGCGAUUUCUGUUCUCAUCCUGAAGCAAAGUUCUUAACCCGAGGUACUAUUUCUGGGUUAGCAGAGUCUGUAACCUGAAGUGUCUGUAACCUGAAGCAUCUGUAAUACGAGGUACCACUGUACUGGACUCAGAGCCAAGAAAGUGCCCAGAUUCUGAGCUUUCAUUUUCAAAUAAGAUAUACCUCUGUCACUCCUAGAAAGAAAGUUAUGAAACAAAAUGUGUGAUUUACAUGGAAUGAUCCACAUUGGUUGCUCCCUCCUUUUAGGGUUUUUAGCCAGUGAGAGCAGUCAGAGUUUUGAUUGACGAAUGAAUUAUUUGGACACUAGGCAAACUCUAGGAUCCCAAAGAACUACUUCUUUCCCUUCUUUACUGCUCUUUUUUUCCUACUUCGGUCUCAUUUUCUUGUCCUUGAAAUCACCAUAGUUUCUCUUCUCUUUUUCUUAGCAACUAGGACGUACCUUUACUGUGGUGGGUUUGUCUGAGAUCAGUAAUCUUAUGCAGAGUGUAUUACAAUAGUCCAGUCUUGAGUUUACACGUGCAUAACUCACAAUGGCAAGGCUAUCCCUUGUCCACAGGCAGAUGCAGCUAGCAUACACGUCCAAAUGGGUAAAAGUCACCCCUAAGCACUUAGGCUUCCAGUGACAAUGAGAGAUUGAGAAGCACCCCCAAAUUGCAUGCUUGCUCCUUUCACUAUAGUCAGAUUGCCCAACUCAGAGUCCUGGGAAUCCUUCACCCACUUGCCAUGUGUAGUUAGCAGGGGAACAUGAAAGGGCAUUUUCCAUUGCAGAACCUAUGUUAUAUAACCGCCUGCCCUGGGAGAUUGGUCUGUCAUUCCCUCAUUCCUUGAAGACAUUUUAUUCCAGCAGGCAUUUAUCCUAGUUGAUCACUCCUGACAAUCCUUUGUGGAUGGUUGUAAUUUUUUCUUCUGCCCCAUUUGUUGUUUUUGCACUGUUUUUAACAUUUUUUUUUACUAUGUGUAAUUUUCACAUUAACCAUCAUGGGCAUUUUUCCUAAACUUUAAAAGCAGAAUAAGUAUCUUCCUUUAAAUAGAUUUCUUUUACAUCCAAACUGUGAGUUCAGAUUACUCCACAAUAUGCUAAUUCCCAUAUAAACCAGGAAGCCAGGCUUUCUAUGGUGAGUAAUCUAGCUAUGUUGGUGUACUAAUCUGAUCUAUAGAUUUAGUAUUCUGUAUUUGUUCAGUUUUAUCAAUAUAAUUGUAUUGUUGACUUUUAUAGUCUUCAUUGCUAUGAUUUUUUUUAAUGUUGGCAAUACAGUGUUGUUGUUUUUUGUGCAAAUAAAUAAAUAAACUUCCAUCCAAUCCAUUAACUAGGAGAGGUGAAAUCAUAGUUUUAGCUGGCACCUCUUUUAAGAAGGCUUAAGUUAUUCAAAAACUUUGUCCCAGAAGCCAUCUAUGGUAGGGUUGCCAUAUUUCAAAAAGUGAAACUUUUUGGCCAAAGUUGUUGAGGUUUUUUUUUAAAAAAAAAGUGAAGAGAUUUUUAAGGGAAAUUGCCAAAUAUGACACUGCCAACGGCCGUUGCCGUACAUCUGGAUUUCCCCGGACAUUUCAGUGAUUUCUGCCCAGACACUGCUUCCGAAGGUCAAUUGCCAGCUAUGUCCGGGAAAUUCCAGACGUAUGGCAACCCUAAUACAGUGGUACCUCAGGUUUCAGACGCUUCAGGUUACAGACUCUGCUAACUCAGAAAUAGUACCUUGAGUUAAGAACUUUGCUUCAGGAUGAGAACUGAAAUCACGUGGCGGCAGUGUUGUGGCAGUGGGAGGCCCCAUUAGCUAAAGUGGUACCUCAGGUUAAGAACAGUUUCAGGUUAAGAACAGACCUCCAGAACGAAUUAAGUUCUUAACCCGAGGUACCACUGUACAUGGCAAAUUUAAAUAACAUGGAUAAAACUCAUGAUUGUGGCAUUUAAGAACAGGAGUUGGGGAGUAUUCAACCCAGAAAAGCUCUGCCCAAACAUUUUCCUUUCGUUAGGUGAAUGUCUGGAGUUCCCCCACUUCUCUUUUCGAAACUACAUAUAGGUAUGUCAGCUUCUCCGAUUUACUUUGGUUUAUGCAAAUAACUACUUUCGUAAUUAAAUGUAUGCUUAUCUCCUCCUUGUUACAUCAGUUUACAGGAUUCGAUACAACCCAGGUUUGCAUUGAUUCAUAGCUUUGGUUAUACCAUCACCCCCAACACACACACACACACACACACACACACACACACACACCCCUCUGAAAUCAAUGUGAGAUGACAGAAUGUGGGCUUUGGGAGAAAGAUGAGUUGGUUGUGGGAGGCAGCAUUCUAGGGAGCUGUGCAUUACGUAGAGUGAUUCUGAUCUGACCUUUUUUGCCUUAUUCUCAAGUGUCAAAUGCAAUACAGGGCUGUCAAGCAGUCCUUCCCACAGUUAUUAAAGAGGUGGACCAUUUCUAUCUCUGUCCAAAUGUGAGUCCCUCUUGCAAUUCUUGUGACAGGCUGUCUCCCUUUCCCCAGUCUACACAGAUACAUAGUUAAAAGUUAGUCAUGCAGCGACUGCAGUGCUUAACUGUCCACAGAAAUUACUUUAUCCAAACUUCUGCAGUCUCUUCUUAGCAUUUUAUGAGUUUAGGGGUGAGGGCAUAGCAAUUAUAUUUUAGUUAUUUAUGUUCAUGGAUAAAAACAGAGUUAUUUAUUCUCAUCCUCACUGGUCUGCAGCUGUGGUAGUAGAAAAUGGGUGUAGGCUGUUUGUGGCGGCAAUUUCCUCCACUUUGAAGGCAUGCAGGUAUGCUUCAGUGAUUUUCAAAGGUGUUCUGGGAAAGAUCUAUUUCUUAGACUGUUUUCUUUUUUUAAUGCUCCUUAGUGGUUCCAGUGUUUAGAAAUGACACACAAGCAGUAUUCUCUUAAUGCUGUGGAAAAGAGCCAUGAGCACAGAGCAUGGAGGAAGCUUUUAUAGGACUCUAUUACAGGAACAGGUUUCAAACCUGCACUGUAAAAGUGAGGUAGAAAUGUGCUCAAACACACCAUUUCCCCAACCGCUAAUGCAAUAGGAUAGUGAGUGAGAUGGAUCAGGUUCAAUGGGGAAGGCAUUACCAAACCAUUCUCAAAUGAGAUCCAGAUUAGCUUGGUCAACUCUUUUCAUCAGAGCCCUAAAAGGAAACUGCAAUAAAACUCUUUGAAUCAAAUGAUGAGUCAGGGAAAAUGUGCGGAGGAAACAAAGGCAGACUCUUCAGUUGUAGGCGACAUAUCUCUCUAUACUAUAUUUUUGCAAGAAAAAUUGUCAUCAUGCUGUAGUUUGCAUAGCUGCCAGUAGGUGGCCACUCCAACUGCAGUAUAACGACAGAACAACAAGCAGGUGAGCAAGCAAGUGCCAUAGGUGGCAGGCAGUGCAGGUGAGCUGAUGAGGAAGGAGUGAUGCUCAAAGGAGAGUAGAGAGUGUUUCAGACAGCGGAUUGGCAAACCACUCUCUGAGAAACAAUUAAAUGUUGCUGGAGCAUAUUUUAAGGAGGGUGGGAGGCACUUCAGAGGUAGGUUUGGCACUCUCUGAAGCAUCCCUCACAUUAAAAAUUGCUGGAGCAGUUUGUGCUCACCCCUCCAUUGAAAUAUUAACAUGCUGUGAGGGAUGGGGUGCCAUAUUUGGGGUGAGCUUCACAGGGGAGGGGUAGAAGGCAAGCUAAAUGAGGUGGGGUGAGCUGUGGGGGACAAGGUAGUAAGGAGUGCAGGUUUGGUCAGGUGUAAAGGGAGGGAUGCCCAGGGGUGUGUGACUGAGUGGGGUUGGUGAGUGGAGCAAGCAGGGGUGGGAACGCUUAGUUGUAUAUAAAAUCUUAAACAUGACAGAUAUUGGCAGCUGGCUAAUUAUCUUAUACAGUGGUACCUUGGUACUCAAAUGCCUUGGUUCCCAAAUGCCAAAAACCCGGAAGUAAGUGUUCUUGUUUUCAAAUGUUUUCUGGAAGCUGAACGUCUGAUGCGGUUGUCAGCAAUUGUUUCUGGGGCGCCUGUACCAAUCAGAAGCUACACCUUGGUUUUCGAACAUUUCAGAAGUCAAAUGGACUUCCAGAAUGGAUUAAAUUUGGUGCUUUUGUUUUUGCUAUUCAUUUUGCAUUUUUGUUUUUGUGGCUUUUUCGGUUAAUUUGUUUUUGUGACUGUGUGGAACCCAGUUCAGCUACUGAUUGACUGAUUGUGUGACUGUGGAAAUGGAUAAAAGCCCCCCAUCCAAACAAUGACUAUCAUCAGUGCAGGUAAGGAAAAAAAAUAAUUUUUAUUUUUAUCAUCUACAAUAAUGUCUUGUUUAUUUUAUAAUAUGGUACAUUGAUUAUUGCUUUCAUUUUAUAGAUCAAUGGUCUCGUUAGAUAGUAUAAUUCAUGUUAAAUUGCUGUUUUUGGGUUUGUUUUUAAAAGUCUGGAAUGGAUUAAUCCCUUUUGCAUUACUUUCUACGGGAAAGCGCGUCUUGGUUUUGGAACACUUUGGUUUUGGAAUGGACUUCUGGAAUGGAUUAAAUUUGAGAACCAAGGUACCACUGUACAAGGUUUCCUGCUUUAUUGCACAAUUACCCAAAAGAGAUAAUUGUGCAAUUGAAUAGAUGGCACCGUUCCUGUAAGAAACAUGGAACCUACUUCCAAGGAAGGCUGCCCAAAGCAUCCACCUCAAAUGGGUUGUGCUUUUUCAUUUGCCUGAGAAACUCAGUGCACAGUUUAAGCACCAACAAAAUGUGCAAGGUCAUUCACAGAGUCCACUUCUGCUGCCUCACCUACCCACUUUCCCUUCCCUCUGAGGGCCCAGCAACUUACUGGGAGAAGGAAGGAAAGGCAAUGGGGCUGAUAUGGAUGUUCCUCCUCCCCAGCAAAGCACAUGUUCUCAACAAGGAGAUGAGUAGGGCCCUGUCCCCAGAAUCCCCUGGGGAAUGAAAUGGUGCUAUUCACAUCCAUUUCUGCUUGGGAGAAAGCUCUCUUGUAUCUUUUUUGUGUGCCCCAUUCAAGGGUGGCAAAAUGGGGAGACACUUUUCUUUGAGGGGUUUUUUUUGGGGGGGGGGACACAAAUAUAAUGAACUUCUUGCUGCCAGCUUCAGCAGCGGCCAGGGAAGAAAAGAGAGAUAAUUGUAGUGAACUACUGCUUUUAUUUUUCUCUGUGUCCAUGAUGCUGUAGGAGACUCUUUCAUUUCUGCCUCCACUGCAGGUUAAAGUGAAGAGAAAGCUCUUUGCUGCAUCAGUUACUGCUGUUAUUCUCCCACUAGAACAGGGCUGGGCAACCUGUGGCUCUGCAUAUGUUGUUGGACUCCAGCUUCUUCUGUCCCCAGACAACAUGGCCAAUGGUCAGGGAUGAUGGGAGUUGGAGUACAUCAACAUAAUGAGUGGGAGGGAUUGGUUCCCCAACCCUUCCUUAGAGCAUUACUAUGUAAAGACAUAGUGACAUUCCAGGGGAGGAUAAUCAGAAGGGGUUCUCUUGCCACUACCGCUAAAGGUGGCAAAGUGUAAAAAAUAACCAAAAUGGAAAAGUAGCACCAAAAUGGUUUGUUACAUUCAUGCACCCUCCUUUCCCCCUCAAAAGCUACCUCUCCAAUUUGGGCAGUCCUUUCUGCACCCAGAAACAUUCCACCCAUGGACCAAAAUUGUGCCUGCAUACUUUUCACUCUGAUCAAAAUGCCACAGUUUAUCAAAAAGCAGAAAUAAACAAACAUUCCUAUGUUAGCAAAGCUUGGGAAGAACAGUUCUUCCAUCGCUUCUCUGACAUUUUUUCUUUCCAUUUGUAGAAAAAUUCCUCAUGAACAGUAGGCAUUCUGUACACAGAGAAUCCAAUAGCUUGAAGAAUUUUGUUUGCAUUUUCUUAAGGACAGGCUUUCACACACAUACCUAGCAGGUUUUGAAAGGAAAGAAAACAGCACCCUGGAACCCAUUUAUUUAAAAGCAAUUCACUUAGCUAGAAGUGUGCUUUAUUUCAGCAGAUGUUAUUAAAGAUGCUAGUUUUUGAAGAGCUUUUUCUUUGAAAACCUGCACUUGCUUUCUGCUGAGGGAAGUCAUAACCCUCCUGUUUAUGGCACAUCAUUCUAGUGCUGCAGAAAUAAUUGCAUUGCCAACAAUGCUGAAGGGAUCAGGAAGAGGAUGACCUUUUUAAUGCACCGAAUACCCAUUUGUAGAACAAGGGCAGGCUGUCAAAGUAGAGCCAUUAGAAUCUGCUCGUUGCACCAGUGUGCUUCAUCCUGUUUUCUAAUUCAGUGCGCUCAAAGCUGCAUUUUGGAAAGCCCACUUUGAGGCUCCCAUGUGCCUGAGCUCUCAAAAGUAUGAAAACAAAGCAAUUAUACUAUUAGAAUGGGGAUGGAAAUUUCAGAUAAGCCCCUUUUAGUCUUUCAUUUCAUGAAGUUUCUCCAUUUCAAAGACAUUCAACACUAGCUGUGGAUUGAAAUCUUGGGACAUCAGCCAUCAAAGGAUGAAGUGUAUAUAUGAAUUAACCACAAAUCUCUAUAUUAUAUGUUGCUGCUGCUGCUAUUAUUAUUGUUAUUGUGUAUUCAUCACCUUAAUGGCCAGAUAGCAACUCACAGCAAAAAUAUCAAACAGGUACAAAAUAUUCCAUUAAUAUUAAAACAAACAAGCAAAACUAAUUAUAUCUUUUUUAAAAUAAAAAAAGUUCUAAAACCUCACCAACCCCAUAGCAUCACAGGAUCAUCUUAAAGCAUACAGCCAGCAGAUACCCCCAGAAAAAUUAACAAUGAAAGUACAAAGCAUCUCAGUGCAAGAGAGAUCUCCUUCAGAAGAGCAUUCAGGGGGCUACUGAAAAGUCUCUCUCUCUUGUAGUCACCCUCUACACUUCUGCUAGAAGGGGGAAUUUGAUGAAGGGUCUUCAGGCAGGCAUCCCAUGAGGUUUUGGGGUCCCAAUCUCCAAAUUAUUUUUACUGUAAACAUAAUCAACCCAGUACAGCUGAGUCAGAAUGAGCAUGAUAUGUUCAGCAUGGCUGAUGCCACUCAAGAGUAUGGCUGCUAACUCUUAUACCAGCUGCAGUUUCAAGACCACAUCUAAAAGAAACCCAAUGCUUAGUGCACUGCAGUAAUCUAACCUCGAAGUCAUCAGAGCAUAGACAACAUCCACAUUCGGAUAGAAAGUAGCUGUCCCACCAGCUGAAAUUGGCAGACGACACUCUGUACCAAAAAGGUCACUUAUGUCUCCAGUGACACUAAUGGAUCCAGGAGCACCCGCAAGCUAUGAACCUGCUCCUUCAUGAGGAGUGUGAUCCUAACUGGAAUUGACUGAGCAUCACCUUUCAAAAAAAAAUCAAGCUGUGUCUGCACUCCAAAUUCUUCCAUUGCAGCUUAAGCUUGAAUUUUCCCACACCUGCCUUUAUAUGACACCAGGCACGGGAAACAUAAGCAUAGUUGAAUCCAAACAACCUGGCAGGCUUAUGUGGUAUAGGUUCCUCACCUCUGACAUAUCCAAGCAGAGGAAACAUUCAUCAACAGUUUCUCCAUCCAGUCUGGGUUUACCUUUUGUUUAUUGACCCUCAUCCAAUCCAUCACCAUGGUUAGUUCAUAGUUCAGCAGGUCCACUACCCCACUUGCUUGCAGUGCAAAGGACAUGUUAGUACUAUGCUGAACCCCUCCUACCAUUCUCAUUAAAGCUUUCCAUUCUCAGUGGAAAGUCUUUGCUCUUGACAGAGUCAAGUGCCUGAAUUUUUCCUGCAUCUUUCACAAAGAAGCGGCUUCUAUGCCUGCACAAUUAUUUCAAUUCUGAAAAAAAUGAAAAGUUAUUGGUCGUUGAUUUUCCAUUAUAUUCAACUGGGAAAGCAAUCCAAGACUUCAGAAAAUGAACUCUGGUGAGGCUACACUUUCUUAGUCAGCUGCCUACUUUGUAUCUAUUUCUUAGCUCCUUAUCUCUCAGCUUUCCUGUAUCCCAGGAUGUCUCCACAGUUUCAGUAGUUCUGCGUGAGUUUUUAACCCCAGCCAAACUGAUAGCUUUCUCUUUCCUUACAGAAUUUGGAUGGCAAACAGUCUAUGACCAGCAGAACAUUUGGAGCCAUCAUGCAAGUCCCUGUCAGAUACUUCACUCCCAUAGGAACAAUACAGUAAAGGUAGACAAUCAUUUGCUACUUCAGGAUCUCUCUCUUUGUUUUUAUUCACACACACACACACACACAGAGAGAGAGAGAGAGAGAGAGAGAGAGAGAGAAUAAUCACAUUAUCUAUGUGAGGGAGAGGACACUGGACUACAGCUGUUUCCAUCCUUGACUAUUGGUCAUGUUGGCUGGGGUUGAUAAAAGCUAAAAGUCUAAGAACAUUUGGAGGCCUACACCCUGAUGUUUCCCACCCCUGAUCUAUCUACUAAACUAUUUGUUGACCUCUUGCCCAAACGCACCUGGCCAUUAGGUGUGGAGACAUGCAUUAACCAAAUCUGUGCAAAGAAGAUUCUCCUCUGAACUUGUUUCAACAAACUGUUAGGAUGUUACAUCUCCUACAGUGCUCCACGUUGACUGCCUGCAUCUCAAAAUGGUGCUAUUGUGCUUUGCAUCCACUAAUCACCGCUGGACAGCUGCUUCUCCCAGCAUGUCAGCCACCUUUAGGCUGAUCUGGCGCACGGAUAAAGAAAGAGCACCACAUGCUGGCCCCUGUAGUCUCCACAGGUAGCACCUCCACAUUAAAGAUGAAUGUUCCUGCAAUCUGCUCUGUUUUAUGCUACGCUGAUGUGGCAAUGGAGGUGGGCAAAUUGCCAAAAUAGCUUCCAUCAGAGCCCCAAUUUGGAGGGAGCAAGUUGCUUGAUUGACUUCCUUUUCUCUAGUACAAUAAAGGAAAAGCCAAUGAAACAGAAUACCUUCGGCUAUUUUCACCAGUUGGUUUUUGCAUUUCCCACAUCUGUAAAUCGAAUGAGAAAACUACAAUGACUCAAAAGUACAUUCAAGUUAAAAAUAGCUCCGUUCUUCUUUCUGUCAGGCUUUAACAGCAUUUAGAAGUGCUAGACAGGCACAAGACAUCUGCAACGUAUUCACAUAGUAUAACUUGAGAAAAUGCCCUUAGAUUUGGCCCCAUAUAUUGAGAAUCAAGCUAGAUUCAGUCAUUGUAUGUUUUGAAAAUGCAAGAGCAAUUCUAAGGCUCAUACACAAGGGUAAAACAAACUUAGAGAAUUAAUGGUUUGCCACUAAAGUCAAUAUAUCUGGAUAUCUUUACAGUUCGACGUAUUAUUUAUUAUGUGGAUGCUUGCAUCAAUAGAGGCCAAUACAGCAAGACUGUCAGAGAUGCAACCUUUGGGGGAAAGGAACUUACAUUCCCUUCCAGGUAAAGAAAAUAAACUAUCUUUCUCAUCUUCAGCAAUUGAAGAUUCUUUUGCCAAUAUGAUAUUGUAGUGGUUCUAGGGGUUGCUCGUGCGUAAGCCGGUGCAAACACCUGGCUGGGUUGCCUGAGUGAACCUUUUCUCUCCGGACAGCCACUCACCCGUGGCUGUCUCAAUCGCUGGCAGAAUCCGUCAGUGGGCAUUUCUUAAACUUCUUCCAGCAAAGAAGCUCUUUGACGCCUAGUCUCCUCCUACUCUCUCUGCGCGAAAGCCUUCUGCGCAAGGAGGGCAUAGGCAGCGGUGGACCCCUACUCUCCCUGCUGGUUCCCGGCAAGGAGUCAUGGGACCGCCUCGCCGCUUCCCCCAUCUGCCCCCCUUCUCCACUGGUGCUACGCUGAUUCUCUUCCCCAGAAGAUGGGCUGCCUCUCCCAAUCCCGGGACGCUCUCUGGAAUCCCUCUGGAUUUUGCUCUCUCCCUCCGGCACUGAUGGCAGUUCCCUGACAGAUAUCAAUAUUUUAAAAUCAUUUUUUUAACUGAUCAUCUUGCAACAGGAGCAAAUCUGUGGCCCAUAUGCUGGAUCCUUACAAGAAGUGGAAAUACAAGAUCAGAUGUUGGUCAUGAUCCAAAAGAAAAAUAAUCCAUGCACUGGGUCCCUGAAUGCAUGCCUGAUCACUCUCCACUAUAUACACCCUGGAACGAAUGGAUAAAUACAAUUACGUUUACCCACUGAAUGACAUCUAUAUUUGCAAAACAUGCUGCCUAAAUAAGACCUCAAUGUAUUAUUGAAAGUGGAAAUUAUUUGUAGGGUUGUCAUAAGUCCAGAUUUUCCUGGACAUAUCCGGAAUACUGCAGUCGGCAGCAGUGUGUGGACGAAAUUCGGUUAAAUGUCCAGGAAAAUCCAGAUAUAUGGCAGCCCAUCAGCCCAUGUCAAGCAACAGUUCUAGCAUCCUUUGUUGGGAAUUAACCCAUUUAUACUCUAGGAAUAAGAUGGAACCCUGGGAGAGUUUCCUUCUGAAAAAUAUUGGUGGAGGGGACAGAGUGCAGAACAAAUGAAUAAGCAGUGCCAUUUUCACACGAUGCUUAGUCUGGCUUCACAAAAUGCCUCACUUUAAAAAUAAGCCAUAGGUUUCAGCCUUAGAUAUUGUGAAAGUGAGACAAAAUGUCUCACAUUAAAAAUAAGCCAUAGUUUUCAGCCUUAGAUAUUGAACUUGAAGUUGUCCUCAGCAGCCUGCCUUAGGUCUUUUUUUAAUACAACUUCUUAGCAGCUUCAAAACUUGCUGAAAAAGAACACCAGCUAUGUACAUUCUAUGUAUGUCAAUCAUUGUGUGUGAAGAAUGUGAGAGAUUCUUUUGAAUCCAGCAGACAGCCUUGCUAUAACCAUACUGGGAAACUGCAACAAAUGCUCCAAACUCAAGUACAGUGCUACCUUGGUUUAAGAACAGCUUAGUUUAUGAACAAUUUGGAUUAUGAACGCUGCAAACGUUUGUGAACUUUACUUUGGAAGCAGAACAUGUUCUGCUUCCUGUUGAGUGUGUUCCAUUUGUAAACUGAGUCCCCCGCUGCUUUGGGAAAGCAUGCCUUGGUUUAAGAACGCUUUGGUUUAAGAACGGACUUUAGAAACGGAUUAAGUUCGUAAACUAAGGUACCACUGUAUCUGCUUCUUAGACAGCCUUCUCAGACAACAUUCAUCCUCAAGUAGAGGGAGCAUCUGAAUACAAUUCACCAACUAUCCCUUUAACAUUUGCAGAAGUGUUGCCACAACACUUUCCAGAGCAAUACUUCCGUUAAUUUGAAAAGUAAAAGCAACCAACUUUCAAGGCCUUUGCCUUGUAAAGACUGAGUGAUUGGAACUUGGAAUAGGGACUUCUCAGUGGCAACACCUGAACUGUGGAACCCUGUGGAACAGUAUCUGAAUGUGUAAGAUUACUUUUAUGUAAUAUGUUUGUGGUAACUUUACAUGACUUGCCCUGUGAGCAUUUUAUGGCGAAAGGCAGAAUAUAACCCAGUCAAUCAAUAAAUUUGACAGGCUACACUUGUAUUUUGUAUGUUGGGAUCUAAACAGUAAUCUGAAGAGAAAUUGUUGCACAAGACCCAUUAACUUCUAAGCACUGCUGCUCAAGGUGUAGCUUGAAUUCAAUGGACACAUAUAUAGUUGUUGUUUAGUCUUUUAGUCGUGUCUGACUCUUCGUGACCCCAUGGACCAGAGCACGCCAGGCACUCCUGUCUUCCACUGCCUUCCGCAGUUUGGUCAAACUCAUGCUGAUAGCUUCGAGAACACUGUCCAACUAUCUCGUCCUCUGUUGUUCCCUUCUCCUUGUGCCCUCAAUCUUUCCAACAUCAGGGUCUUUUCCAGGGAGUCUUCUCUUCUCAUGAGGUGGCCAAAGUAUUGGAGCUUCAGGUUCAGGAUCUGUCCUUCCAGUGAGCACUCAGGGCUGAUUUCCUUAAGAAUGGAUACGUUUGAUCUUCUUGCAGUCCAUGGGAUUCUCAAGAGUCUCCUCCAGCACCAUAAUUCAAAAGCAUCAAUUCUUCAGCGAUCAGCCUUCCUCAUGGUCCAGCUCUCACUUCCAUACAUCACUACUGGGAAAACCAUAGCUUUAACUAUACGGACCUUUGUUGGUAAGGUGAUGUCUCUGCUUUUUAAGAUGCUGUCUAGGUUUGUCAUUGCUUUUCUCCCAAGAAGCAGGCGUCUUUUAAUUUUGUGACUGCUGUCACCAUUUGCAGUGAUCAUGGAGCCCAAGAAAGUAAAAUCUCUCACUGCCUCCAUUUCUUCCCCUUCCAUUUGCCAGGAGGUGAUGGGCCCAGUGGCCAUGAUCUUAGUUUUUUUGAUAUUGAGCUUCAGACCAUAUUUUGCACUCUCCUCUUUCACCCUCAUUAAAAGGUUCUUUAAUUCCUCCUCACUUUCUGCCAUCAAGGUUGUGUCAUCUGCAUAUCUGAGGUUGUUGAUAUUUCUUCCGGCAAUCUUAAUUCCGGCUAGGGAUUCAUCCAGCCCAGCAUUUUGCAUGAUGAAUUCUACAUAUAAGUUAAAUAAGCAGGGAGACAAUAUACAACCUUGUCAUACUCCUUUCCCAAUUUUGAACCAAUCAGUUGUUCCAUAUCCAGUUCUAACUGUAGCUUCUUGUCCCACAUAGAGAUUUCUCAGGAGACAGAUGAGGUGAUCAGGCACUCCCAUUUCUUUAAGAACUUGCCAUAGUUUGUUGUGGUUGACACAGUCAAAGGCUUUUGCAUAGUCAAUGAAGCAGAAGUAGAUGUUUUUCUGGAACUCUCUAGCUUUCUCCAUAAUCCAGCGCAUGUUUGCAAUUUGGUCUCUGGUUCCUCUGCCCCUUCGAAAUCCAGCUUUCACCUCUGGGACUUCUAGGUCCACAUACUGCUUAAGCCUGCCCUGUAGAAUUUUAAGCAUAACCUUGCUAGCAUGCAACUGUGCAGUAGUUGGAACAUUCUUUGGCACUGCCCUUCUUUGGGAUUGGGAUGUAGACUGAUCUUCUCCAAUCUUCUGGCCACUGCUGAGUUUUCCAAACUUGCUGCCAUAUUGAGUGUAGCACCUUAACAGCAUCAUCUUUUAAAAUUUUAAAUAGUUCAGCUGGAAUAUCAUCACUUCCACUGGCCUUGUUAUUAGCAGUGCUUUCUAAGGCCCAUUUGAGUUCACUCUCCAGGAUGUCUGGCUCAAGGUCAGCAACCACACUACCUGCGGUGUACGAGCCAUCCAUAUCUUUCUGGUAUAAUUCCUCUGUGUAUUCUUGCCACCUCUUCUUGAUGUCUUCUGCUUCUGUUAGGUCCUUACCACUUUUUGGACACAUAUAUUAGGGUUUGCUAUUGUAUUGCUAUUUAAAGAAUAACUUAUGUAUAACAAAAAAGUGAAGAUUUGCAGAAAUAUGAAUAUAAAGAGAACUUCCCAUGAAACAGUUAUAUCAGCUAGACAACCAUUCUCAUAGUCACAAUCAAAUACAUUUCAAGCAUUUUGUGUUCAAGUGCUCAAAAAGAAAAUUAAAUCUCCAGAUCAUCUGUAGCAUUUUCAUGAAGGUAAGUGUUAUUUUGGUAUACAAAACAAAAACUUUAAGCAUCUGAAGGUAUCGAGACAAACAUUUUGUAUCACUUAAGUAUUUCCCCCUCGUAUUAUAAACCAAACACAUUUUAUUGUGAGGGAAGGAUUAAAUAAAACCUGAAAAGUGCAGCUACGUUAUUAACUCAGUGUAAUCCAAGCUACAGAGAACCAAUUUGUUGGAAUGACAAGCUAAACGUUUGGCAACAAAUGGAUUUGUAUUUCAGCGUAGGGAAAAUUAAGGAGAUUUUGUUCCUUCAGAGUAUGGGGCUAAUGCAAGCAGGAUAGCCAUUCUUGUGAGACAGUGAAAUGCCUUUGUGGUGACAUGAAACCUCAUAUAGAAACAUUGUAUAUGUAUUUCUUAUGCCCCAGGGUUCAAUUUCUACUUUAGUGGGAUCAAGAUUUGAAAUCACUAAAAACUGAAGUUUCAAUUUUGUUUAUCCAACCUGCAGGGUAUAAAAGUGCUUACAAAGGAAACAUAUAGCCAAGAUUUUGAGUUAUGAUUAUUUCUUUCUUUUCUGCAUGGACAACCUUUACUUUAAAUAGGGCUUUAAAAAUAUACAGUAAACUCGGAGUCUUAAAAAAAAAAAUAUUACAGCAGUAAGUGAGAAUUUCACUUUCUUCACCCUUGUAAGGAGGAUUAAAAAUAAUAAUUCUCAGUCUAAAGAUCUGUCCUUAGCCCUUCUGGCGAUCUUAUAUGAGUCUUCAUCAUCAUUAACAGUCCUUGGAAAGAGGUGUUAAAUUUGCUAAAACAGAGAAGUGUGCAUGUGGAACGAAGGCAGCUCAAUAACACUUCAUAUCUAGUGGCUUCAUAUAUAGGCUAAUAAUGGGUAAAUCCUUUUUAAAAAAAACAAACCAGAAUUUGACAUGCAAUGUUCAAAAAUGUAUAGAGAAAAAUAAAUAACAUGUUUUUCGUUAAGAAAUAUAUUUGUGUCAACAUCAGUUCAGCACCAGUAGAGUGAACCAUUAUUUCUGUGUAAUGGAAGGUAGACAGUUCCUUAUGGCAGGGAAAGUGCGGCAUGUCAUGGACAAUAUCCAGUAGAUGCCUGUGUAACUCAUACAAUCAAAUUAUACCAGAUUCCGCUCACAGUCACAAGAAAUGCUCAACUAUGUGGGGGUCCAGCAACAAAGGAUUGGUUGUUGAGGUAUACAUUGCCUUCACAACAUAAGCCCUGCUCAGGCCUUAUGCUCAUGGGAAAAGCCAACAUUUGAGCUAGGCCACACCAAUUAGCCUCAGCCCCAGGGCCACACAGACACCAGUCCUUCCGCAUAGCAUCUGCAUAUAAAGCAUGAAUUUCUGUAGAGAGCAAGACGUUGUGUAUUUGUCUGUACAUGUGAAAUCCCAUCCCUGCACACAUUUGUGCUGUAUGCACAAACUCCAGAGAAUGAGACAAGUUGAUAUAUGCUUUGUGGCAGGUGGGACUAUUCAGUGAAGCCUAGCUCAUGCUCUGAUCUUACCUAUGCCUAACACCUGAAGUGGUCUAUUAAUGUUCACGUGUGCAUCUCCUGAAAUAGUUAAAUAGCUGUGUGUGUAAUAUUUUCAAAUCAUCUAACUAGGGUGAGCCAGACUCUGGUACCAUCCACAGCUUUUUCAUCAGCAAAAUUGCCAGUCUGUUGUUUCCAACCACUGCCAAUCCAACUGUUCCCUUCCUUUUUCUCACAGCCAUCAUACUGCCCCCUGCACUUAGUUGCCCUCCAUCCUUGGAGACUGGGCUAAAGUGGCUUCAAGAUGUGUCAGACAUGAACACUACAUGCAGACUUUCUAGUUCUAGACUUCUAGAAGACAAUGUCACUUGGGAAAAGUGGUCUGCCCUAGCCUAGAGCAUCUACUUUAGAGGCCUAUGGGCAAUGCACAAACCCAGCAACAUUUUAGAGGAGAUUUGUGCUUUCAUGGCUGCAGGAAGAGGCUAGAGAUGGAUAAAUGCCUAGAGGAAGCAUAGUUGCCAUUCAAGAUGGGCACUUCAGCCUACACUAAGAUCAGGUUAACCUUGAUUUUCAUGAAUUUAAGCAGUUUUAAUACUUUGGCUUACAUUUGUGGGUCUCAGGUUCUUAGCUUGAGGGAUAAAGUUUGAAUCCUACAGAUCCUAUUGCCAUCUUUUUCACUUCAGUGUGUGAUCUUCUACAAGUGACAUUCAUUGUUCAGAAGGGUUUUUUUCCCUCUCACUGAUCUAAAAAAACACCUCUCUUAUCCUUUGAAACCUGCAGUUUGACUUCCAAUAUGUAGCUGCAAUGCACCUGAAUACUUAUAUUUUCUGAUUCUCAAAUAUGCUUUCCCUACAAAUCCUGAUUUCCCACAGUCCUUUAGAUUGUGAACCCCACCAAAAAAUCAAACUUUUGAGUUGCAUCAUCAUCAUCAUCAUUUUACAUUGGUUACCCAAUAACAUAGUUUGCUAGAUGGCUUAUAAAGAUAAAUCAAAUAAAAUAUAAUUUAAAAAAAUAAAGUCUUAAAACAAUGGCAAAGGUAUAUGUGUGAUUAACUAAUCUGAUAAGGUAUGUUAUAAAGCUACCACCAUACAUUAUGGAGGUGACCAUGUUGUACCAUGAGAAACAUGUCUGGGUAUCACACCAAUAUCCCAAACCAAUAUAGAGUCCCAAUCUGUGAGUUUGAUUCAGGGUUAUGUUGCCACCACCAACAUGUGACUUUUACAUACAGUUGACCUUUAUGAUCUGGUAAUACUGCAUUAUUGAUACCAGAAACUAUGGACAACCCAGAGAACAUGUACAUUAUCUACAUAAUUAAUACUGUCUUGGAAGUCUGCACUCUUGUGUCUUAACCCUAACCCUAAUGCUUGUCCAUGGCACAAGGGCAACUAAGCUGAAAUUGCAUUUGUAGAAGAAAGUAACAUAUAAUAUUUAUAUCAAAUAUGAGAUAUUCUCUAAAGUGAAGCCAGAGUAGGCAGAUAUUACAUCUGAAGGACACAGGUAACUUGCAUUUCUGAUUGGGUUCCUCACAGUUCCUUUCAAGAUUGUGUUCUUAAUGUAUGUUUCUUCCUAGGAGCACAUUUCUUCCAGGCCAAUGAUUUGCUGUUAAGGAUCAAACUCCGUACAUUCCUUCACACUCUUGUUCCUAUUGGUCCUUCAAAAGCACAGUAGCUCUCAAAUUCCUCUAGUCUAAACUCGACUCAAUUUGCUUUUCUCUAAUAAUGUCAAGCUUGAUGGCUAGGAUUUAUCCCAGGAUUCAGUUCAUCACUUUGUUCAAUGAAUCAGAUAAUUAUGUGCUUCUGGUAAACAGAGCAACAAACACACUUAUAAAAGAAUCCCCCCCCCCCGCCUUGACAGGGUUAAGGGAUUAGAUAUUCCUCUUGGGGAUCCUCUUAGAAAACUAAUGAAAUGAACAGGGGAAAGUAUUGCAUUGAUUUGAAAACAAAAGGGCUGAGAGUGAGAUGCACUUGGCUCUUAUUAUUCUAGCCAUCUUCAAUGAAAUUCUGGACAACAUCCCAUGUAAGGAAGUGUACAAGCCACAGUGGGGGCUGUUAUCUAACAAAAUAAAACCUCCUUGCAAGUCUUCAGUUUGCACAUUCUUAAUUCCUAAGUAGUUAUACUAUGUAUCACACCCAGUUUCCAAUAUUUUUAAAAAAUGUUUUGGCUAACAUUUGCUUUCAGCAUAAUGUGGCAUUUGUUAUCCCAUCAACUAGGAACUGGAGGUCUAAUGUUUGUAUGAUUGUGACCUGCACAGGCACCAUGGGAAUGUAAAGUUUGACUGAAGCCUGGAAAAUAUGAGAUCUGCAUUAUGCUUUAGAAGAAUGAAAGAAAACACAUACACAAAUGAAAAAAGCUGAAUUAAAAAUUAAAUAUUGAUGUAUGACAUAUUUUAUGAACGAUCCCAAACCUGCCAUCACUGUUUUAACUUGGCACACAAAGUCAUCCUCCUAGAGUUAUAAUGCCCAAUAAUAUAGCAAUGUUACACAGACAAUACAAUAACACUACUCUCCGAUGCACAGGUGAAAUAAUGGGAUGCGAUGCAUGGAUGAAAUAACACUACCCUUUAAAGACUUGGUCGUAAUUUGUUUUUUGAAUAAUGUCAUUUGCUUUCCUGGGCAAUAUUAUUUCAAAGAGAGAAUUCUAGAUACCCAGGGGUGGGUGGGUAUGAAAUGAUCCAGACUUUCUUUUGUAGAAUGCCUUUCUCGCUAUAGGUACAGUGGUACCUCAGGUUACAUACGCUUCAGGUUACAUACGCUCCAGGUUACAGACUCCGCUAACACAGAAAUAGUACCUCGGGUUAAGAACUUUGCUUCAGGAUGAGAACAGAAAUCGUGCUCCGGCGGCGCAGCAGCAGCAGGAGGCCCCAUUAGCUAAAGUGGUGCUUCAGGUUAAGAACAGUUUCAUGUUAAGAACGGAUCUCCAGAACGAAUUAAGUGCUUAAGCUGAGGUACCACUGUACUUCACUAGUUCACCAGCACCUGUCUUUUUUUAAUUGACAGGUGGCUUUCAUAUUAUUUAUUUUACUACUUUUUAAUUAAUUAGUCAUGUGCUCAAUAGCCUAUCUCUCUCACACACGCACAUUUGAAUGGCAGAGAUGGAGAGGAUUCUGAGAAAAUACUACACAUAUAAAAUCUCUCGUAGGGAGGUGUCCUGUUUAGAGGCAUAGGCAGAAGCAGACACACACACAGCUCCAUUCCCUCUGGCACCAAUUAGCAUCGCUUUUGAUUUUCUGAGCUGAAAGGAAGUGGCUUAAAUGAGUCAUAGAGACUGAACUUCCCCAUUACCCUUUGAGGUAGUCCCACAGGGUUGGAACAUUGACUUGCAUUUCUACAGUUCAGUGUAUGUUUUGUGGACAAAAAGGGGAUUUAGCUUUCUUGGACGUGAAAUCAACCAUUUGCUGUAUGUGUGUGUCUUUGCAGGCCAAGAGAAAGGUAUUAUUAGCAAAACAGAUAAAUAAAUAAUCUAAAUUAAGUUGUAAAUAAAAUAGAUUUCUAGGUUUAGCCCACUGGGUGUAGCUAAUCCAGCUGGGCCCUGAUUCACAGUGACAGAGGCUAAUCCCAGCAGUGUGGAGAAAUUGAAUCAAUAUGAGCAGAUGCCAAAUAUUGACUCUUUCCAAGCACAAUUAUGCUUCUCACCAAGUCUCCUGUGGGAUGCAUCCAAAACACCCAGGGACACCAGGUCUACUGGCAGUCCCUACCAGCCCAUAGCUUUAAUUGUAUUCUAUCCUGCUGUCAUAGCAGCAUUUUAAUUCCCAGUAAUAUAGUAUACCUUCCAACAUUUCUCCAAUCGAAAUAGGGACCUCUUAUUCCAUAAUAACAAUUUUACUAUUUAUACUCUGCCCAUCUGACUGUGUUGCCUCAGCCACUCUGGGCGGCUUCCAACAUAUAUAAAAACAUAAUAAAAUAUUAAACUUUUUUUUAAAAAAAACCCUUCCCUAUACAGGGCUGCCUUCAGAUGGCUCAGGGGUUGGAUAACUCCAUACCCUCCAACAUUUCUCUGAUGAAAAUAGGGGCAUCCUAAGGAAAAGCGGAACAUUCUGGGAUAAGAAUCAGAAACUGGAAUGACUUUGGUAAAUCCAGGACUGUCCCUGGAAAGUAGGGACACUUGGAGGGUCUGAUAUAGAAGCUACAAAACAUGUUUGCUUAUGGACAUGUCACUGUUUGAAAACUAGCACACUGAGCAAAUAUUUACACUUGGGGUUGUCAACCUCCAGACUCAGCCUGUUUCCAUCUGGGUGGUGAGGAGGAGGGAAAGGGGGAAAGCGGGUGGUAGAGGGGGUGAUUUCCAACCCACUUUUGGCCCUGGCCCUACCCAUUACAGGGUCCAUCCUUACCCACAACCAGCAUGUGGCCUCUGACAGAUUACCCCUGAAGCAUCCAUUAUCUUUCUGGCAUCCAGAAAUAUAAAUAUGAAAACAGGGCAAGUCAUGUGGGGGAUUUUCCGAGGCUGGCUUCAGGUUUGAAGUGGCCCUCGUCUCCCCAGUCCUACCCCAGAUGCAGCUUAACUGGUGGCACAUAAUUAGGAAUUGGCCAUUUUAAAUUCUGCAUAAUGCUGUGGAGAGAUGCUGCUUUUGAGACCUAGCCACCCAGCGUGAGGGGCCAACGACAGGUGGAUUCUGCCCAAGGGCAUAGAUACCAAGAUUCAGACAGUUGCCAAAGGUUUUUGGGUGCUGAUAGUGGCCCUACAACUUAUUCCUUCUUAUCACAAUAUUCCAUUGGGAUUCAGGAAAUUUUAGGUUCAGCCUAGAGCAGAUGGAUGCUUGUCCAGUGUGAUGCUUGACUUUUUUUCACUUCCAGAUCACAAACAGCUUCUGGUAGUCUAUUCAGUUUUGACAGCAGUUUGCCCUGUGGCAUCAAAAGUUUGAGAAAUGCAAACCCAAUGUCCCUUUAUGGGCACAGACUUCAGUGUGCAGUCCCUGAAAUCCCAGCCUAGAAAACUGUAGUGCCUCCAUUUUUCCUUUCAUUUGAUCCCACUGGCGACCUAAAUAAAGUGCAUGACUCACUCUAAUUGAAAGAGUCUAACGUAUGCUAAUUGGCUGAGACCGAAGAUGAGUUCUCCCCCCCCCAUUCUCAAAACUCUGAACAUUUUCAAUUUACAAUGUUUAAUAGAAGCUUUUCCUAUUGUGAGGUGUUACAAAUCACACUAUCUUCCACAAUUAACUAAAGCGAUGUUAUUGGCUCAGUUUUUGGUCAAAACAGAAGAGUAAACGAAUACAUUCCAAUUAAACCUCUAUUUUAUUAAUGUCUCCCACUGACUAAGUGAGAGGUAUGCACAUUUCCAAACAGCAUUUAAUUUGGAAGGCAGGGUGUCUCUGAUUCAUUCUCUGGCAGUUAUUCCAUUAUAAAUGCCGCUCUCAUUUUGGGCUCUUUUGUGGAUUUUCCAUUAUUUUUGUUGUGUGAGAUUUCCUUCUCUUCACGGCUCCCCCCACCCCCACCUCUUCUAUUUAAGGAAGAAAGUAGCCUUUGUUACCAAACCUACCCAAACCUUCAGGGUCAAAAACUGGGAGACGUGAUUCAGUGGCUUAAUCACAAGAGUUUUUACAAGGUUGAAAUCCAAGUAAAAAGUGAGAGAGGCACUGCUCCAAUCAUAAAUUAACAUGAAGAGGUAAUAAACCGUUCUUCCCCCCCUUCCCCACCUCUUUACUCUGAGGGGCUGGCUUUAAUUUUUUUGCAUUUCACAUGAAAAGUAUAUGCCUCAUUCAAGAAAAAAAGGGGGGCUGUGUUUUAUUUCAUUGUUUUGCAACAGGGAAAGUGCUCUCAUGGUUGGCCUCCAAAUGAUCUUAGUUCAGUCUAAAUGUCAGUGCUCAUGAAUGUGCCUGUCUGGAUUUUCUGUCAUCCCUGCUAAUUGUGCAUAACAGGGUCAGUAUUUGGCACCAGGAUGAGAAAAUGUGGCCAGCACCAUUUUGUGCAGCUGUCAGAUGUUCUUUAGCUGACUAGUAUAAGGACUAGGGGAAAGAGGGUGGGGGUGGGGUGGGGAUGGAAGCUCAAAGAUCUGUGGAAUUCCUAACAACAUAAUUUAACUACCUGUCAACUUCUUCUCACUAUAGUAGAGAUACUGCUGAAACCAAUGAAAUGGUUUUCACACACAUAGCUCUUUCUGCACACGACAAAAUAGGAUUUGCAGGGAAAACAAGGAGCCUUGCUAUACAUUCCUCUUAAUGCCAUGAUGAGCAAUUGGCACCAAUAAGACCUUUUCUUCUGAAUACUAAUUUACACUUGGGGAUGGGCAAUUUCCCCCCACCAAUACCACAGCUAAAGAGGGAAGGCUUAACACCUGCCCCCUCACAUGCUGUGUAGCUGAAGACAAUCACCACUUUCCCAUGUUUGCUUUUUUUUCAUAACAUGAGUCCUAAUCAUGUUGAUAAUGUAAUGUAUUUUUAGCCCAUCUUUCUGCUGCCUUCUUCUUCUUCUUCUUCUUCUUCUUCUUCUUCUUCUUCUCUGUGUGUAUUUCAAAGCCCACCUGGAAUUUGAAUGAAACAUUUUUCAUGUGCAUAUAUCCGUGAAGGAAAUGACAGUAUGUUGGAAAGAGUCCUACUGCCUGCUUUUGCCUGUGAAAUGCUACAGAUAGUUAACUUCCAGAUGGGUAGCUAUCUUUGUCUGUUGCACCAAAACCAGCAAAGAGUCUCAUAGCACCUUAAAGACUAACACAUGUCUUAGGCAAGCAUUAGAGGCCACUUCAUGAUAGGCAGGAAGCAUUGUCCUCAGCUGGCAAGGGGUAUAGAGGAGGAAAAUGGUAAAAGGUAGGGUUAGAUUUAACUCAUAUUCUCUAAAUAUCCCAUAGGGUUGGGUGUGUUUGUGUGUGCUUCUUUCUCUGACUUCAUUUCUAAGCCCCAUGAGCUCAGAUAAGAAAAUAUGUCAUGGCCUAAAAUUGGCCACUGUUUCUUUAAUACAAAAGGAACUGAGUCAGCGGCCUACAAUGAAUUGGCAACACUUGCACGACUCAUGUAACCUUUCACCUGCAUAUGCCUGUAUAUAUAGAGUGGUCAUUGAUUGUGUGAGUGUGGGUUGGUUGGAUGGUAGAAAGUUGGUUGUCGGUUUUGGUUAGAUAAGAAGACUUUUUAAGAAUAAACGCAUCAAUACUCUGCAAAAAUACUCAUUCUCAAGGACUCUUUUGUGCCAACUAGGGUCCGAGGACCAGGCAAAAGAGUCAAAGGAGUUCAGAACCUUUUCUUUUUCAAACACUGACAAAAUAUUCCACUGAAUAUUUUGUCCAGUUUAUGCCUUUUUUACACGUAAUACUUAUGAUUCCUCUUUGUCUCCCUAUAGGUGGAGGUCUACAGUUGACGAUUUCUUUCCUGGUUCUCUAGUCACAAAUCUCUGCUCACCUGGUGAGGCAUCACUGUUCUACUCCCAGAUCAUUCAGGUCAGAGGAUGUGGUCUUACUGACUCCCUCCAGCUUUCCCUGAAUGAGUCCUAACAAACACUGUUUGCUGUGAGCUCUCCAUGGUGCUGACAAAAUGCUUUUUGCCCUGCCUUGAUCUACUGGACAUGACUGGACUAAUGGACUUGCCUUGCCAUGACUCUACUCUUCAGAAUGCAACCUCCACCCCACCUGUAAAUGCCCCAAUAUAAAUCUAGCCUCCCCUGAUACCCUAAAGUGGGAGAAGACAGAACACCAUCCUAUCAAAAUCCCUACUCCAAAUCCCCCCCAAAUGUAAUUCAGUGAAGUCUUCUAAUUCAGUGAAGUCUUCUCAUUUAGCUCUGAAACAGAUCUUUGUUACGUUUCAAACUGCUCUUACUGGCAAGCAAAAUUAAUUCAGUGACAAAACUGUCUCUAGUGCUGGCUUUUAUCAGGAAGUAGCCCUCUUUAUGAUUUACACCUUGUCUUUAAAAAUCCUUUCAAUAUCAUUUUCUGUUCACUUUAAGGAGCUAUCUGUGGAUUCUGCUGAAUUAAAAUUGAAUCCUCUUCCCCUUUGUGGUCUAUUCAUAUCUGCCCUGAAAGCAGAGUAGGAAAGUUGCAACCAGCAAUGUCAAUAGGACCCUAUAAAGAUUAAUGGGGUACCUGCCAAGCAACAAGGACUCUGAGUGAUUUCAAGGAUUCCAAAGACUCAAAAAAUCAAUUUUGCUGAAAACGUCCUUGCUUAAUUUAAUACCUGAUAGUAUUUGACAUCCCUCUGGUCUAGUGUGAACAGCAAAUGAGCAUGAGGAUGUGGUUUUUCUCUAUGUUAUUGCCAUACUUACAAAGUAAAAUAAAUACACAGAGCAGUCAGGUGCUGAAUUUCCAUGUUUCAAAACAAAAUUAAGAUUUUCUUCAUGACUAUUUUUAAAAAUGUUACAAACAAAUGGAGAUAAUCUAAUUAUUGAAGCUUAUUGAAGAUGAAUAGAGAACUGAGUAGCUUAGUAAAUCUUGCAUAUAUUGUACUGGUUUGUCUACUGAUCUUCUAUAACAUUCAAGAACUAAUUGAAGUGGCUGAAAAUUUGGAUCUAAUGAAUUUGGGUGCUAGCUGACAUGAUUCUGUCUUUGUUACACUGUUGUUGUUUUUUACAAUAAAUUCUAGCUCAUGCUUGAGGCUCAAAUAGGAUAAGACAAAAUCUUUCUUCUGAUGAUGUCAGAGGUAUUAAAAUUCUGUUUUUAGUGAAGAUUUCUGCAUGUCCUAAUUACAGGUUGGAAAUAACUACUGCCACUUCUAUCACCCUGAAAAGGCCAUAAUGAUGGCAUGCAUGCUUGAAUUGAAUUUUUAAGCAGAGCUAAUACAAAAAGAGACACAAUUAAAUAGAUUUAAAGAUUACUUGAUCUAAGCACAGGGAUUUAGUGAUGCCUUUCCAAAUAUUUAAAAAACCUCUCUGACAUGGAGCAAGAGAAUGGAAACUUGGAAAAAGAAAAAGAGAAGAAUGAGCAUGGAAUCUAAGUAGAUUGGUGAAUUGAUGUUUUAAUAAAUAGAUGGUUUUCUGUAGUUAGCAAUCACUUAAGUGAAAGAUAAAGUCUCUGAACUGCUGGGUAAUGCACUGAGUAUAGAUCAGGAAACCCUGAGUUUCCUUCCAGCCAAUGUCCUGGACAAAGAAUCAUAAUGGCAUGGAUUCUAACUAGGCUGUUGUAAACUGAAGGGUUCCUUCCAUUCACUGAUGGGUUGAAGAUCCAGUUGAGGACCCUAUUGGCAGAAUGAGCAGGGCAAUUUUUGGCAAUUCCCACUCCCACUACAGUUUUCUCUACUGUUCCAAAGAAUCUCCUAGUUCUCCAAAUCAGAUUUUCAGGAGGCAAAAGGUUCUGUAGGAAGGGAGGGGUGAUCAGUGAAAGUUGUCUCCUCCCUCCUCUUCACCCAAUGUAUUUUGUUGCCAGUGGAAUCCCAGCUAAUAAAAAUGGUUGUGGAAGGGUUAGGCAUUAGGAUUAUAUAGUGAAGACAAUUAUUUUGAUUACUCACUGGUCCUAACACUUAUUUCCACAUAAAAAGUAGAGAUUUAUUGUGAACAUUUUGCAACGUAACUUUUGGACAGCUGAAUGGGGUAAGAUUGUUGAAUGGGCUAAUGAAGACUGAAUCCAUUUGUACCAGUCAUCAUCAUCCUCAGAAGUACUGGUUUUGACUUAAGGAGGCAGGAAUCCUGAUUAAUGGAUUUUCCAAAACACAUUGUUUUGCUCCACAAUAGUUAGUCUGUGGCAGCAGAAUAUACAAUACAUGUUAGUCUAAAUAGUCAGAAUAUAUUCAGUGUGGCCUUGAAGGCUUCGUCCCACUGCCUGCAUAUAAAUAAGGUUAUUUUUAUUUUUAUUUUUUCUGCUUUGUUUUAUUCCUAGCAUGCAUUCAUUUGUCUCAUGGUAGAAUUUUCACAGCUCCAUGUCCAAAACAGAUAUCCUACAGUGAAACAUCACACCGACACACAAAAUUAAUUCGUGAAAUUUUCACAGAAAGGUUACAUCAUCAAACACUAUAUAUUUCUGGAAGAAGAAAGAAAAUGGCAUAUUUUCUCAAAGCCUGCUUUCUCUAAACUGGAUUGUUUGGGCUGUGUGAAAAUGUACUUUGGUUUAAUAUGGUAAAGGGAAGAUAUUUUGUCUUUGCUUAAAAAUUAAUAUGUCACCUUCCAGGACAAAGCUCUCACAAAGCAGCUUAUAAACAUAAUGUAAAUAAUUUUUACUAUAAUACUGUUGCACUCAGGUCUUGCUUUCGGGCUUUCCCUAGGCAUCUGGUUGAUCACUGUGAAAAAAGAAUGCUAGACUUAAUGGGCUAUCGGCCUGAUGAACCAGCCUCUUCUUAUAUUCUUAAGUACAUUUAAGUUAUUUGUAUAUUUGUACAACAAAAGUAUACAGUUUUCUCAAAUGGAACCCCUUUCACAAAGCCUUUCACUAAACGAGGAGGAGCAGGACAUUCACAGAAGCUUCUAUCAUGCACUCAAAUCAACACAUGGGUGCACCUAUCAUAUAACUUGUUUGUAAGAAGAAGUGCUCAUUGCUGGUUCAAAUUGGAAUCUGACAAAGACACCCCCCCCCAAAAAAAAUAGAAGCCAUCAUUUUUUGUAGAAACUUUGUAGAAAGACUUUUUGUAAAGACAAACGUCUUAUAGGUGAUCUAUUAUUGUUUGGAGUUUAUAGUGGCAUGUUGAAGUUCCCCAGAACAAGCAGCCUAGGAGCAGUGGUGGAGCUUCAUGCUCUGGCACCGGGGGGCAGAGAGCAGGCAGGGCCAGGGCUGGCACGUGUCCUGGGGGCGGAUCACGCCACCUGCAGGGGCGUGGUGCCCAUCACGGCUGCCCCCCACCCGCACUUCAAGUCUGCCCUGAUGCUGCACCCAGUACAUAGGUGACCUACUCUGCUCACACAUCCAGGUCUUGGAAAACCACAAUUCCCAGGUUGAAUGAGGGGCUGGCACACAGAGCAGUUCCUAACUGGCUGUGCCAUGUUCCUCUUACCCAGCCUGCCCAUCCUGCAUACCUUGCCUUGCCCAGAAUCACUGCAAUUGUAGUCCCACUUCCCUGCUCUCCCCAGCUCCUCUCUUUCCAGGCACAUCAUAUAUCCCUUAAUUUAUAAAACAAUAAAAAAGCCAAAUUUAAAAUGCACAAGUUAAAAAGUUAAAAAAAAACAUUUUAAACAAUUAGAGCAAUAAUAAUAGCAACAGAAGCCACCAACCUGCUCCUGCCAAAGAGUCUGUUCAGCCACCAUACAUCCGGAAUUUCCCGGACAUUUCAUUUUUCAACAGCUUUUCUGUCCGGAUUUUCACUUUUUGAAAUAUGGCAACCCAUAUUUCAACCGUAGCUGGAGUCAGUCUGGGUCCUGCCCUCCCCUCCAGGCCAGGUGUCCUGGGAGUGUCAUGCAAGCCACACCUGAAGUGUCUUCUACUAAUCAACUAUUAGAGGUGCUCUAUCUGCUUUUUCACCUGGCCCUAGUUAAAGGAGCUUUGCAUCCGGGAUGAGAAACCUUUGGCUCUCCAGAUGUUUUUGAACUGCAACUCCCAUCAGUCCCAGCCAGCAUAGUUAAUGUUCAAGGAUUAUUGAAGUUGUAGUCCAACAAUGUCUGAAAAGCCUCCUGGUGUUCAUGAAUACCAGAACCCUUUUAUGCUCAGGGCCUGGCAAGCACAACCAUUCCCUGGAUGUUUGAAAUUUACCCUGGCCCAUUCUCUUUACACAGGGUGAGGGGGCACUUGGCUUGAAAGGGAAGCCAUUAGUUUGAGCUCUAUGCCACUUGGUGCCCUUCAAAUUAUUUUUGCUAAUUUUUUAUUUCUGUGUCACACAGGGAUGAGCAAAAUAUGUGCAGACAACUGAAAGAAUGAGAGGCAGCAGGGAGGGAACAUGACAGCUUUAAAAGGAUUAGAAACAAAGCACUGCAAAUAUGGAAACAUAAAGAGUCUGAAAUGGGGGUGGGAGUACAGAGAGAACACACAUUCCACAUUAAAUUUGAAUCUGCUUUGCAGAAGGAUUAAAUGCUCACUGUGGACUAGGAGAGAAUCCAUUUCUAAUGGUGAAUUUAUAUCAGUCCACAGGGAACCCUAUCAAGGCACAGCUGACUAAUGAGUAUCAUUUUCAGUUGAUUUCAUUAGUAUUUAAGUUAUAGCAUGAAGCACAUUCCCUUGGGUGCCUGAAAGUUAGUGAUUUACAUAUAUUCACUGAGAAGAUUUUGGUUCUGCUAAUGUAAAAGUGAUUUGUUAGCUGAGUGAAGAUUUUCUUUUCAUCUGCCUCACCUAAGUCCACCGAUUCAGAAAAAUAAAUAUUAACUAUUCAUAUAUGUUCUAUCCCAUUAUAGCUGUGAAUUAAAGUUAAAGUCAAAAUUAUGCUACCAGACAUGGCAUUCCCUUGUGUAUGAUUCACAGCUUCUGUGCAAAGGGAGGUUUGCAACACUGUAUUUAUUGCAGAAAGCCUCAAUGCAAUAGAUCUUUUUAAACAGAGUGUCCUUAAAGCACUAUGUUAUAAAACCACCUACAGAGGGAAUUGUCAGUGUAUAAAAUAACCAAGGGAAAAACAGGGGUUGGACGCUGCAAAUUAGCAUUUGUGUUACAAAGAGAGAGUUUGGUAUUCAGUUAGCACAGCUUUAUUUUAAAUCUGGCCAAGCUGAUCAAAACCAACAAUACAAGUGUCACAUCAAAUGCAAGCAUGUGUUGCCUACCCAUCUUCUUCAGUGCUAACCAUCAAAUUAAAAUUGCUUUCUCUUUACCUGGAGGGUGUUUUUUCCUGUUACAUUUUCAAGCCACAGAAAUGCUCUUGAAAAUCAUUUCUCCCAAAGGGGGAGCCAUGGAUAUGGCUGCUUCUAAUGAAGACUUUGUAUACAUGGUAUAUGUAGUGCUUCAGCUAUGCCCACUUCUCGCUUGGAAACAAAAACAUGUAUAUCUCUCUCUUUCUUUUGACUACUUGGUGUAUUACUUACACAAAGGAGGCCUCAACCUCCCAGGAAGGUGAGACUGUAGAAGAGCAAGUUAAGAGCAAGAGGGUUUUGUUUUUUCCUCCUUCUGCACUCAAGCACCAAGGAAGGCUGCCAGGCAGAAAACUGUUGGACUUGGUACCAAUGUGCUUUUGAGUGGGGCAACUGGCUGACUCUUCAGAGGGUGAUGGUCCUAAAUCCUAAUCUAGGGAAGCUGCCUUAACACUCAGGGAGAUGUUUCUGUUGGGUGUUAGAUGUUGUAGCCCUUACAUCCUAGUGAUUGUGGCCAUUUGUGUGAGACAAGAAAGUUGUGGGAAAUGGACACAUGGCCCUGGCAGGCAGAAGGUGCCAGAUUCAAUCCCUGUCAUCUCUGGGUAGGGCUCGUAAAGGUAAAGGGACACCUGACCGUUAGGUCCAAUCACGGACAACUCUGGGGUUGUGGCGCUCAUCUCACUUUACUGGCUGAGAGAGCCGGUGAAAUAUACUCAGAGUCGCAAAGUGAUUUCAUGCUCUUUAUUCAGCUCAUAGUGGUGAGGAGGAAUGAAUGAAAGUCCCCUCAAAGUAUCUGCUUUAUAUACAUUAUUUACACAAUGGGCUGCACAUGAUUGGCUAAUUCCGGAAUUCUACUGUAAGCCAAUCAGGUUGUGGAUUCACUUCUAUCUGGAGCAUGAUUGGGUGGUUCCUGCCAACCAAUCAUACUGCUGCAUUGUUCUAGGACCAAUCAGACUGCUGCAUUUUGGAUCCUAUUCAACUCAGUACAUAACAGCCGGCGUACAGCUUCCGGGUCAUGUGGCCAACAUGACUAAGCCACUUCUGGCGAACCAGAGCAGCGCAUGGAAACGCCAUUUACCUUCUCGCCUGAGCGGUACCUAUUUAUCUACUUGCACUUUGAUGUGCUUUCGAACUGCUAGGUGGGCAGGAGCAGGGACCCAACAAUGGGAGCUCACCCCAUCAUGAGGAUUUGAACCGCCAACCUUCUGAUCGGCAAGCCCUAGGCUCUGUGGUUUAGACCACAGUGUCACUCGCAUCCUAGGGCUGGUAGAGGGUGCCUAAAAUCCUGGAAAGUGACUGUCAUUCAGUGCAGCUCAUGGUGAGAUAGAUGGACUGUUUUCACAGCGAACAGCAUCGUGACCAAUGGUCAAACUUCAUAUAAGGAAGCUUCCCAUGAUGGAAAAGUAUUGAUGCAUGUUAGGCCAACCCUGAAACAAGCAUUUCUCCCCAACUUCAUAGGUUUAUUUCUUCUUUUCUGUACUCUUAGCUCCCUGCUGCUCAAAAUGGUAUGCAUUCUGUUGACAUCGGGCCACACACAGAGAGAAAUAUUUUGUACAUUACUAAAUGAGUAACAGUGAAGCAAAUAAGAUUCAUUUACACUGUAAUUUACAAUAAGCCUUUGCCUCUCCCCCCCCCCCUUGAAGUGAACAAAAGCUUGAUUGUCAUUGUAUGCACCACACGGGUUUGUCAUUGUUUGUUUUACUCCUUACUUCAAACCUUACAAUGUCAUUCUCCUCGAUGCUGGAGAAGUACAUGUUGUGGUACAUUUUACAGAUAAUUCUCUUUUAUGAAGACCUUUGCUCGUUUAUUGUUAAAUGAAUAUGCAAUAAAGGCCAUUCAGCUUACAAUACAGUGAGUGGUUGAUCUUUGCACAUGGAAAAAUUAUAACAAAGCUGGGUAGAAUUAUUUUUUCAUCAAAAAACCCCCCCACAAAAAACGUACUGUAUAUAACAUAGCAGGUGCAGUUUGAGACAACUUUGUUCAGCUUUCUACAGAUUUUUUUCUUUUCAUAUAGGCAAACCACAAUAAUAUUAGAGCAGCUUAUUAAUAGCUCCAUCCAAACCAGCACACACAUCCACUUUAUGCCAGGAAUUGAGAAUUUGUAGCUCUCCAUUUGUUGUAGGAUUCGAACACACAUCAGCCCCAGGCAACAUGGUCAAUGGCCACGGAGAAUGGGAGUUAAUAGCCCAACAACAUGUGUCUUGUAUGCCUCUUUACAGCAAUUCCUGCAGCCAUGCUGGUGCCAACCAUAUUGCUCUGCUUUCCUUUGUACCACAUCAGGGAGGCUGAUAUAGGGGUCUUGUCGUCUGGGCAGCCCAGGACCUCCAUACACACUGCCCAAGCUUAUGCCCCAGGGAGGGCACUUCAGUGUUGCUAAUGCAGCAAAAACUACAUGAGAGGGAGCAAUUCUCCAGCAGUUUGACUACCCCCAGAGGCACACACCAUUGUCUCGGAUGCCAGCAACUAAGAUUGGCCUGCCUCAGUCCUGUUACAUAGGUAUAUAAUGAUCAAGGCUGCAUUCAGAUGGCACUUUAUCCUGUCUUCCUGACAUAUAAAUUUCCAUAUUUUCCAAUGUAAAAUCCACUUCUGGAAACCUAGCGGUAUGUCAGGGAGAAUUCGGAGGAGCAAGUGAUAGAAGAGGCGGAGCAGGACUCGGGGAUGCUGUGGAGCCCUUCAACUGCCCAGAGGCUCAGGAAGGGAGCUCAGACUCUGGAAGAGAGGGGGCUUUCAAAUCAGCACAGACAAGGAGGGAAAUGAAACAUAAGGAUCAAAGACGUCUCACUCGAUUCCCAUGCCUACUUUGUUGGCACGGGAAUCGAAGGAAGCCACUCCCCGAAUCUGACCCUACAGGUUUGGACGCGUAAUCCUGAACUGUACCUGUUUCUUGUACAUAUGUAAUAAAGACUGUAAAUACAGAGCUGACUCUGCCGGGGUGUUAAUGCGAAGGGGAGACACCACCUUUACACGGUAUCUACUAGAAGUUUAUAACUCAUUUCCAUGUUAACCAUUUCCAGAAAAUAAUCCCUUUCCAACCCUGGAAACCUGGAACAUUGUGGGUGAUGUGUGUUGUAAGUUUCCUGUAGCUUAUUUAAUUAUUUGAUGUAUUUAUAUCCCACCUUUCUUUCAAGUUGUCAUGGAUUGCACCUCCACUACUCACAUAGUUUUGGGUGGGAUUUUGGCAUGUUACUGUGUGAUCAACAGAAGAAGCAUGCAUGUGCAGAAAGGGUGGGGGGAGUGGUGACAUGUACAAACAUUGUGUCACACCACAGCCACUAGUGUGAAUGAAUUUUACUGCCGCAUGCUGCUGUAUAAAUCAAAGGGCUAGAGUUCCAUAAUGCAAAGGGUUCUGCUGUGUAAAACAAAUGUUAGAAAUUGACACUAAAGUGAUAGUAUUGUAUACAAUAAAGUUAAAAGAAGAAACUCCAUGUCUGUAUGCAGUCCUGGGGAUGCUUGAGGGAUGCAAUUUUUGAGAAUGCUAAAAUGGAUUGAACUGAUCUGCAGCCCUGGGACUAAUAUGUGGCUUGAAAAGCAGUUGUCCGCUGGCUUCUGCACUUCUGAAUGUUCCAGUGAAGUUCUUGGCUUUUAAAAAAGAGCAUAUUUUUGUUUUUAAAUGUGUAUGUGAACGAAAUUACAUUUUGAAAAGUGCAUUUUGAGAGAAAAGAUAUUUAAAAUAUGUGUUUAAAUGAAUAGUUAAAUACAGUUUUCAUUAAGUUCGUCUUUGAAAAAAUAGGUUAAUUCAGAAACAGAAUGCAAUGAACAUAUGUGAAACUAAUAUAGACUGGAAAUAGACUGAUAUGCCCAUUCCUAAAAUGACCACAGGAGAUGAUGAAGAAGAAGAAGUAAUAAUAGGCAGGUAGCUUUCAUUCAGGUAAUUGACAUUAGGCACGGAACACAGAAUCUAGAACUCCUUAAUUUUUUGGAUAACGUAAUCAAUUCAAGACCAGUACAUAGGAUUUUUCUUAUCAUUCCAGUGGGAUUCAGAUUGCAUCUAAUGUGGACAGAAGUUCUUUUCAUGUGCUUUUCUCUUCAUUUAGGUUUGUGGCAUCUCUUGCUGAGAAUGCAAUCCAGACAACUUCUAAGUGAGAAAAACAACAUACUUUUUUCAUUUUUUCUUUCUUUCUUAUUUUAAGUGCUCGGGGAUCUAAUGCUAAGACAAACAAUUUGGCUGACAAUAUACAUCACUGUCACAUGCCUUUUGUUAUCAACAUUUUAGAUAAAUUCCAAUUGGUGUGAAUUCUUGCUUCCAAAUAUAAAUAAAUGGCCUGAAUCCAUUGUCUAUUAGCCACUUCAAAAGUAAGUUGUAAGUGUUUCCAAAACAAAAGGUCCUUCUAAAUUAUCAAAGGCCUUUUCUGUAUCUAUAACUAUCAAUAAGGUCUCCUCUAAAAUUCUGAAUUUUUAAUUUGUGGUAUGUAACACUUUUCUUCUAUCAUCUCUUUUUCUCCUUUAUAAUAAACCCAUGUUUGAUCUUGGUAUAUCUCUUUAUUCAAGACACUCUUUAACUUCCUUGUUAUGACACUAGUAAAUAUAUUGUAACAAGUAUUUAAAAGUGAUAUGGGUCUAUAAGAAGAUGCUAAUGUCGAAUCUUCACCUCCUUUAAGGAUCACUACUAUUGUUGCCUCCUGCCAUGAUUGCAGCAACUAUUUUUCAGUCUGGAUCUCACUAACUUUCAUUGAAGGGAGUUACUAAAAAGUUUGAAGUUUUUAUAGUGCAUUGAUGUUAAGCCAUCAGGACCUGGUGCAUAGUUUUCCAUUAAAGCCUAAAUAGCUUCCAAUAUUUCAUUGCCUGAAACAAGUUUUUCCAAUAAUUGCUUGCCUUCCUCAGUUUCAGAAUUUUCAUUUCAUAUAAAUGCUUUGUUAUUUUUUCUAUUUGUGGGUUGAUUUAUAUAAUUUAGAAUAGGGUUUUUAAAAGUCUUCUGUAAUCUCCUCAGGAAAUUUAGAAAUAUCUCUCUCUCACACACACACACCCCUCAUUAUUGGGGAAUUUGCUUCAUCUGUUCUGUUUCUUUAAUUGGUAUACAAUUCAAAUGUCCUUUGUCUAUUUAAGUUAAUUGACAGGCAUAAUUUGUGUGUUUCUUAAACUUCUAAUUGUGGGUGUUUUUUGCAAAUGUUAUUUUUAUUAUCAUUGAUGUUACUUUGUUUUGUUGUAUUUUAUUAAUUUCCAGGGUAAGUUCAGUUUUCUGUUUUUCCCAUUAUUAUUUUCGUGAUGUUCUUAUCAAGAGUUUACAGAGUUUACCCAUCUUUACACUUAAGACAAACAUAGAUUGAUUUUCUUAGAUACAUUCAUUUUAACAUCUAUUUUAUACUCGUUAUUUAUUUUCUUGUAGUGUUUCUGAACAAGAUUGUUUACAAAUGGACUCAGGCAAUCUUCAAAUAAUAAUAAAUUGCAAUCUUCUAGCACCAGUUACCUCUCCCUUUUUUUACAACUAUUGCAAAAAAGUCAGAUGAGUUCUGAGUGGCUUCAUCAGCAAAAAUCCAUGCAAAAUCACCACAGCAACCUCUAGAUGUCUCAUCCUUCAGUGGAUCUCCACUGGACACAUGAACCACACAGCUAGAUGCAAUUCCAGCAGUGGUGAUCAUGUAAGGCAUUUACAAUGAACAGUAGUGAGCAGGGAUGUCAGAGAACUCUGAUGGAAAUGAGAGCAUAAAUUGCCAAUGUUGGUUUAUUUAUCCAAUAUCCAGAACAGAAAUCAAUCCAGUAAAUAUGAUCAGCAUUCAUUGCUGCCGUUUUCAGUCCACAAACAAUAUAUAAAUGACGAACUUCCCAUGCCAUUAGAAUUGCAUUUCAUCUGCGUUGAAAUGAAUGGUGUGGAAUAACAUAAUAAUUUAUUUAAUUAUGUAAAAUUCUGCCAUAGCAGGCAUAGGACAUAGUUUUUGAUGCAGGCCAGAGUGUGGUGGAAUGGGCACAGGGCUGCGUGCAAUGAACACAAACUGAUGCCUUUCUGCACCAAUCGUAGCAUGACUGUGAUGCAAAGGUGGCUGAUAUGAUAAUCAAACAACAGUGUAAAGUAUUAUAAUAUUUAACACAUUUGGGUAAAGAAAUAUUUACAUGCUUUUAUGCUCUUUCAUUGAAUGCAUUCCACAGCUUGAACGAAAUAGCAGCUGUGCCUCCUUCACGGACCGCUAGCAAAUAUUAGUAAAUGAUACUCAGUCUGAGGCUUUCACUUUAAAUCAUUGGUAAUAGUGUUCUGCAGUCUUUUCUUCACAGUAGCAAGUGACUUUUUUUUAAAAGGUGCUAUAUUUUAUAUUGUGAAAGGAGGAUUUGAAAUGAAGAGCUCUUCUCUGUCUUCUGUGCUCAGAAACAGCCUUUUAAAGUGCUGGCCACAGACAUGAUGGAUUAUUAGCUAAGUGCAAAGAAAUGCCUUACUGUAGACUGUGGUGACCUUUGCCAGUGCUCUGGAUUUGGUACCAAUCAUCUGCAAUUAAAAAGAGUGUAUGAGAAGAAAAGAAAGAUUCACAGUUGUACAAUGACCAUUCUUUACUACCAAGAGGCUGUGGGAAUCAUUCAUGUCAAAGCCAAGAAGGCCAAAUAGCCUGCCUCUUCCCCCCACCCACAAAAUAUAUAAUAUUUCCUAAAGAUUUUUUGAUUUUUUUUGCAAAAACAUUGCAUGUGUUGACCCUAACCCUUCACCCCCAACCCAUUCUGCAGGUGUUAUAAUGUAGGGCUCUGAGGGAGCCACUUCCCCCCAUUGUUGGGUGAUGGUUAGUGGCUGGAAUAUUUCCUGCCACAAGAACAGAAGAAAAGCCCUGUUGGAUUAGGCCAAAGGCCUAUCUCAGAAUUCCCUGAGCCGAUGCUCUCUGCAUGUUGUGCACCACAGCUCACAUCAGCCCCAGAAAGCAUGGCCACUGGUGAGGGUGGCUAUGGUUCAAAACAUCUGGAGGAUACAGGUUGAGGAAGGUUGACUCAUCUAGUACAGCAUUCUGCUCCCCUAGUGGCCAACCGGAUGCCUAUGAGAUGCCCCCAAAUAGGACAAGAGCACUCAAGUUCCUAUGGGGUUGUAGGUAAGUUGUAUGUAAGCAAAGAAGCCCCAGAGAUAUCUGGAUCUUUAAAUCUGUGUAUUUAAAGAAAAACAGCACUUGUCCUGCCUAUACGGAUCCAAGCUUUUCACUCCAAAAGAACCACAGUUAGUGCACCAAACAAAAUAUACACAUAGAGAAAAGAUUGUAAAUAAAGCAGAUGCAAAAGAAAGGAGUUCAGGAAAGAGCAGCGGAAUGCUAAUAGGAAAGUAUUUUUUGUCAGUCAUCCUUAUUAGCUGAAAUCUCUGUGUUUCUCUUGCAUUUCAUCAUCUAUUUCUAUACUAAAUAUUUAAUUUGAGUUGAAAUUUGAAAUGAAAAAGAGGGGAGAGGGUUUUUCCCAUUAUUUUCCUAUCAGAGAGUUAUUUGAAAUGCCAAUGUAUGUGCAUAAGUGAUGUGUGAAGGUAGCCGCUAGGGAAAAUGCCAUCCAAGGAACAGGUUUUCCCCCAUAAUAUUCCCCCCACCCCCGCUGCAUUUGAAAGUCAAAACAGUGGCUUGGCUUCAACAAUGUGUACUGGCACUCCCUCCCCGCACCCAGCACAUACCAGUGCUGAUUCCACUGGCACAAUUCUUAUUAUUAUUUGGAGACUGAGGAACAGUACAGCAUGUCCUUAAAAAAUUGAGACGAAAGGCUAUCUGUUUCUGCAUAGCAUGGGUUGUAAAGGCCUGAUGAUUAACUGAGUAGAGUUAUGUAUUUAUUUGCCUGGUGAGAUCUCUAAAUGGGAAGCUCUCCCCCAAGUAUAAAAAUAAGUGGAGCUAGAUUUUCCUAUCCCUUCUCAUACAAAGCAAUACAUCUGUCUCUGACCUCCCAAAAUUCAUCACAACCCGAUGCAGCUAGGACUCUAGGCUACCUACAUAAGGCAUGGCAAUGUGAAGGGGGACUAAGAGACGGCAGCUUGCUCAAGGCUGUCCAGUAUGCUCAUGGCUGAUGGCUAUUUCAAAACUACCAUCCUACCUGUGCAGCUGGGCUCAAUUUUACUAAAAUAGCAUCUAGCUGUCAGUAGGUAAACUGCUUGUUUAAUGAGGAGCACCACAUUGAUCUCCCAAGUGCCAUCAGAUAUCCAGUUGCUGCCAAGAACAAAUUCAUGGAUUUUAGCAUCUAUACAGCUAUUGUUCAAAGAGACAAAUAUCCUUGGACUUUUGUCAGCUCCGACAAUACCUCAUAGUAUACACAUUUUGUGCAGUGCUUUAUCUUGCCAGACACCAAUAAGCAUGCCCAUUAUAUUGUAAUUAUAAGCUAAUCGCUCAUUGGCAUCUAGUGAAGACAUUUUUCAUUUUAAUGGUAAUUCCAAGGAUGACUACCAUGUAAUUUGUAGGCAAGAAACAACCACGCAAUUACUCUGUUAUUAACACAAUAAUUACCAAAUGUGUCCAGGCUUUUUUUAUUUUUGCAUGCGUGUAUCUUAUGAAAUUAAGACGCCCACACCUGCACACUGCAUGGCAAUUUUGUAGCUAGUCAGCCCAUGUUUUUCAAUACAAUGACAGCCACUAAUAUUUCAGAGACAAGGUAUCGUUCGGUACUCGGUACUAGAGAACACAGAAUCUAGCCGUAUGUCUCAAACAAUAUCAUGUUUUAAAAAGGGAUUAGCAGCUGCAAAACCAGCAUAAACUGAAUGUAACAGCGUGAUGAAAGAAGCCAAACAUGAUUGUUCAGUUUGAUUGAUUUGAUAUACUUUAUUGAUGGGACCGUAUCUCUGAAAUUGCAAGAUUAAUUUCUUUACAAAAACUUCUUUUACACUUAUGGCCCCACACCAUGUAUAUAAAAGUACAGAUCCAGUGCUUUUUGAGACUCAAUUAUUCUUCAAAAAUUGGAGUAUCUGUUCAUGUGAUGGCCAAGGAGCCAAACAGGGCACAGAACACCUUUAUAGAACUCUGCUCUACAUGAAUUGCACCAUAGAGGAGUGAAAUAGCGACAACAUUUGGAGGGGGGGGGAGCUGCCAUGUGAUUCAUCAUAUAGUCAAGUGAACUUUUGCUUUACUGCUCACCACCUACAUCAUUCAGAGAAAGAAGGGGGGAUGAUACCAAGGCCUUGGAUCUUCAAAAUAAAAGCCUUGGGUGAAGUCAUCUGUUCCAGGAAUGAAUUACUGCAGAGAUGGGUGAGCUUUCUGAGACAGUUUCAAAGUCUCUAGCUGUCUUGCACUACAGAUUUGUAUCAUAUUGCGGCUGAGGCAGAGAAUAAUUGCCGUGCAACUGUGACUCAGUUUCAGGUGUGGUGUGUGUGUGUGUGUGUGUGUGUGUAUCACACAAAAGAAAAGAAAUCAGAUACUGUUAUUUUCAGAGUCCACAAGUUCUACAAAUUAAAAUUGCACAGGCAGGAUCAUCUGUCCAACACUGAGGAUGCUGAGGGAAUUGGAUAUUUGCAGAUUCCAAUAUAAGUGGACCUGGUCUGCAUCUUCUGGACUAUCACGCAGAUCUGUUCAUACCCGUCUGCCAGCUUUUGCAGUAACAGAAUGUUCCAACACAGUUCUUGGCUGGAAAAAAACAUAUCACAUAUGUUUAGAAAUGUUAAUUUUGAGAUUAAAAAAAUACAUUUAAGAUAUGUGUUUGAAUACUAUUGAAAUUCAGUGGGCGAUAUCCAACAAAGUUGUUGCAUUGGCUCGAGAAUGGAUGCACAAUGUAACUUUCCUUUCCUCUCAUUUCCCUGUGCAUAUGUGUCCCUUAAAAGGGGUUUCUGCCAGCCCUCUGAAAUCUGGGGCGGGCAGGGCAGAUCGGCUACUGUAAUGUUUAAAAAAUUGCAGCCAUGUGAGACGAGCAAUUUACUCAGGUCCUUACUAUGAAAUCAGUGGAUGCUAAAUUUUACGUUUGGAAGCACCAGGGCCUCCAAGACAUAUGGUGGGAAUACAAAGCCAGCAGAGGGCUCAACCCAGUAAAAAAAGAGUUAUGAAGCAAAAUGUGCAGGCAUCCUUCUAGCCAAUUGCAUUGUGAGAAGUGAGCCCACUUGCACCAUUUUGUGUGUUUAGCUAAUGAGUGAAGUCACAGCUACUGCUGAGGAGUGUACUAGAGAAAGCUGGAGUCAUGUGUGGCCCCAUUUUCUGCACUACACAUUUAAAGCAGUAUCAUGCCACUUUAAACACUACCCCCCAAAGAAUUCUGGGAAGUGUAGCUUGCUAAGGAUACUGAGAGGUGUUAAGAAACCCAUAUUCCCCUCAGAGAGCUACAAUUUGUAGAGUGGUUUAACAAUCCAACCCCUCUUCCCAGGGAACUAGUUUAAAUGGUGCCUUAGUAGCACCAUUGUAGAAGAGAAAGUUACUUGGAACCAUGAGAAAUAUUUAAAAUAUAUGUUGGAGAGUCUUUAGAGCCAAGUUCCUUGCUGCUUCCCCAUUUAAAUUAUAUUCUAAGCCCAGACCCUUUCUAUAGAUAUCUAGUGAGUCAUAGACAGAGAGAACAGGCACAGCUUCACAAAAUCCAGCCUCAAAAUGCUAUCUCAAAUAGGAAGCACCAGUAUCUCUGAAUAAGUCCUUUUGGAAAUGCAGCAUAGUACUUCUGCAUCUAAAAGCUGUCACCUACUUCCCUAAUAGACUGCAAAACUCACAUUUAUUUGGAAGGGAAAGUAUUAGGGAUUCCCAUAAAACUAAUUUCCCUCUCAAUCGGGUUUAAAAACUCAUAUUCAGUUCAAGAAUGAUUGGCUAUUAGAUUGUAGCUGAAGUUUCAAGGGAGAAAUAGAAUUUUAACUGUGCAGCUGGGUGGGUAUUUGGAACUUUCACCUCUCCGUUUUUAAUGCUCCCUUAUUAGAAAGAUGGGAAACGCUUUUCCAUUGCUCUAGUCUGGUAAACAGGAAGUGGCGGGAAUAAAUGGAAGAGAGAAGCUUGACUAGAAAGCUGACAUAGGAGGUGAGGGAAGUGUCACAUUGUGCAAAGCAAAUGGCAAAAAUGAACAGACCAACAACAUUGCUGCUACAGCAGCAUUCACUGACAAAAAUUGGACCUUUCAAAGAUUACUCACUAGAGAGGCAGAGUCCUCUGAAGUCUCCCAAGGACACCCCAAACUAUUUUGCUGUUGUAAUUUACAGUUACUGACCCACACUUGCAUGAAUGAAAGAGUUAACCUGAGCUCAAGUUACCAAUGUGGGUAUGGCUUAGCAGGGACUCAGCAGCAUCUUUUCCCACUUUUCCCACUUUCCCCCCACUUUCUUUUUCAUGCUUCCUGGAACAAGAAAAGGAAGGCAUGUACAUUAGCCAAAAAUGGAUGGGAAAAUACAUAAUUACAUACAUAAUUUUAUUUGUAUGCUGCCUUUCCAUAGUUAAAACCAUGCUCAAGGCAGCUUACAACAUAAAAAUACAUAAUUACAAGCACAGCAAAAGUUGUCACAAACAAUAAAUAAAGCAUCAAAAAGCACACAACCAAAUUAAACCAUUUCCACAUAAAUCAUAAUAAGAUAAAAUAAAGAUACAAAAAUGUAAUAUCAAUAACAGUAGCAACCCCUGCCCUGACAAAAACCCCUAAACAAUACCCCAACCUAAGAGUUUGUUCAGCAGCCUCACCUUUUGAUGCUGGAGUCAGUCAGGGCCCCACCCUCUCAGGCCAGGUGGGAAAAGGGCUGCAGGGCAGAGAACAGAUAUUUCCAGACUCUCAGCCAAGAUAGUUAUUAGGAGAAAUUCAUGCUAAAAUGCAGAUGAAUUUUGCAGAUUGCUACAGAAAUGGGAACUGAAUUUAAGAUUGGGGAAAUGAGCAACUGGACCGAAAUUGGCAGAUCCUUCCAGCCACAGCACUCUGUUUUUCUUUUUUCUUUUUAACAUAUUUUUUUUAUUAAAGAUCUCUUGGUUUACAAAAGUAUGUGCAAUGUCUCUUUUUUCAAGUUACAUUUUCUACAGAUCAGUUUCAUUUGUUGAGACAUUAGUGUUACUUUAGGAAGAAAAGAGGGAAAGAGGUGGAGGGGGCAUGGUGAGUGGGGGUGGGGUCAGGGGCAAUGCUUCUAUUCUACUUAAUGUAUGUGUGGGGUUUUGUGUCAGCAUCACUUGUGUGGGUUCUCUUUACUAUUAGCUUGUGUUCCUUUGAUGGUGAGAGAGGUUGGGGUUGGCCUAGGGUGUGGUUGUUUGUUUGUGAUUGGCUGUGGUGAACUUUGUUUUCAGGUGUGAGUGGGGUCUGGGUGUGUCUUUGAAUCAGGUUAGCCAUAUUGAUUUGUAUGCUGUUGGUGGAUUCUUGUCGUUGUCUUGUUGGGCUGUGUGUGUAAUAAAGGGGGGAAGGCGUCUUGUUCUAUUUGUCCCUGUGUUUCAGACACAUUGAGAGAUGCCAACCAGGCAAGAAAUGAGUCAGGCUAGGUCAGAAAUGAGGAGGAAUUUCAGCUACCCUGGAACCAACUCAGGAAGAUGGGAAUGGGCAGUGGCAGGAGCCUCAAGGGGAAUAGCCAGGGCAGGGAGAUGCCUUUGGCCCCCACAGAAUCUGCCAUUUGAGCAAUCACCUCACUCUUCCCAAUAAUAUGGCUGGCACUGAGAAAUUACUCCUCACCUCAAACUCUCUCCUGAAGAGGUCCUUGCAUAAGUUUUCCAGAAACUGAAAUACACCCCAAAAAUUGGCUUGGGGGGGUCAAGAGAACCCCCAGAACAGCACAUGAGGGAAGGAGAGGGGGAACUGUUCCAUCUAGCAAGUGGCAAUGCUCAUGCAGACAGAACAUUGACUUUGAAUUCCACCCAUUUUUCCUACACAAUACACUCAACCAUUUUUCCACAUUUCCACAAUUUCAGACAAUUCUCUCCAUCCAGCCAAUUUCAACCAUUUUGAAUUUAUGGAAAUGGGUGGAAGGUUGUGUCCACUGGCAAGAUUGAUACCAACACCUCCUGCAGAAGAUUGGAUCCUAUUAACUGGGACAAAAUACUAUUGAUUAAAUAGAAAUGAGCUGGGGGGAAAGAGUAUGAGGCCCCUCCUAUUUCAGAUCUGGGUCAUUUAAUAGUAUCCUUUUGCAAGGGGAAAAAAAUAUUCCAGACGAACUGCUCGUUUCACAUCACCUAUAAUUCAGAGUGGCAUGGAUAACAACAGGUCUGCUUGGUGGUUUUGCAGCUAGCAGAUUGCCUACCCAUAUGUCCAGAAUGAGAUAUUUCAGGGUGAUUAAUUGUUAGCUGGCAAAUGUCAAUACCCCCUGAAGCAUAUGUUGCAGACAUACAGUCAUUCCAAAGGUACCCAUUAAUUUCAGCUUAGUCGUGCUUAGAAAAUUGCACAAAUACUGGUGUUCAUAUUUUAUAACAUAUCCAGAGGGUUUCACUGGAGCAGUAACUUAAAUGCUAGCUGCUGGCAGCUUUUAUUAAACAUGUGAAUUAGGGAAAGAGAGGAGACGGGUUGAAUGCUCCACUGGAGGCUCUUGUUCACCAACAAUCCAAUGUACAAAUCAGUUAAGGUGGAGUAGUUUGCUGAAUUAGUCCCCAGUGGCCAACACUUAAUUUCUAAAUGGAGAAGCCUGCAAGCCAUCGCCUGGUUCAUGCUGCCCAAUUUCUCUAUGCAGUCACGGCCAGAGGCACACAGCCCUCCUGGAAAAAGAUUAGUAUAAACGAGGCUGUCCAUGUGGGGAGGCAGCAGCCAUUUGCAUAAACGGGGCUGCACAUUUGUCAGACAUUGCAAUCCCAGAGAUGCACAGUAAGGAUGAAUAGAUGUCCUUUCUUUUGUUGCUUUGUUCUGUGAAUUUACUCUCCUCUGUGUUUUACCCUUCCUGAGUUCUGGUUGAACUAACAAUUAUAAGCAAAAAUUUACUAUUUGCCCGACAAUAAAUGUUGGAAAUGUAAUGAGACUGAAGGUACAUUCUUUCACCUUUGGUGGACAUGCCCAAGGAUUAAGACAUUCUGGGAGAUGAUUUAUAAUGAAAUGAAAAAGGUAUUUAAAUAUACCUUCCUGAAGAAACCAGAGGCCUUUCUCCUGGGCAUGGUCGGCCAAUUGGUGUUAAAGAAGGAUAGAACUUUUUUUAUGUAUGCAACAACAGCAGCAAGAAUACUCAUCACGAAGUAUUGGAAGACACAAUAUUUGCCCACCCGGGAAGAAUGGCAGAUGAAGUUGAUGGACUACAUGGAACUGGCAGAAAUGACUGGCAGAAUCCGAGACCAGGGAGAAAAGUCGGUGGAAGAAGAUUGGAAAAAGUUUAAAGACUAUCUACAGAAAUAUUGUAAAAUUAAUGAAUGCUAGAAAAAUGUUGGAAUGAAGUUAUAUGGCUUUAGUAGAAAUAUUAUAAGGAAUUAAGUACAGAUAGGUUAAUAGAGCAUUAAAGGAAAAAAUAAGGUUAGAAUGAGUUAAGAUAAUUAUAGGAUAGAAAACAGAGGAAGAUGGAAAGGAAUUGCUGAAAUAAUUAACAGAAGUGGAAUACAAAAAGGGAGGUGUGAGGAGGUCGUGGAAAUAAGUGAAUGAAAGAUGGGAUAAUGAAAUUGUUUGAUUUAUUUUAUUGUCUUGGUCUUGUUUUGUUAAUUUGAUGUGUUGUAUUGUAUUGUCUUUUUUCUUUUUAGUGUUUAAGUUUUUGGAAAAAUAAUAAAUACUAUUUUUUUAAAAAAAGAACUAACAAUUUUUUAAAAACACAAGUUCUGGCAUUGGAGCAUGCAUGGAUUGCCACAGCUUUCCCAUUCUUUUGGUCCAUGGGCAUGUUUCCUCCCCCUUCCCACUCUGUAUACUACCAAUUCACAUGUGCACUUUUAUGAAACUGUAAAAAAGCAAUCUUCAUGUGAUUGUGUGUGUGGUUGCAUCAAAUUCCUGUUGUGUAAUGUUUUACAAUGGUGGAAUAUAGUGUAGAAAGUGGGGAAUUAUGUGAGGAAGAGAUACUGUAAAAGCAAGUAACAUAGAAACAGGAAGUUGCCUUAUACAGAGUCAGAUCAUUUGGUCCAUCUAGCUCAACAUUGUCUUCACUAACUAACAAAGGCUCUCCAGGAUUUCAGGCAGAGAUCAUCACUGUACUUUUUUUGGUGCCUGCUAAAAACAUUUUUGUUUAAGUAACCCUACCAGGAUAUAGUGGUGUGCUUUAAUCAGGUUUUUAGCUUAUUGUUGAUUUUACUUCUUUUUGUUUUUAACUGUUUUUACUAAUAAGUUCAUUACUUCAUUCUUUUUGUAAACUGCUUUGAGGUUAUUGAAAUAAAAUAGAGAAAGUGGAGGAAUGGAAGUUUUUUGUUUUUUCUUACAAUCUCGCAAUACUACAACUCAAGAAGUCCCGUGAAACUGGCUGACAGGAGAUUCAGGAAAGAUAGACAAAAGUACUUUUCCAUAGAACCAGUGCUUUUUUUCUGGGGGGACUCAGGGGUACGCAUACCCCUAGACAUUUUGUGAAUCUAAGUUUAGCCUCAUUGAGGGGCAGUAUUUCAAUAUAAGUAGGAAAUUGAGAGUACUCCUAAACAUUUUUUUUAGAAAAAAAAGCACUGCAUAUAACACAAAAUUAAUUCUGCAUCCUUAUGCCCACUUUCCAGGAAAGUAAUCCAACUGAACUCUGUAGGACUUACGUGUUCAGACCCAGAGACCUCCCCCCUAAAUAAAUUCACAUGUGACUCAAAUUUUAGUUUUGGUUUUUGGCAAAAUUUAGGCCACAACUUUAUUGAAUACAGAUGGUGAGUGGUUGCAUAGGCUCUGGUUCGACUAGCUCCCUGCACCCUUGCAGGCAGUGCUGACUCAGGGCACCAGCAUAGGUCAGCCAAGGGUGAACACCUGGGAAGGUGAAAAGCCGGGAACAGACUAUGUUCACCACCCAGAUGCCCCCCUGGACUCAGGUACGGGCACAACCCCCUCUCAGGGGUUGAUCAGAUGAGUCUCUGGAUUCCUUUAACGGAAUACCCUUCACAUAGGGAUGGCAAGACCGCUCCCCCAUCCCUAUCACCUGAACCAGUGCCUAUCCGCAACCUUACAAGUAGUGAUGAUUUGCUACGCGGCAGGCAAAACCCAAAUGGCAACAGCCAAUCAGCCAAGUGGGGAAAUUCCUACAGUGCCCCUGUCCCAACAACAGACAACACACAACAGCAUAGCAAGGUCAAUCGCACAAAGCCCUAAAAUUAGGCAGAGGUGGGUGGGUGUUCCAAAUGCACAAGCUGAAAGUAGAAGCUCUGGGUCACGUGCAUGGGUAUAAAUAGGUCCCUCAAUCCGUUUGGACUGUACUCUAUUGGUCAGAUUGAACCCAACAUCGAGGGACCUACCAAUCGAGUGUUGUGACAAACCAAUCCAACUCACCCACAACACAGGAGGUCAGUCUCCAGGACUCACUGCAACACGUGCCCUCUUUUAGGGUGGACAUAAUUUCUGAGUAAACUUGCAUAGGAUUGUGCUGCAUGUUAAUGAAGCCACAAGCUGGGGUUGAUGGCUACUAGAUUAGAUGCCUUUAAAAGGGGAAUAGAGUCACAGAGGAUGCAUCUAUUAAUAUUUGCACACCAUAAUGGCUGGAUGGAAACUCCAGAUCAAACACAGUUCACCACAGAAGGCCAGUUGGCAAGGGCAACAAUAGGAGAGAUGCUGCUUUCAUGGCCUGUUUCUGGUGGUUGUUCUUUUGACUGGGCUCACUCUUAGAAAUAGGAUGCUGGACUAGAUUGACCUUUCCUUGUUGUGGUCCAGCUUCUGUUCUUAGUUGAGGGCAGCCUUGAUGAAAGCCUGGCUGCAAAGAAGUAAUUAAAGCUAGCUAUUUACUGUCCAGGUAGCAAUCUUUCAGAGUGUGAUUUUAUUUCUUUAACUGCAAAAGUUUUGCUUCUUAACAGUGACCUUUUGCAUUUUACCUAGAGUGUAUCAUUCGCUCUUUAUGGAAGGCUGAUAUCUCUGAUAUUUUUAAGGCUAUUAUUAUUAUUUUCGAAAAUGCCAAGGCCUUUAGCUUUAAAAGGCACCUGCUGUGCAUCUCCAGUAAUAAUGUUUCACAUAUUUUCUACUUGAAUGCUGGAAAUUCAUGUUAUGAGCUACAGGAAAAUGGGAAACUACCAAAUUUCUGAGAGCGGUCGUCGCUUGUCCUGUGAUCAUACCCGAGCUAGACUUCUGGAAGAACCCAUGUACAUUUGUCUCUCCCCUUGAGCAAAGGGUUUGAUCACUGUUGCUGCUUGCACAUGCUCUUAUUGCUGAUAUGGCAGCCAGCCUUUACAGCGUAAGUAAAUAAAAGAACCUUGUGAUGAAACACACAUUGUGAUGCCUCUACUAAGCAACAUGUGUAGAACAGACUGCCUCAGACUCUCCUUCAUUGGAGGUUUCUUAACAGAGGUUAGAUGGUCAUCUCUCAAGGAUUCUUUAGCUGUGACUCCUGCAUUGCAGGGGGAUAGAUUAGAUGACCCUUGGGCUCCCUUCUAACCUUCCAAUUCUAUCAUGAGUCAGAAAUGAACUCUGACUCAACUGACUCAACUCGCUACUCAAAUCCCUUUAAAUAGGAUUUCGCAGCUCGUGAUCCACUAAGCCAGAUGCUGUGGCCAUCUAAGUUCUGGACGAACUCCCCUCUCCAUUUUGCUUUACCCAUCAAGUAGCUAAACUCAUGAGGACAUUGAGCUGCCUGAUAGGUUUUUACCACACACUUGUGGCUAGAUGUGUUCAGCUUGGCAGAUCACAAGCUGUACAGGCUUGUCAUAUAGAAAGAUAUAUUGAUGGGUCCUUAAUCACCGGGGUUACAAACAUUUUCUUUUUCUUUUCUUUUCUUUUCUACAGCAUUGAUGGCUGCUAGGCCAACUGAUAAUAACAUGACCCAGCUGCACAGAGUCCAGAAUCUUAUUUUAGAAACCAUCCAACCAUUUCAACCCACUUCUUUUAAACGGUCAGCGUGUCAGCAGAAACUGCACCCAAACCAGGAGAGUUGGUCCAGAUACCAAAAUUGCUUAUCCUUUCCUAGAAGGGCUGGGGUAUUUCCUAACUGAAUUUCCCCCCCAUAUCCUCCUUUGAACUUGUAUUUACCAAAUAAUAUUCAAGCCCGUGUUUGAAUAUUUUCUUAACAAUUUGCAAAAAGGGAGAAGAUUCUGUUGAAAUCAAUGGGUCUGGGCUCUACAUAUAAAUGUGGGCAGGGAGACACUCAUGAGCUAGGGCAAUAUUCCCUUUUGCCCCUCCUCUGCAACCCUAUCUCCUAUUCCCCUAGCUCCCAUUCUGUCUGGGAAGACCCCAAAUAUCUCAGAGGAUUUCAGGACUCGGGGGUGGGGAAUGAUAAGUCCUGUUUAGGCUGAUUGGCUUGGAAGGCUGCUUGAUUUGGUCUCUUUGGUCCUGGCAUGGGCCACUUGCUGAACAGAAGGGUGUUGGCACCAUUAAGGUCACAUACACACGCAGCUUCCCUUUAUGGGAAUGUGGUAUUCGCCUUCCAUCAUGCCAACCUGGGUGAUGGAGUUAGUCUGGGGUGGCUUAGCCUAUAGCAGCAGGCAAGAGAUAUUCUACCUGCCUGUGUAUGUUAUACAUGCCCACACUUGAUAUGUGAAACUGGUGCAAGUUCUUCCUUGUUAUAUUUUAAUAAAUAUAGUCUUUUACCAAUUCUAUCUUUUCUCCAUUCUGGGCAAUGGGCCUAGUAAAUACAUGGUUUUUGUUGAGGGAAAAAGUCAUUGUACUCAGCAGCAAACAGGAGAUGUGACCAAACUGUUCUCACAGGAUCUUCGUACUAGGACACAUUCUAAGGAAUGUCAGGAGCUUUGACUGCAAGCUUUGUGUUGCACAGGGGUGGACAGAACUGCCUGCUUCCCAUCUCUGCCCAUCUCGCAUGUGUUCAUACGUCAAUGCUGUCCCAUUGCUGCAUGAAUCUGCAGUUGGUUUAAAGAACAGUAUGAACAUUUACAUUUAAAUAUGUAUUUCAUCUCAAAAUACAUAUUGAAAUACAUUUUUUUUUAUCUCAAUGUAUCUCAUUUUGGUACUUUUUUGUUUUGAGAACUGUGUUACAAAAUUUGGAGAAGUGCAAAACCUCGAGUAUAUUUGCAUUCUGAUUUGUAUUUCAGUCCAGGAGGUGCAAAUUGGAUCAGUUCACUUAAAACUGCAGACCGAACAAAACUGCCCUCCAUCCUUAGUUGCACCAUGACUGAGAAAACACAUUUUAUUGCACCUUUGAAAAUGGUUUUUCAGCAUACCACAGAUAUUCAGUGCCCUGAUACUACGAUUUCAAAAUUUUCAAGAACAGAAAAUAUUAACAUAUAUUUUAGUCCUGGUAUCAAAGAAUAGCUAUGACAUUGUACUUUGAAUUGCCAUAAAGAUGCUUUUUGAUGGAUGUCCGCCAGUAUUAUUAGAUGCAAAUCCAGACACAUCUAAUAAACCAAAUAUAGGUACUAUGUCUAUUAAAAAGUUACAGACGGAGAAAAAAGUCAAGUAUGGAUUUAGUUCUUCAUGUAAUGCAGAUUUCCUUUCUGUGUGCUAAAAGGCUUAUCCCAAACUGGCUGUGCAAUUGUCGUCUGCAAUUACCUUAGUGAACAGUCUAGAAUAGAUAGUGACAUUGCUAGUAGGAGUACAAUGCACCACAAAAAACUUAAGUCUCUCCCCGUUGUUCUAAUUCAUUUCUGCCCAGUUAUUGUUUGUGCAUUACAAUAAAAUGUAAAUCACUUAAUGCAAUUAAAGCUAUAUCCCACAUCAGCGAUCAUGAUGAAAAACGAAAGCGAACAGUCUAUGAGUUAGUAUAAUCCAUGUGUUGUUUUGAGGAUUCAUGGACAUCUAGGAUUAUCAUGAAUACCCCUGAGGUCUCAGAGUGUUAAUUUCCACAUUUAUCUCUGGUUUAGCUCACAAAUAUGCCCUGUUGGGAGGAGGCAGAAAGUUAUUUGCAUCUUAAUGUACCAAUCAUAUUUAUAUCAGAGUAUGGAAGUCAGGAAAUAUAUUGCACUUGUGCAGCAUGGCUGGCUUCAUAUAUUCAUCCCCUGAUAAUAUCCAGGUUAGAUUCUGUAGUCUAUACAGAAAUUUCAACGGCUUCUGAAUACAGCUGCUAGGCUUCUGGCUGGUACAAAGGGGGUGGGGAAAUGAAUAUCUCAUAAAUCAGGGUUGCUGUCACUAUAACAUGAUUGGAGCAUUAUCAGUGCAUGCUAGGUCACAUCACACCAACACUGUGGGCAUUAUCAGGACAUGGCCAGAACAUGAGCAAAAGCUGUUCCUUCACAUCACACUAACUUAAUGUUUCUGUACAUGGUCUUCACUCUGAGAUGUGCACAUAUAUUGGAAUUGUUUAGCCUCCAAUGUGUCUCUUUGGGAACUCUUCCUGAGAAUGCGAUAUCUUAUCACACAACUUAUAACUGAAGAUCAUUUGGAAUAUCCUGCUUUCAGAACCCUAGAGAACAACACAGCCAGUCAGCAAAGGCAACACAGAGCAAGUUGGAGAAUGCCGCUGAGCUCGUUUCCUGUUUGCAAGCUUCCCAUAGACAUCUUGUUGGCCACUGUGAGAAGUCCACUUACCUUAUUUGGUAGGCAGCGUUGAAGCCGGGCCCCAGGCCCUGCAUGACCCGACUGAGGGUCAGAGAACGGUGCCCUCCCCGCCAUCGCUUCCCUACGGCAUCAGCGCUGGGCGGGGCCCUGCUCAAGGGGCGGGCCUUGCUGACCAAUCAGUGCCGACAGAAUUUAAACUCCGGCACGGCGGGGAGGCCGUGGGUUCAACUGGUGGUCAGGCAUUGGGUAAGCCUUUAUUUGGAUGGAGGGGAGGUUGUAGCCUCCACCUGCACCUCCUCAUUAAGGGUAUCCUAUUAAAGGGAUCUGGGGGUUUGGAUUCUGUCUCAUGCCCAGACAUGGGCCAGGGCCUUACCCUACCUCAACGGGCACCCCUCAGGGUGCCCCUAUUUGAUGUAAUUCAUAGGUCUCCCCCUACUGGUGGUUUACUCUUAGUUGGACUCACUGCAGAUAGACGGGAGUCAAGAUGCCUAAGUCAAACUGUUCACAUCUGUAACCAAUAAAGUUGUGGCCUAUUUGAACCCAUAAACCAAAAUCCGCUUGUUCGUGUGCUUUAUUUGUCCGCCAGAGGACCACAGGUCAUGGAGCCUUGGCACACAACAUGGUCUAGAUAGGCCUUUGGUCUACAUUUCAAUUUAUUUUUAUGUAGGUAAGCAGCCUGUGUGUAUGUGUGUGUGUGUGUGUGUGUGUGUGUGUGUUAUUCCUCUGAUUGCAAAUUGUUUUACAUGAUUUUAAGCUUGGAUUCAAUAUUGUUGUAGCUUGCCAUGGAACCUUAUAGUGAUAGGCAGGUAAGAAAUCAAAGCAGGUCAUUGGGCUGCUGCAGCUGUCUGCUUUAAACUAAAGUUGAAGAAAGGGGGAAGUUAGCUCAAGCUGGUAUAAGCGCCUGGAUCUUUUUAAAAAACAACAACAGCAAGCUGACACUGAUGUGCCACCACUAUUGGGGACUUGAGCCGCUCGAGGCCUUUCUUUUGCAGUGUGGAGCAGAAGUGUAAAAAAAACCUGACAAAAGCAAGAAGAAAAACUGCAUUAAUGUUUACACCUCCUGCAUUCCCAUGAAUUGCUCGGUUCGAAAGAAUAACUCUUAAGGUGUUUGAAAAUUAUUAUCAUUACCAUCAUUAUUUAGAUUAUGCUGUCAAGGUACAUGGUGCUUUAGAGGAUAUAAAACUACAAAAAGGCAGGUCUUUGCCCUUUAAUUCAGCUGCAUUUAGGUUUGAUUUCAAUGAGGGAAGAGGAUGGGGGAAAUAAAACCUAAGGCUUCGUAGAAAAGUCAUAGGGGUUGAAGACAGAUGAAGACAGGUUUUUCUUGAUGCAUUAAAUCUGGACUAAAAUAAAUAGUGUACUUUGUGAACUGUUGCUUUAUUUCAUGACUCUAGAAGUGUAAAGAAUGAAAAAAACCUGAAUGUUGCCCAUUCCAUUCCCUUUUCGUUAAUUAAUUCCAAAAUGUACAACAAAUGGAGGCUAUUGUGGUUUCCCCACUUAUAUCUGUUCAUUAUUGGGACGCGGGUGGCGUUGCGGUCUAAACCACUGAGCCUCUUGGGCUUGCUGAUCAGAAUGUCAGCAAUUUGAAUCCCCGCAAUGGGGUGAGCUCCCGUUGCUCUGUCCCAGCUUCUGCCAACCUAGCAGUUCGAAAGCACACCAAUGCAAGUAGAUAAAUAGGUACCGCUGCGGAGGGAAGGUGAGCGGCAUUUCCAUGCGCUCUGGCACUCGUCACGGUCCUCCGUGAGCCAGUAGCGGUUUAGUCAUGCUGGCCACAUGACCCAGAAAAUUGUCUGUGGACAAACGGCGGCUCCCUCGGCCUGAAAGCGAGAUGAGUGCCCCAACCCUAUAGUCGCCUUUGACUGGAUUUAACCGCCCAGGGGUCCUUUACUUUACUUUUUACUUUACUUUUACUAUUUGUUUAUUACUCUUUUAGGAGUGGGAGGCCUUGCCUUUCUGCAGUGGCAGUAAUGGUGGCUGUCCUGCAGUGAGCACUGACCUCAGAGGCAAAGCAAGGCAAGACUGUACUAUGCAGGGCUAAUGCUGAAAGCUAUAAGAGGAGAGACCUCUGAUACACAGUCAACCUCAGAUUGGAGCAGCAGUUAUGUCCCGAUUACAAGCUUCACCUUCACAGAAAGGGUCCCACCCUCCCCCAGCAGCCUUUUACUCUGACAAAAUGGGGAAAAUUUUGGCUCCACUGAGGCUCCAUAAAUGCUGUCCUGGGCUGAAGAAGAAGAAGCCAUCAUCAUGGGGCGCAGGCAGUAUGGCUGAUUUAUCUGCUUGUGGAUCUGAGCUGGCUGCUCUUAGCGGGGCAGCAAAGGAUUCUCUUGUGAUGUAGAUGCUGGAAACUCUCUCCAUCUAUCCACAGGUUGUAAAUAUGUUCAAACAAACCAUAUUUCAUAAAUUUUCCAGAAAGAAACAUAAUCAUGGGACCCUCUGGAGUCUUGCUACCACUCAGCAUAGAUUGGGGGUGGUUUGUAACAAUAUGAAGGCGAUGCCAGCUGAUAAUGCCAUAAAUAAAGAAUAAAUGCAUGAGAAUCAAUACAGAUAUUUUUUUUACAGCAAAGUUAGAAUUAAGAUGCUACAAGUGGGGCUAUUCCAAGCAUCUGGUCACAUUUCAGGAUACAGGUAUUGGCUGUUAGAUAGUCUCAGGUUGCCUGCUAUCAUCCCAAUGUAAUGCAACCAUUAAUUGCAGGAUACUGCCACAUCUACUCUCUCUCUUUAAAAACAAAAUAUCUGCAUUUGGGAAGCUUUUACAAAACAUAAUAAUUCUUUUUUAUAUGCCAGUGUGCCUUCUUUGAUUUUUAAAAUGCUGAUGCCAGUCACUGUGAUUUCAGAUAAAUGCAGAAGUUAAGACCCUACAGAGAACACUAGAAAUAAGAAAGAGAAAGAAUUAGAUGAGCCAAAAUAGGUUUUCAUUGUUUGCUUGUUUUCAUUUUGUGUUGCUACAGUGUUGGACUACUCCUCAAGAAAAAUAAUAAUAAAAUGCAUUCCAAAUCAAAUGCACAUCAAUGAUCCCUUAAAAAUGUAGUGAUCAUGGGUGAAAAAAUCCAAUGUGAGAAUAAAAAUCUAUUUCACAGAAGUAAAAGGCAGCAUCAAGGCAGCUGUUUGUCUUGGCUUAUCCAUCAGAUAAAUGAAUGCAAAAUUCUAUUAGUCUACACUUGUACAGUGGUACCUCUUGUUACGAACUGAAUUCAUUCCGGAGGUCCAUUCUUAACCUGAAACUGUUCUUAACCAGAGGCGUGCUUUCGCUAAUGGAGCUUCUUGCUGCCACUGUGCCGCCAGUACACAAUUUCUGUUCUCAUCCUGGGGCAAAGUUUUCAACUCAAGGGAACUCUUCCAGGUUAGCGGAGUUUGUAACCUGAAGCGUUUGUAACAUGAGGCGUUUGUAACUCAAGGUACCACUGUAAUGUUUUAUUUUACUCACACUUCCCCCACCUCUCCAGCCCCACCUUUGGGCUACUGAUACUCCCCAGCAAUGAAAAAUAAUAUUGGAAGAAAGAUUUCAUCACCUUUCUACCUUCUGGGGAUAGGUUGGCAGAUAAAAGAGGUUUUGAGAGUCCCUGGUACCAGCUUUCCUCUGUUUUCAUGGCCUGAAGUCUUUAUCAGUUAAUUGGAGUCAUUCUACUAAAAUGUACUCUUACUAGACAACAUCUCAUUAUUUUGCGCAAUUAGUUUGCAAAACCUGAAAAAUGGUGUCCUAUCUUUGAGGGAAAUUGUUUUCUUGAUAGCUCAUUUGGCCCUCAUCAGCUGAAAAUGGCUGAGUUUCAGGACAGGCUUCUGAAAGAAGACUGAUAAUGGCUGGGUAACACCUUGCCCCAAAAGAGGUGGUGUGUCUGAGUUCUCAAAGACAAGGCUGUCAAAGAUGACAGUGCACAGUAUCUACUUAGAGCUGCCUACCAGUGGUGAGUGGUCAUGAUGGCUAUAUACUACCUGUAGGAACAGAGGUCACGUGUCCACAUGCUUCUGAAUAUCAGUCACUAAGAAACAAACAAAGGGAGAAAGGUAUUGCCCUCAUGUCCUGCUUGUGGGCUUUCCAUAGGCAUCUGGAUGGCCAUUCCAGGAAGCAGCAGGCUGGACUAGACAAACCUUUUGUGUGGUCCAACAAAACUCUCAUUUUGUUCUUAGGUUCUUAUAUACUGCCUGAAUUUGUUGCUUUCAGCUGGGUAGCUCACUGCUUCCAGGGAGGCUGUAGGUCCACGUUAGAGUAUCUGUUAAGUUGUUGUUGUUUAGUGGUGUCCGACUCUUUGUGACGCCAUAGACCAAAGCACACCAGGCACUCCUGUCUUCCACCGCCUCCCGCAGUUUGGUCAAACUCAUGUUAGUAGCUUCGAGAACACUGUCCAACCAUCUCGUCCUCUGUCAUCCCCUUCUCCUUGUGCCCUCAAUCUUUCCCAACAUCGGGGUCUUUUCCAGGGAGUCUUCUCUUUUCAUGAGAUGACCAAAGUAUUGGAGCCUCAGCUUCAGGAUCUGUCCUUCCAGUGAGCACUCAGGGCUGAUUUCCUUAAGAAUGGAUAGGUUUGAUCCUCUUGCAGUCCAUGGGACUCUCAAGCGUCUCCUCUAGCACCUGUUAAGUAUACUUAUUUAAUUGACACGGAAAUGAAGAAUACCUAUGUGUAUUGCUGAAAGGGUUUAACUGGGAGAUUCCAUCAAUGCUAAAUAACAGCAGGAAGUGGUCUCUGAGCUCCUUGAUGGGCUGAUAAUUAACUAUUGUUGUUUUUCUGCUAGCUAACAUGUGAGUGUUUAGCCUUAGAUCAGGUGACAAUGGUAAAGGUAAAGGGACCCCGACCAUUAGGUCCUGUCGCGGAUGACUCUGGGGUUGCGGCACGCAUCUCACUUUAUUGGCCGAGGGAGCCGGCGUACAGCUUCUGGGUCAUGUGGCCAGCAUGACUAAGCCGCUUCUGGCGAACCAGAGCAGCGCACGGAAACGCCGUUUACCUUCCCGCCAGAGCAGUACAUAUUUAUCUACUUGCACUUCGAUGUGCUUUCGAACUGCUAGGUUGGCAGGAGUAGGGACCGAGCAACGGGAGCUCACCCCGUUGUGGGAAUUUGAACCACCGACCUUCUGAUCGGCAAGCCCUAGGCUCUGUGGUUUAACCCACAGCACCACCCAUGUCCUUGGCUGCAAAUCUCCAUUUUGAAAGGGAGUUGCCUUUGGUCUUCCAGUUACAGGCUCAGUGAAAGUAAGGAUGUGUAAAUGGCUCUCCAGGAAAACAGCUCCAGGCUAUAAUGGAGGCUGGAAUGGGUGUGCAUGUGUGUGCCAGACUGAGGACUGAAAGCUAAAGGUCAAGGCAGCCAAAGAAAUGAAAGAUGCAUCAACUGUGGGGACGGCUGCUCUUUUCAUGUAAAUUAUUAUUCUGUCAACUCUAAAGUUUUAUUUUUAUUUUAAAAAAGGACAGAGUAAAGCAAUUUUCAGCUAUUUAACCAAGUAAAUAUUUAGUUUUUAAAAGAGAGUGUAUACUUAAAAAAUAAUAAUGUAUAUUUGUUAGACACGGUACAAAUUUACUUAACUUUGUUUAUUUAAUACGUAACCAAAUUGAAAAUAGCCCAUAUUCAAUAUAAGCUGUUGUUUUGAAUCCAGAUAAGCAGCUUUGAAUUUUCCUAAUUUGUUUACACUUGACGCCUUGCUGGACUGACAUGAUAUUACAUUACUCAGCUCAGAGCAAUCUCCACACCUCCCUGGUAUUAAUGAGCCAGAGAACAUUAAUAUAUAGCUUGGGAAAAAGUCACAUUGCUUUGCCAUCAUGCUAUUUACUAAGAGGCUUUUUAACUAUUAAUGCUCUAGCAUUUUGUUCUGUCCUCCAGUGCCCAUCGUAAACCUUAAAAAAGAGUCAAAAACUGUUCUUCCCACUCUUGAAUGGAAAGUGGCUAAUUUUAGCUAAAAGGCUGCCAGCCUGCGGAGUCAGAGAAUCCAAGGCAAACACUGAUUUGCAUUGCGAGGUAGAACUGUUUAUGCUCUUGCUAUUUACACAGGCAGACAACAUGCACACACACAAAUGAGGAAACCGCAUGGUCACAGCAGGAGUCAAAUAAAACCUGCUGACUUAAACAUACGGAGCAGACAGGGCCUAAAUAUAUACAGGCUGCUGCUCCCCUUGGAUUGUAGUAGCUUCAACAAGACAUAAAUAUUUGAAGAAGCAAAAGGUGAGAUUUCUUCUUAGCAAACAUCCCUAUCCUGUGAGCAGAGGCAAAUUUCAGAGACCACAACCCAUUUAGCUGCACUGGGUGCAGAGCCUUUGGGGAGCUGCAGGGGGCGCCUCAACUAUGCUGUAAAAUGGAAGGUGAGAGUUGGGGUGCAAAAUUUUGGUGUUGCACAGGGCACCACUGAAAUUUGAGACCCCAAGGUCCACUGCUGUGGUGAGACCUCCAGAAUAUCUGCUUCCUUUCCAAUUGAUUUGAUGUCUGUUUUCACAUCUCCCAACAUCUUUGGGUCACCCAAAGGUGUCUUGGAUGGGCAGAAAAAAGCACUCUGGCUUAUGGGAGGUGGGGGCCACUGCAAAUUCUGAAUAUUCUCUCUUUCCUGCUGCAGCUCUUACACACCAUCCACCCCAUGCUGUUCUAUAUUUACUGAUAAUUUAAGAGCUUUGCAUGCAGGGUAAAACCUUCCUAAAGCAGCUAACAAUAGUAGUUGAAACAUCAUCAAAUAAACAGUCUCUCUCUCUCUCUCUCUCUCUCUCUCUCACACACACACACACACACACACACACACACACCUGAGAGCAGAUUUUCAAGGGGCUCAUGGGGAGUUGAAGUGAAGAGGUUUGGACAGGAAAUAUCCCGAUUGCAUGAGUAGAAUUUGGCUUAGAAACUUCACUAUGCCAACCGAUUAAGCUAAGUGGGUCCUUCUUUCAUGAAUGCAUAUGUAGUAGAGUAGAUAUGAGAGAUAUCGUGACUGCUACAUACCUUAAGUUUCACACUCUAAACCUGUCCCACCUCUCUGCUAGCUCAAAUACCUUUACUAAAUCUGUGACAGCUCACAGUGAGACAUUGCAAAAUAUCAGUGGCUGUCCUGAUAACUGCAAGGCUUGAAGGAGAGAUAUCUUGAUCUACAGCUGGAACCUAGCCAAGAGAGCUACUGGGGACUUAAGAGUGUUUUGGCCUCAAAGGAAAGAAUUAAGGAAUAGGAGUAUACAACUUUAGCUCCUACUUUUCUGCAGGCAGUCUGGCCCCUGCACUGGCCUCUGGUCAGCAGAGCAAUGCAGUCUGCUUGCUAUAUUUCAGGCACCAGCUACUCUUUUCAUUUUUUUUUAUUCCAACAAUCCUGGGUUAGGGAACACACCCUCUUAGUCUGUAUUUGACAAUGGCUGCCUACCAUCUCACAGAACUCAGCUUAUGAUAUCUUUCCUUUGACUUACAUUUGAUGUGUGCUUCCUAAACCUCAUACCAAGAAGCAGCAAUUUUUUCCUUAGUCUUUUCAGGCUGGUUAAGAGAUUGCACAAGUUCUACGCACUACAAUUUUGAGGGUAAAACUGUUUUGCACAAUUUGCCAACAGCUUCAUUGCAAGAACAUGCUCCAUAAAAGUGUACAUCUUGAUGCAAAUGUAUGUGUACAUACACAAAAACAUUCCACACAGACCUAAAUAAGAAAUAUAUUGCAAUUCAAAUGGAGCUAACAGUGACAAAGCAUACCCUAGUUGUAUAAAAAACAGGCAAGUUCAGACAGAGGACUAGACGUGCAGAGUCACUGCAUUAUUAAGUGCUAGAUGAUAGAAGAUGCUCUGUUGCACUCUUUGGCAGUUUUUUGCAGUGUAAUAGGUGCUAAUUACGAGGCUAACAGGGUGUUUAUCAUAUUCUAUCCAAAGACUGCUCCCACUUGAAUAGGUGACUUUUCAUGAGUUGGAGCUUUUUUAAAGCAGAUGUUCAGGAUGUUUUUAAUAUAGAGUUUUAUCUGGAGGAAUUUAACAGUCCUGACUGUAAUAAAUAAAUAUAUUGAAAGAAUUCCCAGUGCCUCCAGCGGAGCCAGAAUUUUAUCUAAUAUAAAUGAAGAAGGAUUAACAUCUCUCGCCUGUUCUCAUGGUUGAUUGAACAAUGCAGAGUCAUUCAUCUUUGUAUACCCUUUUUUCCCAAAGUAGAAUUAUCUCCAGGUAUUUACCUUGACUUCUACUUUUUCUCAUGGCAAGACACCUUUAUGAAUACCAGGCCUGCUUCAAAUCAGUUAUGAGAGAGCCACAAGAGGUAUUUGCUCAAGAAAGGCACUCUGAAGAUGUUGCCACACGGCACAAAAUAUAAAUCUUGAUUUAUUGUGUUGAGAUCUUCUGCCAGUCAGGCUGCUUACUUGACCACCAUGAUUGUUUCAGUUUAUCAGUGAAUACAUGGCAUCAGCCAAAUUUUUGGCCUUGGAUGUGUAGACCUCAAAAUCUGCAGUGCAAAGGUGUCCUUAAAACAGUUAUUGCCCCUAUAGUGUGCCUUUCCUUGGUUAUAUUUCCACAUUAAUUUCUGUAAAAGUAAAAAGACUUCCCUUAUAAAACAACAACAACAACAAUGUAGUAUAAUGGGGUUUUGAAGAAGGGCAGCAUCCACGAAGGCUGCAGAAUUCAGAACACUGAUCAUAUGAUUUGUGGAAUGAAAGAAAGUAUAGUUGUAAAGUCUUCGGCUCCCUCAAAAGUAAGGUGAGUGCAACAACAACAAAACCCACACCAUAGCCAGAAGAAUUCCACAAAAAAGGCUCUCCCUUUUGAUAAUUUUCAAAUGCAAUUUCUUUUCUCAUUAAUUAACAUAACAUGGUCAAAUACAUACAGAAGAAAUUUUCAACACAGCUCUAGUACAAAUAUCAAAAGCUAUGAAUGUGUUCUAACCUUUGGAUUCCCAUUAGUUGUUUGUCCCAUUUGUCCUGACCCAGUUGGCAUCUGUCUGUCUUGGGAAACAAAUCCUAAAUGGCAGUACAUAUGAAUUCAACAACAUAUUGAAAAUUGAAUUCAACAACAUAUUGAAUUCAACAACAUGCAAAACAUUCUUUCCCUUCUCUCCACAAUCUUACUGCUUUUAAUCUUUCAUCUGGAGAGUCAAAAAGACUGACUAGAACAUAUACAAUGAAGAAGAGGAGCAGAGACUAAGCACUUUACAGUACUUUUUGAAAAUCUUAUUUAAUCUGCCAAGUCUGCUUUUUUGGUAUCUGCUUGGAGUGUGGGGGGUAUGUGUUCAGUCUCCAUGAAUCAUAGUCUGCUAAGGUAUUGAUUUCUAUUUAUGAAAUGUCUAGCAACAGCUGCAGCAAUAUCACCUCCCCUAAAUGUAGAUUUAUGUUCAGUAGUUCCUCAUUCCAAAGGUAUGUUGGUGUCUCCCACAUGUGACAAAACCUGGGCCAUUUGAGCAUAUCAAAUGUUAUCACGCACCAACAGAGAUUGCCCAUCAGUUAAUGGAUGAUUAAAGCAGACACUUUUAAUUGUAUUUUUACAGUGGGAGCUUUUAAAGGGCACGCUUGGGAGUUAAGUAUGAAGUGCUCAUUUAUGCGGAAUUGUUCUUUGUGCUUUUACCCUUCCCAAAGCUCUCGGUCACAGGACAGAUAUGGAAAAUCCCAGCAUCUCAAGCACAUCACAUUUCUUCUGAUUACAUAAACCAAGAGAAUCGAUAAUUUAUGAAAAUCCUUCUUUGCCUCCACAGAAACCACUAUCAAUUCCCUAAGUAAAUCAGAUUGUCUACUUUUCUGUCGUCGCAGAGUCUGAUGGGGUGGGGUUCUUUAUGUUUUUCUGUUGAAAAAGAAGUGGUAUACAUUUAUUGGAAAAGGGCCUUCUUGGUGAACAAUACUUGACAUUAUAAGAAAGCUAAAGCAUGCAUCUUGCAAAUAAUUAGGGACAUGGAUUUUUAAGAGUAGAAGGCCUAUUCUGCAGGAUCGUGUUCACUGAUAUACACUUUGGAUAAUUGGAAAUGUUAUCAGAUGAGCAAGUAUUUAAAGUAUCUUAUAUUUUCCAUACUUCAAAGAGGUUUGAUGUUGGUGCUCCAUAAUUCUCUAAUCUCUUCCAGCAAUAUUAAUAGAGGGUCAAUUUAACCAGGUUCUUUGGGAAUCAAGAGUGUGACUUGUGAAGAAGGCUACCAGCAAUGGGGAAGGAGGAGCACUCCAUUAAACUCAGAUUCCAGAGCAGACUCACUUGAUUGAAUUUGGGUGACUCAUGAAUAUUUUCAUGGGGUUAAGAAGGACCCACUUUUAAAGCAUGUACCCGGGUGUGAUGUUAGAAUUUUUUAUGGUGGGGGGAGAAUGAGUAUAUUACUAGAAGGGUCACCUUUAAAAAAUGAUAAUCAAGAUUAAGAACUCAGAUGAUCUUAGAAUGAAUUUUGGAUAAAUGUGAAGUUGUAUAUGUCUUGUUUGCAUUAUUUUCCGGCUCCGCUUUCUGUUCUACCUCCACUUUCAGGGGCAUUGUGCCUCUGAAUUCUAGUUGCUAGAAUCUGAAGGUGAGCAGAGUGUUGUUGCCAUUAUGUCCAGCUUGCAGGCUUUGCACAGACAUCUGGUUGGCCACUGUGAGAACAGGUUGCUGCACAUGAUGGGCCUAAUCCAGAAGGUGCAUCUGGCAGUUCCCUCACUGCGAGAAGCCAAGUUACAGGGAACCAGGCAGAGGGCCUUCUCGGUAGUGGCGCCUGCCCUGUGGAACGCCCUCCCACCAGAUGUCAAACUUUUAGAAGACAUCUGAAGGCAGCCCUGUUUAGGGAAGCUUUUAAUGUUUUACAGACUAUUGUUUUUUAAUAUUUUGUUGGAAGCCACCCAGAGUGGCUGGGGAAACCCAGCCAGAUGGGUGGGGUAUAAAUAAAUUAUUAUUAUUAUUAUUAUUACGCUUGAUUAUGCACGUAACACUGUAUUCUACAAUGGGUCCAUGACAGCAUUAAAAUUGUUCUGAUGUUAGACAAAAAACAAUAUAACAAAUAACAUGGGGGCUGAGGAUGUCAAAUCCAUAUACAUAAAUAAAGGCCUUGCAAAAUCUGCCUUUUCUGUUUCUGUUGAAAGACUUGCAACCUUCACAUAUUUGUCUAAUUUCCUUUCAAAGCAAUCUAACUUCAAGUGGUCAUCACCCCACCUCUUCUGGCUGGGAAUUUCAUAAAUUGAUUAUGUAUUGUGUGAAGAAGUACUUUCUUUUCUUUUCCCUGAAUUGACUGCCCACCAGUUUCAUUGGCUGACCUGGGGUUCUAUUAUUACUGGAAAGAGAGAAAAGUAUUACCGAUAAUAUUUGGAGAGAAAAACAAUUUGAGAAUAAUUCAGUUUGAGCUCUGUGGGCAUAUAUCUUAGAAUAUAUGCCCUGACUGGUGGUGUAAUUGCCACAUUUAAAAUUGUGCUGGCUCUAAAAAUAAUUGGUUUUCCAAAAAGAGUAAUAGGAGAAAACAUUUUAAACAUAAAGUCAUUUUUAUUCAGAAACCUUUUUAUUAAUUGAGCCAAGAACGGAGGAGUAAAGAUAUCAAAUUACUUAUUUAAAAUGAUGGAUCGUCCUUGUAAUAUAUUGAGGUAUGAAGAAUAAACUAGUUGAUCACUUGCUGGGAAUCUGAGUACCAUACAUAUUUUUAAAGCUGUUGAACUCCUAAGAAGAUGGAGAAAUUUGCUUAGGUUGCAGUUUUUGAAAAGCUGAACAAUCAACCAGCAUCAACUUGAAUCAAAUACUAUAGGACUUCUCAGAUGCUAGUCUAAUGGCAUUUCCUUCUGUGUAAUAUAGAGUGAAAUAUCAUCUCCUGUUACCUGUCUCUGUAUUAAAGGAAUCCACUUGCUUAAGAUGGAAUGAUGGCCAUCAACUUGGAUGGUUUCAAAAAGGGAUUAGACAGAUUAAUGGCAGAUAAGGUUAUAAAUGGCUACUAGCCACAAAGACUAUCUCCACUGUCAAAGGUAGUAUGCCAGAUUCUGGGGAUCACAAGUGAGGAGAGCAAUGUUGCAUUUUGGUCUUGCUUUCAGGCUUCUCAUGGGCAUCUGCUGUACUAAAUGGACCAGUGGCCUGAUCCAACAGUGCUUUUCUAUAUUCUUGGAGAGCAAUCAGUUUAAUUGGAGGCGUGAAUAUAACAGGGCAUCCUAAAUGCUGAUCCAUAAGGAAGUAUGUGUCUUAAUAAGUUAGGGCAUGAUCCAUACCCAUGCAGGUACAGAUGUGUAUAACAACACAAACCGUUAUAUUCAAUAGAAGGUCCUUCUACACACCUUCCAUUCAUGCAGCCAGUCAGACAGUCACUUCUGCAGGCCCACAAAUGCAACUUUACAUGGCUAGCCAGAUAAAAGGAAUGAGGACUCUAUUCAGAGCCCUUUCUGUCCAACAAGGUGCACCCAUGAAGGGGUGAAUUACACCCUGACUUCUUAAAAGGGCAGCAAACUGUUAAACGGCCAUAUGAAACACAGCCCAGCCAAAUGGCAAAAUGUAAUGACAUCAAGGAGCACAUUGAAUAAGAAUAAUGCACUCACGAGUAUCCAAUCACAUUGUUUUCAUUAUUUUACUUACCAAAUAUGGGAUUGCAAGCAUGUUUCUAGCAUUUUCCUAUAUGACAACUUCACUUUUUCGAGUGGAUGUGACAAACAAAAUUUCAAGAUUGUGCCAUUUAACUGUUCUUUGCUGUCUCCAGAAAUCUCUCCUGCUCUCAUUCGGAAGCACUGUAGCACAUGCUUCAUAUGAAUCAUGUCCCAGGUUCAAUCCCUGGAAUCUCCUGAUAGGACUGGGAGAAAAACCUGCCUGAAACCCUGGAGAGCUGCUGGCAGUGAGGCUGGAUCUACACUGAUUGUAAAAACGCUUUAAAAAGUAAUGUAAUUCAAUGUAAUUUUACACUGGCAAUUUUACAUUGCUCUAUAGCACCCUCUGUUGUCACAUGCUUAUAACGCGUUUAUAAUGUUUUAAAUUGACCAGUGUAGAUUAGUCCUGUGUAAAGAAUAUUGAGAUAGAUGGACCAACCAUCUGACUUGGUAUAAUGAGCUUCCUAUGUUCAUCAAACACUAAACAGAUGUCUAUCUGAACUUUGGACAUUUUACACACAGAGAGAGAUGGACAGAUUCCAUCCACAAUAUAUUUCCUACAUAUCAUGAACAGACCUCCCAAAAUAUGAGCAAUCGAUAAAACUUAUGAUUGGGAGGCACCUCUAGGAUGCAGUAAGGAACAAUAUUUUUCCUAUGAUCUUAUGAUGACAUCACAUGGAAGUGCUGGUUAUUUCUCACUAAGAAACCUCAAACAUUCUUAUGUUUGAGAGUGGGUACAUGCAGCAUUUCAAACAACAUCCCUCGUCAUUUUAUUCUUGAAGAAGCUUAUCUAUUUAUCCAUGGGUUUAGUUAUAAUUGCCUUCCUUUUAGAAGGAUACAGUAGGAUACACUUUUUCUCUGAACUAAUAUUAUUAGAUAUUCUGUUACUGAAUCUCGUUUUUACAAAGAACUUUGUACUAAUUUAAUGUAAAAUGCUACCAAAUAAUUGGAAGGGGAAUGAAUACGUUUAUAUCAGCUGAACUAUUUUAUAUUCAUUAUUUUCAAUAGACCUAUUCACAUAAAUCUGUCAGCCUCUUCACAAGACAAAUUCUUUACUGGUGGCUGUUUCCUUCAUUUUAAUUUUCCAAACUUAUAUAUCCAUUCAGAAAGUGGAAGAAGAAAAUUGAUUUAGCAGUAAGGUCAUGGAUAGUUGUUCAGGUGCCAAAUGCAUUCAUACAGUGCACACAAGAUGCAACAUAUUUAACACAGUUUACUGUGUUUAUCCCUGGUUGAUAUUUCAUUCUCCAAAUAGCAAUACAAGUAAACCACACAAAGGAACCAUAAUCCAGAUAAUAUUGUUCCAAACAUUGUUGCAGAAGCAGUAGAUACUAGCCUGAGAAAUGUGGGAUGGUCAUGUUUCAUUCCCCCUGAUACAAAGACCCAAACGGUCCAUGCCACUCAGUGAAAUACAGAGGAAUAAACAAAACAAAACAUGUAACUUCCAACACUAUUUUUCUUUUUAAAAAGAGGUGCCAGAACUCACCAUGAAUGCCUUCCUUGUUCUCUUAUAAUGGCAAUGGUGCCCACCUGAGUGGGGCCAGAACUGAGUUCCAGCCAAAAAAAGAGCCCUGGUAAGUUCCAGGAUGAAAGGUUGAGCACUGCGGGUUCUGUCCUUGCACAAGAAGCACAAGAAUCAUUACCCAUUCCCCAGAAGAUGAAAGAUGCUCACCCUCCAUUUUCUCGUGUUACAGAAGCAGCACAAAAGCAGGAAGUACAGCUCGCUCCUGCUUCCUGUUUCAGCACUUGCAACAUGAAGAAAGCAUUCAGAGUUGUAUGCUCAAAGCAGCCAUAGGUAAGCAACUCCUAUGCUUUGAGAUUUUCUUUAUUCAAACAAGCUCAGAACUCAGAACAAGAAAAUAGCAAAAGCAAUUCCAUUGCAACAGUUUUAAGACUGAAGCAGGAAGAAAAUGUAGUGUGUGGGUGGGUGGGCGGGUGGGUGUGUUAUACACACACACACACACAUUAAAAAAAAAUACAUUGUACAAUUUCAUCUUGCUUCAGUCAUAAUUAGCCUUACAAGGUCUUUUAUGCAAAAUCUCCAAUUUCAGUGGUGCAGAACUCAAGGGCCACAUUCUUUUCUGGGCAACCUUCCAGGGGUCACAAUCCAGUAGUGGUUGAGGCCAGAGGCAAAAAUUGACAAAGCAUUCAAUAUGAAUUUCCCCUUUGUACUGAAGGCAAAUUUCUUCAUGCCCUAACAUCCAUCUCUAUCCUCAAUCCAGGUGAGCAAGAAGCAUUAUCUGAGUUUGAACCAAGCAACAGCACCCAAGGAGAGUGCAAAUCAGGGCUGGUGAGUGGUUUGAGUUGGGAAGAUGUAGCCUGGAGUGAAUCCCAAGAGCACAGAGAGGCCUGGAGACCUGCAUUUGAUCCCUGAUCUAUACAAAUCUUGAACAAGAUACCGGAAGUUAAAGAAUCGGUGGUCAUCACCCCCCCCCCCAUGAGAUCCUUUCAUGCAUUGAAUUUAAACUGCAUUGCAAUUUAACUGGCACCCUGACAUUAUAAUCCCUCUUUAGAGCAAAACAAACAACAAAAACCUUGUUUGAGCUUCUCAGAGACAACAGGAAAAACACAGGCUUAGGGUUAGGGUUCUGCUGAGGAAAGCAUCCUGUUAAUGGCUUCCCACUAGGAGGAUGGCCUCGCUAGCAAAAGCAUUUUUAGUUUAUCUCCCCAUCUCCCAGCAGCCCUUUCGACCCUUGAAAAUCUGUCUUUAAGGAUUGGGAGACCCUCCUGAAUAGGAUGAGACGUAGUGUAGGGGAAAGGGGCCAAACCACCAGAAAUGUCCCCCUACCCUCCACCGUGUACUCCAAUUGGAGAUCCCAGUUUCCUCAAUUAAUGAAAGAAGUCCUUCCAUUUCUGGAGGGCUAAUUAGGAUCCAAGGCACAAGUAUCUAACAUGGUUCUGAGAGCUUUGGAGAUUAUCUGUGAACCUUACUUUCCAUCCCACAGUGUACCAGAACCAGAAGUCGGAAGAGCAGAAUGAACGCCACUGA